AGGGCAGGCGCCUCCUCCCCCGCCCGCCCGCCCGCCUCCCCCCCUUCCCUCUGCUCCCUCCCCGGAGGGAGCAGGGCUAUCUGGGCCGGGCAGCAGAGCUGUCCCUGGGCAGGAAUGUCCCUGCACGCCCAGAUAAUGUUAUUUAUAUCGCCGGCUGGCAGGGCGGCUCCGCUCAGCGCUCCCAGGACCCCCCGGGCCCCCGCGGGUCUCUGUCUCGCCGCCGCCCCGCGCUCUGUGCUGCUGGUGCCCCAGGCAGGUGAGUCUGACCAGGGAGAGACGCCGCUUGGCACCUGGAGCGCACGGCGAGGGAUGGAGUCGGGCAGGUGGUACCAGGCUCGGGCUGCUGGAAAAGGAGGAGGUGGGGAGGGGGAGGUCGCGAUGUCGCAGGCAUCUGCCGCCCCAAGCAGGCGGGGUUCUUAGAGGAGCGAACGGAUGUUGUGGCGGUGAGGAACACCGACGGGGGGAAUUAAGAGAGGGGAAGGCUUGCAGUUCCUUAUUGCCGCCGCCCCCCACCUUCUCCGAGGCUGACAGCCAGGGGGUUGGCGUUGGCCCACUGAGAAGAGAAGUUAAGAUUCUCGGCUGCCCCCUAGAUCCGAGCCAAGGUUGCUGACGGGAAAGGCGCGGGAGCGAUGGGGCUGAGGAGAAGGCAAAGUUAGGAGUUUGCGUGUGCGUGUGCGUGUGAAUCUGCCUCUUACAAGAUUUUGGAACUGUCCCAUUCCCAGCAGCGUACCUGGAAGGGGAAUCUCGAAAGGGAGCCUUUGUGGUGGGUAACCUUUCCCAGACACCUAACCAUGUCUCCUUCUCCCACACACUGUUAUGUUAGGGGUGUCGAUGUCAGGACUUGGGAGACAGCAUGCCUGCUUGAAUUCAGCUGUGCUCCUACCGUUCCCCCCUGCAAGGUGUCUUGUAGUGCCUUCAAGACAAUAAAUGUCUUGUGCUACAAGACUUUGUUGCUUUUGCUGCGUACAGUAGAAUAAGAGGUCCGCCCCCUCCCGGAUUUGCCUCUUGCAUACUUGCCCCCUGGAACCUGUUUGGGCGUGUGAUUUAUAGCUUGCUAGUGCUUCCUUUUGUAUAAAUGUAUGUCCCAAACCUGGAAAGGAGCACUAGGUGAUGCAAUAUUAUAUUGUCCCACACAUUUGUAAUACUCAGUUAAUGGGAUUCAGCAUUGGAGCAUCUCUGUUUUGGGGAGAUCCUAUGAUAGAGGAGAUGUGUGGGUCGCAUGGGUUGAUGUAAGCAAGUUGUAGUAGCUUUGUAUCAUUUGUUGGGUGCAGGCAAGUCAUUCAAUUUUAGAAAAAGUGUGUUUGUGUUUACAGGAGUAAAGACAAGGUAAGGACAGAGCCUUCUGUGGUGAUGUUACAUAAAACCAGUAACGAUUAACCUGUAUUUUUUUUUUUGCACAGGGCAGGACUCUCCAUUUAACUUCUUACCUAAAUAGCGAGCUAGCAUUUGAUGUGCUGGAUUUUUUUAGCCCUGGAAUUUGUUUGUCCUCACAAUAAGCAUGUAUAAGCAAACUGAAGUUGCAAGUUAUCUCCCUCCGCAUUCUACAGAAAUCAUUCUAUAGCUCAUACAUUCUGUCACAAGGGCAUAGCAAAGAUGUCAUGAACCAAAUCUGAUUUUAAAGUUUUUGCCAUUUUUCUAGAUUUUUAAAAAAUGCACUUUGUUUAUGUCACUGCUUUGUAGGAAAAUCUCCAUCAAGUGGUAUAUAAAUAUUAUGAGAGAAAUAAAUAAAGAGAUACAUAAUGAUGCAAGAGGCUGAAGCCUUAAACGUCAUCUUGGGAUCUGCAUUGUUUAUGUGGGUUAAUGUGGUUGCUGUACCUACCUAUCCAUAUAGAUGUGGGCUUGUUUGUUCUGAACAGCUUUAGGCUUCAGUUUGGCACCUUCAGUGUUCAGAACAGCAGAGGCUUGAAACUGACAAAUAAUGGACGAAGAGUAUUUUACUUGCUUGGCCUGCAGGGGAACCUUGGGCUGCAACUUUUGUCUGCUCAUAUUUAUUGGUGUGACAAAUACAGUUAGUGUAGACUAUAAGACUGUAUCAGUUUAGAUGCCAAGCAGUUCUCAGUCUGCAAAUGGUAUGGUAUUGCAAUUCCUAUUUCUUAAUAUAGUAAUCUUUCACUCUAGGAUUUCCUUCCUUCUUUCUUUUAAGUAAAGGUAAUUAGAAAAUAAUAAUAAUAACUAUUGAUAUAAAUAAUUGUAUACAUGUGGUUAUAAAUAAUGUAUGCAGAAACUUUGAAUAUGAGAGAAUUGUGUGAUACGCUUUGUGGAUGUCUCAGGGAUUUCACUGCAUGUUUACUUUGAAGUAUUUGCAGGGAACAAGUUUAGGAUUGCAGCCUUGGACUGUGAUGUCAUAGGGGAAAUCAUCAGUGACAUUGAGGAGGACUUGUUCCCACCUAAAUGUGAUUGGGGAUAAGAGUUUGGGCAUACACCAUUUAAUGCAUUGUGUUAAUUGAGCUUCUGCUUGUUAUUUCUGUGGGGUGUGUGUGUGUGUGUGUGUGUGUGUACAAUUCAUAACCACAUACAAAAUAAUCUGUAAAAGCAGGGAUGAACAAAGUCUUAUUUUCUGUCUGCCUGCCUGCCUGCCUGCCUGCCUGCCUAUUAGCAUUAACUCUCAGUUUUAUGGCUGCAUUAUAUAUGUAUCCUUUUCCAACACACACACACACACACACACACUUUUCAUACCUAUUCAUUAUCUGUGGUCAGAGUCAUUAAUUAUUGUUAUCACAAAACUUAUAAAAUAAAUAUCUUGUCUGGGACUUAGUCACAUAUCUAUACUGAAAAGGGCAAUGUAAGUGUUUCUCUCCCAGUCUCCAAAAUAUGUUCCUUCUGUUGAGAGAGGAAAGGUCCAGUAGCAAGGCUGUUGCUAUUUUUCCCCUAUCUGUAUUGAUAAAGAAAAAGGUUUGUGUGAUAUUCAGUGCCUGAUUUAUGUAUAAUCUACACUAUCUGUCUGUGGAAAAGACAACUGUUAUUGUUUGGUAAUACGUUAAAACCCCCCGAUUUGACUCCUUGCUAUCUCUGCAAAUUGUGCAUCUUCUCCGAUGUGUCAGAAAUAUAGAGAAGGGGUAGAAAUAUAGAGACAAAAGAUAUGGGACUUACAAAAAAAUACCCUUGCUUUUCUUAGCCUAAAUAUCUGUUAACCGUUGCGGGCUGUGCUAUUAUUAGCUUUCUCUCUCUCUCUCUCUUGUACCAACCAAUUGUGUAUAAUGUGCCUAAAAACAUCCUAUUCUUAGUUCUUAUGCUUUGUUCUUCAUUGUGUUGUAUCUGCAGUCUCUCUACAAACCAUUCGCAGUGCCCAGAUCAACCUCUUUCGCCAGCCCAUCUUGUGCUCCCUCCACAGUAAGCAUCAAAUCUGCCUGUGAUCCCAUCUGUCUUGUGGCAUUGCCUAAAUAAGCUACCUCAAAAUUAGCCUGGGAUUUUUUCAUCCGUAUCUUCUGCUUUUCCAUUUGUGCCACCAUUGUUUGUGUAUAAUCUAAAGGACUGACACACAACUGCCCUGUGCCAGACAUGGUGUUGUGCUGACACUAUCCAUGGCCCUUUGCAAAUGGCAGGCACAUCAGGAGUUGAGCAAUCACACUGCCUUGCUUCUUCCAGUGGUGCUACUGUAACUGGGUUGUGGAGCAAUUUUGACAAAUUCUGUGGCAUUCUUUCACUGACUGGUGGCUGUUGUGAUUGGAGGGAGUUAUUGGUAUUAGAAGAUUGAGAUGGGACUAAGGUCUAUUUCGUAUGUGACUUAUCCUCUACUCAGGAGAAAAUGCUCCAUAUAAAGUAUCCUUAAAUAAGAAAGUACUCAGGUAUGUAGGUUAGGGUUGGUCAGCAGCAUCACAUUCUCAAAUAAGGUAGGGAGCUGCUUUAUAUCAGGGCAGACUAUUUGUCCGUCUGGUUCAGCGUAGGCUGCAGUGGCUCUCCAGGGCUUCAGGCAGACUCUCCCACCUGAGGUUUCUUAACAGAAGAUUUCAGGGAUAUUCUGGAGAUCAUCUGCAGGCAAAGCAUGUGUCUUUCCCAUUGAGUUGUGGUUCCUCCCCUUCCUUUAGGAAGCUCAGUGCAAUGCAUAUAGUUUACUACCAUAUCAGUCUAAACCCAUAUUGGUAAGAUACCAACUCAUAUCAGCUUUUUGAGGGGAGGAGUCGGCUUGCUUUUUUAUUUUUUAUUUUGUACUGAAUAUGUUGAAAUUCUUGUAAGGCCUGUCUAGUCUCGUCUCAUACGUUAGCCUUGAGGUGCCAUGCAACCAUCUAUCAAGGAACUAUUUCCCCAAAGUUGGAGAUGACUGGCAUGCUAAUAUAAUAGUAUGUUUCAUACAAGUAGAUGCGAUUUGUGUCUGUUCUGUUUUAUGUCACCUUGGCAAAUAUUUCCUGAACCGGGACAUGAAAGGAUAUACUUAUGGCUUUCCUUUGAUUUUGUUAUGACUUAAGUUUGUAUGUUAUUGAUGGUGGUAGCGGUGGAGAAAUCACAUUUGUUGCUAUAAUAGUACUCAAUAAAUACAUUAUUUUACUGAAAUAUUCUGAAUACUGUUUUUCAUAAGUUAGUGAACAAUCUAGAUUAAAUACGGUAAUUAGAAGUUACUAUGCAGUUUGAUUCCCAGGCUAGCCCUGAAAAGCAAUGAAGGAACUGAACCUGAAUUUGACAGACUAUGUCACUGUUUCCCUAGUUGGACGUUCUUGCAAGUGGGUGUUCUUUUCAUAUGGAAUGCAUCAACUAGUGAAAUGUUGUUAACACAGGAAAAAAAAAUCUGGAGGAAAUGUGUUUUCAGACCAAAUACAGGUCCUAGCCAAUAUGUUUUAUACUGAAAUUAGAGCUGGAGAAUAUGCCAACUCCGGUUGAAGAGCUGCAUCUGAAUAUGGCUUGAUCUGCUCAGGUUGUUUUCUUUUGUCUCCUGAUCUUAGGGUUCAGGAGACUGGCCCUAAAACCUUAUGUUUCCAUACUGAUCCAUGUGCUGGAGCGUACUGUCUAAGCUGGAACUCCUUCACAGAUGCUACAGUGUGAACUUUUACUGAAACUGUGAAAUAGCUGGGCAAAUAAUAUGUUACGUACCUUUUCUUCUGCGUUCAAAGAAGAAUUGUACAAAAGGAUUGUGAGGCUAUAUUGUUUGAAAUUUUGAAUUCUUAGUGAGUUGAUACAAGUGGUCUGAACCCAGUCCAACAUAUUUAGUGUGAUAAAGCAAGAAGCCCUUCAUUAUUGGCUCACUGUUGUACAGUAUUUGGUUUUUAAAGUUGCCCAAUCUGAUGCUAGCCAACACAUCCAUUCCUUUAAGUGCUGUGUGCUUUUUCUUACUGGAGAAUCCACACCUGAUUCACUCUGUCCAUUGUAGAGCUGUUUUGGCAUUCAGUGGUAUGUGAAAUAAUAAUAAUCUUAAAAGCAGGGGAGCCCUUUCCAGCAUGGGCCAAACUCUAUGUAAUGAGUUCUCUCCUUUAAUAAUAAUAAUAAUAAAAAUACAGUUAGAUUAUUAUCAGAGCAAUAAACAUAUUCUAUAACAAACUUGGGGUACCCCAUCGGAACAUAGGAAGCUACCUUAUGCCAAGUCCGACUAUCACUCCAUAUAGCUCAUUACUGUCUACACUGACUGGCAGUGGCUGCCCAAGGUUUCAGACACUCCAAACCUUAACUGGAGAUUUAACAUGGGACCACCUGUGUGCAAAGUGUUCCUUCUGAUCUGGAGCCUUUCCCUGAGUCAUCAACAUGGAUGGGAGUCCUGUGGUUGGAACUCUCUCAUUUUUUUCUUGAAAAGAAACGGAGUUUUUGUGGUUGUAACAAAAGGAGAGAAGGCUAGGAAGAACUUCCUUGCGCAACUGCUGCAUAACAGCCAAUUGUUGGCCAAUUGUCUCUUAAUUUCCCAAUAGUUGCUGCCCCCACUGCUCUGUUUCAGACUUACAGCUUCACAUGGGAGGGACACCUGGGGUGCUCAAAGAAGUAUUGGUGCCUGCUGUCCUGAGACAAACACCCUGUAUUUCCGAGCCAGUUCCCUCUGUUAGCAUCCACAUCCAACUGCCUCCCCAUGAAACCCACUCUUCUUUCCUAGUAGCACAUGUGGUAAAAUUACCGGAAUUACCGUGUUUGGCAAAACCACACUUCAGACCCCAGCACCCAAAUUAUAUUAGACUUUUUAUUAAGAAUAAACAAGAGAAGGUAAGAAGACAAUUGGACAAAACAGAAUGAAAACAAAUGGAGCUGGGUGACUCAAGCCUGUCUGCUUCUAUGUGAAUUACUCACAACAAGGUGUUUUCAUCUUCUCAAGAGUACAGCUGUAAGGAAAGUCAGUUGCAGGUUUUCCAGGGGUCACUGGGGGAUCAAAUGUACCUCUGAUCUGGAAGGGAUGCCUCAUGCAUUGUCUUCAGUGGCACCUGCUCCUUUUGAUUAAUCAGGACCCAUGUGAUAUUUGGAAGGUACCUAGUGUGACACCUUUGUGUGGGGGGGUUGUUGCUAGACAUUGGGGCAGGCAUAGAUGGCUAUCUCUUGGUGGAAAUCUGUCCUGAGCUUUUCCAAAUUUCUUGCCAGACCAUGCUUUUCAAGAGGUUGGUGGAUUCAGGAGCUAGCAGUAUACGUGCUGGCCUUACUUGAGGAAAAUGGAGGGGAGAAUGACCAGUGGCAAGAUUAGGACUUCAGUUUGUGUGUGUGCUGCAGCCCCAAUCCAAAUUUCCCUCUGAAAGUGCUGUUGGGUGCAAAGAGGAAGCCUUAACAAGUAGACAGUGUUCAUAUGUUUCCCUCUUUAUAGUUAAUAGCAUUCUUGGGAAGAGAUUAGAAUAAAUACAGGUUCAGAUAGUUAGAUCCCUUCCCCCCACCACAUCCCAAAUCCAAAUUGCCCCACACCCUGUGACUACUUUUUAAGAAAUUGGAAGGGGGGGGCGUUGAGGGAAACUCCAGCCACAGAACCCUCAUGUAUCAUAAUAUACAUAUUUUAACUGCUAGCUUUCAUGAGCCUCGUGUAAGAUUUCUAAUCUGUAAGCACUAGAUGUCACUUCCCUUGGUAGAACUUGAGUACAGAAAACACACAUUAACCUCAUCAAUGGGCUGAGCUUCCUAAUGGAGCCCAGCACAACUUGUGUUCCAUAAGGUCAAACACAGCCCACCAGCCUUGAAUUGUAUCCUGGCAAAUGAUUGGCAACACUCCUCUUCCACAUCCCCAGACAGGCUGCAAAAACAGGUGGUUUACUGCUUCUGGUGGGAUGGCAUACAUAGAUAUUGAGCUGUGUCAGUGUGUGGUUUGAUGGGUCAUAGAUUAAUCCAAUUUACUAUAUAUAUGAGAGAGAAAAGUGGUUUUGCACUGGAUAGACAAAAUAAAGGUUUUUUUUUUUCAUUUGCUGUUGUCAGACUUAACUAUUGUAGCGCCUCUUCUGUAAUCUCUCCAGUUUUCCAGUUUCUUUUAAAUGUGGAACACAGAACCCUGUGCAAUAUUCUAGAAGGAAUCUUGCCACUGCUGUAAACAAUUAACAGGGGUAAAUUGUUUUACGUUCUCAUUACUCGAUGUUAAUACAACCAGAGACCAUAUUAGUCUCUUUGGCUAUACCACAGCAUUGGAAACUUGCAUUAAAUUGCUUGUCCACUGUAAAAUCAUUUGAAGAAUUACCUCUGGUGUUGUAAAUUCCCAGAUGCUACCCUUCCUUAAUUAAUCAUCUUUGUGGAUCUUAUUGAUGAUUUGCUGCAACACAACUAUGUCGUUUUGCAGGUUUUUGUUUGUGCGUAUGUGUGCACACAUGAUUCUCUUAACUGUUAUGUCUAGCCUAAUAAAGAGACAAAUGGAAAGGUAAAUCUUGAGUUCUUAAUCUUCAGUCAUGCCUCAUAAGACGAAUUUGGUGUAGCAUUUUCAAUCUUGAAACAGGUUUUGAAUUCAUGGGAAUCAAAAUUUAUUCUUUUUAAAUGCAGCUCCUCUAGUUAAGGAUUGUUUUGGGCAUUACUUAGCAAUAUCCCCAAAGGGUUCACAAUAUGGAGCUUUCUUCAUGGGUUCCUCUCAUAGAGUGAUUUUUUAAAGCUACAUUUCUAUCAGCAUUACCUAUCUGUUCUCAUACCACACAUGAACUUGAAUUUGAAGGUCUCUUCUAUAAGCAGAAGCACUCUUUCUAGCCUCAAUGAAGAACAUGGCAUGAGAUCAGAAGUCUGUGUGACUUUGCACAAGCUCUUUCUUCAGACCUUGUUACUGCUCACUGUAGAGUUUACAUCUUGUAUUCUUCACCAUGCUGCUCAUACUCUAACACAACCCUCAAUACAUUGCGGCCCUACACCGUGAGGAGUCUGCUAGCACUUGUUCAAGAGCUUUCAGAACACCACUAUCAAUAUUUUCUCCUUCUGCUCAUGGUUCUUUGGACCCAAAGUAUAUGUUUCUUUCAAAGACAAAUCCAGGAGCGAUUUUUGAAAUAUUCAGUUUCAAAUUAAAUUCUGCAGCAGAGUUGCAAGUUAAAAGUUUUAUAAGUCAUAUUAGUUUGCAUAAUUUAUUUUGAACAUAGAAGUUUAAUUCCUUUACAGAAUCAAGAUACGUUAUUAUGUAUGUUGAGUAUUCAUCCUGAAUCAUUUAUGGGAGGUUAAAUUACAUUGCAUCAAAGCAAGUGUGAUACCACAUGCUGUGAAGUUAGGGAUUUUUAAAUAAUAAAAAUCCUUCUGUUAAAUUGUAGCUCACCUCAUGCCAAAGGUUAACGGCAGGUAGCAAUAUAUAAAAGUAAAAAUAGGUUUAUAAAACCAUCCAAUUAAAUCAAGUAGCGACCUUCGCUGACUAGUCUAACCCUUGACUAUCUCAAAUGACCUGAUACUAAGAACGAAAGAGAAACACUAUUCUUGAAAGAACCAGACUUGGAUUUUCUUUUUCAGAAGAAGUUGAAGAGCAGCCACCCAAAAUGCCUCUUGAUGUGCUCUUGCAAUUCUAGCUUAGUAUACGGGUGGUAAACCUAGGAGGUGUGUUUGACUGAGUUUAAAAAUCAUAGUGAGACAUCGGGGUGGAGUUUUUGAGCAUACUGACACCGGCCUAGGUCUCACCAGUUGUUCGUAUCAUUCUGUGCUGUGGAAUCUGUUGACCUUGAUGCAUGUGGACCCUAAAUUAAAAGAAGACAGGCACACUUGACUCCAGGAAUGGAAUUCUAGCCUCUCCGAAAGAGAUUUGGACAUGUAAUAUAAAUUAUGAGAGAUGGCAGCACUGAAAUUUGUGAGACGGUUGUGUGUGUAAGGGGAAAUUUCCAAGGCAUUUUGUGUAUGUGUGAGAGAGAUGCUGUUUUGUUUUAUGUAAUUCAUCUAUUUUUAGUGUAAGAUGUAUGUGGAGCAUUUGUGUUUGUUCCACACUGUUGCAGAUUAAUUGACACAGGACACUCCAGUCGGUGUGCCUUUUUGGAAUGUACUGUAUGUAGGUUAGAAUUACAAUAUCCGCUUUGCAGUUUGUUUGCUCCUGAGAAAGUGUUUUAUGUAUUAACAGGUCUUAGCCCAAUGCUUCCUUUGCUCACUACUCCUGCAGCUCAAGAGGGAUUAUUUACUAAAUUACUGCUCCCCUUGGCUUUACUUUGCAGUAGGGCAGUGUCACUGCCAUGAUGGAUGAGUUAAUAUAGUCAGGAAAAAUUAACUGAUUUUUAAUAGGACAGGGGAGAGCAUAGUAGUUCAGAGGAGUUUUGAGACUACCUUUGUUUCAUCCAACCCUUCACCAUGGAUUAAUUGCUUUAUCUAUGUUCCUGCUUGCCCUGUCUGACCAAGCUCUGUGUCUGUUAAUUAAUUUGUUUGUUUCAUUUGUAACCUUUCCUUCCUCCAAGGAGCUCUGAGUGGCAUUUUUAAAACUUUGAACUGCCCGCUGAUUUUGGUUGAAAAAGACUUGCCCAAGGCCACCUAGGGAGUUUGAUAGCUGAGCAGAGAUGAGAAUAAUACUCUAUUCACUUUUCUGCACUUCCUUUUGGCUGAAAGGAGAGGGAGCCCUAUACUCCAGAGGAGAUGAUGGUCUAAUAGUGCAUUUAUAUUGAUGUAGUAAAUGUAGCAUGUGGCUUUGAUAUGAAACUACACAAAUGCAGAGAGGGAGAGAUGGCAGCACCAAACAGCAUGACAACACUUCUAGACCAGUGCCUGCCAAAUUUAAAGACACAAGCUCUGCAGGACGACAUAGUCUUAAUUAAUUCCCAGCUUAAUUUUGUUCAAUAAAACUUUUAAUUCCAGAUGGGAGUCAAAUGUGCCCCUUGGGGUGUAAGUGCCUGUAGUAUAGCCUGUGGUGCUAUGGAAUUCUGUUACACAUGCACACAGAAACUCUGCUACAACGAGCUUUCUGCCCAGCACGAUCCCAGAAGCUAUAAAUCACUGUGAAUGACAAUAAUGCACAGUGCAAUCCUAUGCAGAAAUCCUAUACAGUCAGAAAUAAGCUCCAUUCAGUGAAGCAGGCCAUACUCCCAGGUAAAUAGGUAUACAGUGCAAAUCCUAUACUGUUCAGAAACUCUGUGGGACUUUCUUCCAGAUAAGUGUGUGUAGGAUUUCAGGCAGACUUCCUUGCUUUGUUCACCUUUAAGUAUUUUUCAGUAUUCUCACCUAAAAAUGGAGUGUCCUUGUUAUACAAUUCAAAGGCUGCUUCCAAGAUUGGUAUGAUUGGAGUUAGCUAGUAAUUCUCUUCCAUUUGUGCAAGGAAAGUGCAGAAGCAAGAGCUACAUAACAUCAUUGGACAAUUAUAAGACAGUAGCAAAGAUCGGGAAAAGGGUUGCACUUUACAGCUGAACUUAUCACAGUGAGCACAAAAGGUGCUUGGAAUUCAGUUUUCUUUUUCUUUUUAAUGAGUCCAUAUACUAAUCCCCAUAAAAUAAAGUCAUUGUAUACAGGUUGCAUUUUCCAUCUGAGGCUGUCUGAAGUUGCUUUUUUAAAAAAAAUCUUUUGUAGAAAAGAAACGUUUUUCAGACCUUUGAGCUCAAAUGUAUUAAAAGUGGCACCACUUAAAUUUAGCCAGGUUUUCUCUCUCAGAAAAAAAGACCAAAACUUAAUGUCUCUUUGGAGAAGCAGGUCCAUAAACUGCUUUCAUGCAAUUGAAAAAGUGUGACACAUGUAUGAACCAAUCUUCCAAACCCCAUUUUUCUUUCAUUGUGAGAGCUACUCUUUCUAGUGGAACAAACAGGCUGUACCAGCACACAAUGACAAUCAGUUAGUGUGGUUGAGAUCCUGUUUAGCCAUUUUGUAGCUCUUGAGCCCAAUCAGUUAUUUAAAGAUUUGUCUUAAAAAAAAAAAAAAUUAAAACCCCACUCUCCAGCCAAAACUGAUUACCAGGGCAGCUUCCAGAUCACUAUAAACAAGGCUGUUUAUACCCUUACGUUUAGAGCCUAAACUGGCAUAAAGUGAAAAUGGAUUGUGAGGGAAGAGGAAAUAAUCAAACACUGGUGAAAGUUCUUAGUUACAAAUUCUUCUAAUGACCCACUGGGUUGGAAAGGUUUCAAAUCUUAAAAUGCACACAAACAAAAAUUGCGAUAUAAGGCCUCCAUCUGGAAGCCAGGGCCUAUGAAGAACCUAAAGUCCCUUCUGGUUUACACCUCCUUGGACUCAUCAGCUGCUCAGAUAAGCCCAAAUAUCAGUGUGGUGUAGUGGUUAAGAGCGGUAGACUCGUAAUCUGAGGAACCGGGUUCACGUCUCCGCUCCUCCAAGUGCAGCUGCUGGGUGACCUUGGGCUAGUCACACUUCUUUGAAGUCUCUCAGCCCCACUCACCUCACAGAGUGUUUGUUGUGGGGGAGGAAGGGAAAGGAGAAUGUUAGCCGCUUUGAGACUCCUUCGUGGUAGUGAUAAAACGGGAUAUCAAAUCCAAACUCUUCUCUUCUUCUAAAGCAUGAACUAAUUUAUAAGACAAUUCUUAAGAAGGUGGCAGAAAUCUAUUGAAUCCCAACUCUCAAUAAAAUAUACUUUAAAAUAUACAAGCAUUCAUUCAUUUUAAAGCAAAGCAAAUGAGUAUUUGCACUAAGUGGUAAAGAAAACAAAAGAAUGAAUGCUCUGCACCAUCACUAGCCAUCCUAGGGCAAUUUAGCAUGCACAGCUCAAAUGAUUUACGCUUUCAUAAUGAAAUUAAUAAUUUUGUAUUUCAGUGUUAACAACAAACAUAUGUUUGAAUAAUGAGAUCCAUCCAAGUGUUGUUGCUCCAGAUCCGGAAGACUGGAUCUGCUUUUGCAGCAAUGAAGUAGCUCAGCCUUGAAAUUUAUGUAGGAGCUGGAGGCUCACCCUUUCCAGGCUCUUAGGCCAUGAUCCAUGCAGGUGAUUCCAUGUAAUGUCUCAGGCAAUUAUAUGGGCACUUUGGCAACAGUAUUUCUGAAGUUCCUGCCUAGCUCACUAUCUUCUCUGUUCCUGUAGACCUUGGGGGAGAUGGCGGGCGAGUCUGAGAGCUGUGUAGUAAUCCAGGCAGUGUUGUGGGUAGGACAUCCAGUCAGGGAUGUCCCGAUUCAGUGGCUCCUCAGGAUCAUCAGCAUUGUAGAGAUCUGCUCCCCAGCUGAAGAGACCUUCAUAUGAGCUCUGUUCAGAGUUGAACCCUGAGACUACUGUAAGAAAAUCAGGUGCCUAUUGUGAUAUAAGAAAAGACACAAAGCUUGCGUCUUGCAGAUUUUGUUCUAUUUUACUCUUUCCUCAGAUUUUGACAUUCUACUCAGGUUAUUGUUCGGAAAUGAUUUUGAAAUAGUUUUGUGAUUUGCAUAAUCACUUAAGUCGACAUCAUUAUUCUUAUUUUUACCUAAAAGACUUUAACCCACUUUCUUAGGUUAUGAUUUCUAAAGAACCUCAAGAUUGGCAUAAUAACUUGUAUUUUUUUUUAUUUUUUAUUUAAUAGAUUUUGACUCCACCUGCUAUGGUAUCUACCCUCAUUUAAAUCUGUUUAAAUAAAUAAAAAGCCUGGGAAUGUACAGAUACUCUGUCUACUUAUCUCUAGCUCCUGUAAACAUAAUAUGAUAAUGUAAAAAUGUGGGGAAGAGAAUGCCCUUCAUAGAGAGCAAUAGACGCUUCAUAUGUUGCUGGCUAUUCAAAGAAACAGCUGUCUUGUAUCAGAAAGUUAGUUUCCAUACACAAGGCAUUUCUCAAGGACAAGAAUGUGUGGACUAAAAUUGUUGUUGUGCCAAAUGGUAAAACCAGCACUUUUCUGUGUGUCUGUUUUUUUGCAUGGAUUCUAGUCCAUGGUCUGCACUCUAAACAAUGAAAGGAUUUGUGAGCUUCGCACACAUCAAAUUGGCAUCCCUGACACCUGCAAGGGUUGUGCCAGUUACCAUGCUGUUUACUGCUAGCCCAAAUAUACUAAAAGAAUCUUGAGCAAUUAUUAAGUAGGGAGGCAUUAUCAAAAGGUAAACUAGUAUCUUGGUUACUGGGCAUAUUUAUUAAUUACCGGUAAUUGUAAGGAUACCUUCAAGUUGGCAUCUGUGAUAUAUAAGAAUAUAUACCGUAUUUACUCAAAUGUAAUGCACACUUUUUGACUAAAUGGCAUCUAGGGUGCACAUUAGAUUUGAUGCCACAUUUACAUUUGCCAGCAAAUACCCUAUUGGUUUCAUGAGGUGCGCAUUAGAUUCAAGGGCACAUUAGAUUCGCUUUAAAGCAGUAUUUCUUAACAUACAGGGAAGCACUGGGAUAUGAAUCUUAGCAUACUUGCCUAUUGAGACUAAGUUUCCAUCGGUGGAAUAAGAUAUGGCAGACAGUAGUAUGUUCAGGGAGAAGGUUUAUGGUGCCUCAUUACUGCUAGCUUUGACUGAACUGGGAGGAAACAUACAUUGUAUUAUUGAGCUGAAGUUAACACAGUUUAAAUAUUUGGAGAAAUGAUACAAUAAGUAUGUUAACGCAGUUCAGGAAACAAUAACAACACUCACUGCACCCACAGAAAAAUACUGAGCUGUGACCCACUUCUUAGUCAUGAAGAAAAAAGAAUGGACAUCAUUCAUAUUCCUGGCCAGGAGUCAAAAGCAAGGCAAAUUGCUGAGGAUUUACUAUGACCACAUUGUAUUUAAUCACAGAAUCAUUAUUCAAAGUAUUUUUAAUCUAUUUUUUGAGGUACAUGUGCCACAAAACAAGUCACAGCAUAUCUGAAAAUGCUAAUCCAAAUAUAACUGCAGCUCCAAUCCAAAUAGUCAUAGUUGGGUAGAGGAAUCCCAGGAGGGGCUGGGCGGGGGGGGGGGGGGCGGCACAGCACAGUGGGUCUUCUGUUGCAGCUGUACUAGCCAGAGUGGAAGGGAGAGGGUGCAUUAGUACAAGGACAAUAAUGCAAAAUAAAAACUAUAAUAUUGCUACAGUAUAACACUAACAAUUGAACAGUUAACAAUUCAUUUAAAACACAAGUAAAUAAAAUUACCAUACUUUUCUCUCUAUAACACGCAGAUUUUUUCUCCUAAAAAGUAAGGGGAAAUGUCUGUGCGUGUUAUUGAACGAAUGUGUGGUCCCUGGAGCCGACUGGCCCGAGUGCAGGGGCAAAAAUCCGAUUGCGCGUCAGGGAGGAGGGACGCCUGAAGAGAUGAAGCUGUUGCUUUCCUGCAUUCUGCCUCAGGGUCUUACUGCCCACCCUCUUCUGUUUCAGUUGCUGUUUGCUCAAACGGAACAAAGAGCAGGGAAAUCCCCUCCCCUCCAGGCAAGCAGAGGGGAAAGGAAAGGAUCGCGUCCCAGUGCUCCGGUGCUGCUGCGUCCAGGGAAGCAUUUUAGGGACUCGCAGGCAGCCAGAAAACAUGCAGGUGGGAGAGAGAGAGGGCUGGCUUGGGUGGGUGGGUGGAAACUUUUGCCUUCCUUUCCUCCCUCCCGUUAAAUCCCUCUCCUGCAUUCUUAGCCAGCUGCUUCUCUGCACACCCCUCUCGUGCUCCUUGUCCCUUCUGUGUUUUUCCUUCCCUCCCCACUUAAAACGUCGUUACAAAGCACGGAUCCACAUGGAUCCUCAGGAUCUUUGCAUUGGGUCACCCCAAAUUUACCAUCAGAUCACAUAGCAGGUCCAUGGCUACAGCCUGCACCAAAAAAAUCACACACCCACUGUUGCCUGGGGCUGCAAUGGUGCAAAAAUGUGGUUACAAAGCAUGGAUCCACAUGGAUCCUCAGGAUCUUUGCAUUGGGUCACCCCAAAUUCACCAUCAGAUCACAUAGCAUAUCCAUGGCUACAGCCUGCACCAAAAAAAUCACACACCCACUGUUGCCUGGGGCUGCAAUGGUGCAAAAACGUGGUUACAAAGCAUGGAUCCACACGGAUCCUCAGGAUCUUUGCAUUGGGUCACCCCAAAUUCACCAUCAGAUCACAUGUCUGUGGCCACAGCAUGAGGCACAAAAAUGAUACAUCCACUGUUCCAUUCAGAAUUCCCCCCCCCUUGUUUUCCUCCUCUAAAAAUGAUGUGCGUGUUAUGGUCAGGUGCGUGUUAUAGAGCAAAAAAUACGGUAAUUGAGCAUAAAGCACAACAAUAGGUCAGUAAAUAAUAUUCCGUAUUAUCUCCAAAGUUAGUACCUAGCAAUUUCCCAUUUAUACCAAGACCCCAAAGGUUAGAAACUCCUUCUCUCUGCAGAACCCUAGCUCCAAUGGGCAGGAGGGUGGAAUAAUGGCAGGUGGAAGUUGCCACCCUGCAGUAGUUUGCUUUCCAUUUUCUACUGUGUUUGUGAGAGAGAUGAUGAUGAGACAGAGGGAGCGUAGCAGACACUUUAUUCCAGGCAGCUUUCACAUCCGCUCAUCUUGAUUUCUUGUUACCUUCCUGUGUGCUGCCACAUAUCUAUUGUUGAGGCUUUCUGCCUCUAGAAUUAUGGAAUGUAGAGAUUUCUCAGGGAGGUGAAGGGGUGGGGACAUCUUGCUGAAGUGGCAAUAUUAACUUCUUUGUCAGGGGUAAUUUGCUGGCUAAGGCUUUCUCAGAGUCUAGGACACAAGCUGAAGCUGCCAGCCCAACCUUGUCCCCUCCUCCAAAAAUAAAGAGAACCAGCUGUCAUUGAGCCAAAAUGCAUUUAUUGUUCCCAAGGCCAAACCUGCUGUUAGUCCUCAGAGAAUUGCUGACAAAAGUUAACCUGAAUAAUGAUCUGAAGUAUUUCAGAAACUGGAUAUGGACAUGUUUCUAGAUGUUGAUUCUAAAGGCCACAAGGGGAUAUUACAGCAGUUCUCUGCUCCCUGCUCCUGCCUAAAAACAAACCUCUGAGGUUGUGUACAUACACCCUUUAUAACAGGACUGGCCUUGAAUCAAUCAUUAUUGAUGCAAUCAAAUGAUAGCCGUGUAGCAUGAUGGUAGAGUGGCAAAAGAGAAAGUGGAGCUGUGAUAGAAACCUUGAGAUGGUGCAGAGACACAGUAUCCAGGCGUGUGUGGUAAGUGGGGAAGAGAUCAAAGGGAGUGUUGCAUGUCAGAACUGCUACCUCUCCCAAAAGGAGCAAAGCCUCUAUGGUUGCUCAUUUGCACAUGCCAAUUUAAACAUACAUUUGAAAACUGCCGGUUAUUUUGUAGAGUCUGUCUCUCAGGCUGUAACUCUGAGAAUGUAAAAAAAAUCGGCACUUUUAUGGGCUUUAACUUUCUGGUGCUUUGCCAAGAUUGGUGUUUUAUAUUUGCGCUGGUAUUAUCAAACCACUUAGUCUCUCCCUUGCAUGCUGUGGAGGCUUGGGUCAGAGCUGGUUGCUAUUUAUGGAAUUGCAUGCUGUCUGAAGAUUCUGCAUGAGAAACACUUAGGAACUCUGCACCAGAGAAUGAGGGAAAGGGAGCCAGAUGAAAGAGUUUGCAUUUGUGGGCAAAAGGUAGCUGCUUCUCAGUACUUAAAACCAAUACAGUAUAUAUUGUGGCCGAUUCCAAAGUCUACUAACUCCUGAAUCCAGGUGGGGUUUUUUGGAAUAUUCCCAGUUGGAUUGAACUAGAGCAGAGAGAGCCAGCAUGAUGCCCUCCAGAAGUGGUUGGACUCCAACUCCCAUCAGCUAUAGGCAGGGAUGAUGGGAGUUGUAGUUCAACAACAUCUGGAGGGCACCAUUUUGGCUGCUCCUGAUCUGGAGCUUGCUUGUCACUCUAUGAUUUUAUGCAUGUCAUAAAAGGGUCACAGUUUGAGGAAUUAUUUGCACAGCUACCUAUUUUCCAGGACAUGGGUAUAAGAGCACUAUUCUCCCUCAGUUCCCCUCCCCCAUUUUAAAAGAAAUAUGAAUGUUAAUUUGAAUUUGCAUUCCAGUAUUUUAUGAAUGGGAGCCUUGCUUCUUAUCUGCAAAAUAAUUAGUUGCAAAUGUACAAGAGCCAUAAAAUAUUUUGUACUUCUGUUAUAUCAAAUAAAUUUCUUAGCUGCCCUGAAACAGGAGAUAAGGCAGCAGGUUUUCAGUGCUUUGCUAAUAUGAUUUUGCUGCAAUUAAUAAAUUUUGUAAAAACAUAUCCAUAUGUUUUUACAUAUGCUGUUUAGGGAAGCUUUUAAUGUUUAAUAGACUAUUGUAUUUUAAUAUUCUGUUGGAAGCUGCCCAGAGUGGCUGGGGAAACCCAGCCAGAUGGGCGGGGUAUAAUUAAUAAAUAAAUAAAUAAAUAAGAUGAACUUAUAAAAAUUAACAAAAUGACUCAGAAGCUUCAUGAGCAAUCUUAUACUGAGUAUCUGCCAGCUGCAGAAACCUCACUACACUGGCAAACACUGGAUAAGCUGAUGCCAUGAUAAGUAAGCUAGUGAAAGGUAGAGCAUCCUGACAGUGGAGCAGUUUUCCCAGUGGAAACAGGCCUGUGGAAUGGCUAAAAUGUGGUGGAGUUGUGACUCUGACCGUCAAGGAGCACACACGCCAGACUGCAUAUCCAUUCAGUUCAGAGCCACAUUGAUAUGAAACCCCAAACCUGGCACAAAUUUCCCUCCUGUGUUAAUGACUGCCCAGCUCAGGCUGUCACAGCACAACUGGCACCAUCCGUAUAUAGUGCCCACAUGUGGAAAUCAUCUCAGAUUAUAGGGUCUGUCUGGCGUAUGUCAUGUACACUUCAGCUUUGCAUGGGGGAGGUUUUUUUGGGGGGGAUGAAAAGAAAGGACACUUUGUAUGCAAAGAGAGCACUUUGUACAAAACUACUGUAUAAGAUUUAUUUUGGGUUGGGGGAAAGGUAAUGGGUUGAAUUCAGCUAAUGUGUUCUGCUAGCGGGAGAUUUGAGCAAGCAAUCUUCUGUGGACUUGGUUGCACUUUUGGCUGCCGCUUAGCCUUUUGUGUAUCUUGCACACCGAGAAUAUAGUAAUGUAAUGGAUAAGCUCCAGCUUUCUCCCAUUUGAGUUGAUUUUCCUCCAUGUCUAUGUUGUAUGCAGACAUUGCCCUGAUUAAUGGAUAGUGUUAUUGUUAUUAUUUAUUAAAUUUGUAUAGCACCUUUCAUCUGAAGAGAACACAAAAUACAUAACAAAGAGAACAAAAUUGAACCAAUAACCCUCCCCCUGGCCUACAUACAUAUUUAAAAGGCUGUAGAUUGUUUAAUCAGCCAAAGACCUGGUUAUAGAAAAAUGUACUUGCCUGGUGCCUAAAUAUAUGUAAUAAGGCAUUGGGUAAGCCUCCCUGGGGAGAGCAUUCCACAAACAGGGAGCCAACACAGAAAAGGCCCCUUCUUGCGUUGCUAGCCUCUAGACCUCUAGUAGAGGAAACACAUGAAGAAGUGCUUCAGAUGAUGAUCACAGGAUUUGGGUUGGUUCAUAUGAGCAGAGAUGGUCCUUGAGGUAUUGUGGUCCUGAGCCCCUUAAGGCUUUAAAGGUCAGAACCAGCACUUUGAAUUGAGCUUGGAAAUUGAUUGGCAGCCAGUGCAGUCAAGCGAGGAUCGCUGAGAUAUGCUCAAACCGACUUGCCCUGGUGAGCAACCCGACAAUGUGGACAUGUCUGUAAUUUUUCCAUUUUUAAAUAUAUUUUACUUGUUCUAUGUUUGUCUCUUUUCUUCUGAGCACACAUUUGAUGCAGUAUUCAUUCCACCAGAGCAAGGGUGCUGCAUCUUCCUCCCAAUCAUAAUUUGAGUUAUGGUUGUAUACUCAUUAUGUCAAAUAAGUCUUUGGUAUUUUUUGCCUGCCCUGGAACCUCAGGGUGAAUAAUAUUAAUAAUAAUAAUUUCCUAUUUUGAUCUAUAAGAAAAUAUUCCUCUGCAAUUAGAAUGCUGUCUUCUUAAAGAUGAGGACAUACUUAUAGUUGGAUGAAGCGGUCCCUUUGUGCGACAUGCAUUAGCAAGUAAAGUGCUCUGGGAUGAAAGGAUGCAGUGGAGAUUAAAGCAUAUUGUCAGGUUACUGCAUGAUGCCAGGGUUCUAAAUCUACACUUUCUUCUGUAAACAAUGAGAGAUGACAGGCUUUGGUACGGGAAUUGCUGUGUGGGUUUGCCGUAUGAGAUUCCUAGGCUAUAUGUUGUGCAUAAUACCAGAGUAUGGUUAUUGUUCUCUUUGUAUGCACUACUAUAAUAUUUCACAGGUGAGAAUAAUUUCUCUGGCUUUAAGACUGAGCUGUUUCUGCAUGCUUAGGUCCAUUACUACCGUGAGAAAGUUUCACAUUGUAUUUAAGUUUAGAGAAAUGUGUGAGAUCCUUCUGAAAGCUAUUUGUUUAUGCAUAUGAAGAACCAAGUGGAUUAAAAUUGUUCAGAUUAGUCCCUGACCUUAUCUAUAUUUCAACUAGCAGCUUAUUCAACUUUCCAUUAACUACCUUUAAUUGACAGUGUGCGUUUCACAUUCUCAACACAGAGUAUGUAAUAGCAAAAAAAAUAAUAAUAUUAAGCAUUCAUAUUAAAAAUCAUGUUCAAAUUCAAAAAAACCAAGUAAGAUAAAUUGCAGUUUAUCUUAUAGUGUUGUACUGUUCCAUAAAUUAAAAACUGGGCAUUUUAAUCUUCAUACAUAAUGAAAGCAACUAAUAAAUUACAAUAUGUGUGUUGUCACAAUAAUGUUGCAUUUAAAAUCCCUGUUUUAAUUUUAUUUUGGUCAUAAAUUAAAUCUAAUGAGUUGAAGGAGUUGCAUUAGAAGGAUUUUACUCCCUGUCCCAAUACUUUUUGUCUAUUUUAUUGUUUGACUAUCCAAUUUUUCUUGUGCUAAAGAAUGUUUUCCUUUUUUGCUCUGUGGGAAACCCAAGCUAUAUUAAAUGGAAAUGCUGCAUUGAAGAUUCUCAGAGAACUGUCAGGUACAAAAAAACUCACUCCUCUCAGUCCCUGUCAAGCUCUAUGAGAAGUAUACUAAUAAUAGGAAAAACAUUUUCAAAGAGAAUCCUUAAUUGAACAGAAUUGGUUUGAAAAGCAAAGUGGAGAGAGGAACAGGCCUGUUUGACUUGCAUAGUUUUCCGGCAGAGAUCUACUUAAGGGCCAAACUAAAUGAGACACCAUUCAUGCAAUUAGCAACUGAGUGAAGGACUUAAAAAUAAACAACAAGUGACAGGAAACCCCUGGCAUAUGGGUAGCUUUAGCUGUUUACUCUUCAUAGUCCUUAUGUUGUAGUCGUUAUGACGGGGGGCAUGCACUGCGUGCAUCGGAAUAACAGCUUCCAUUAUGCAAAUGGAAGAUCUCACCAAUGAAAAUAGCAGAUACAGGGAGCCAGCGCUAGAUCAGGAUCUCAGCUGGGGAUGGGGCGUAGCAAAGCGAGACCCACUAUUACCUGUGCUAGGUGCUCAAUCCAUAUUGUGCCCUCACAUCAGCUAUUUACUUUAAAACACAAUUCACAUUAUUACUAAUUGCAUAAAUGAUGUCUUCUCUUCUCUAGUUUGGUUCCAAUUCUCUCACCAGUAUGAGCUAUCUAAUGAUUUCCAUCAAAAUUGAAUGUGCAGUUUAAAAAAAAAAACACAAACCCUUUGUGGGCCAGUUUGGGAUCAUCACAAACCAUUUUGUAUCAUGAUGGGAAUAACCCACAGCAAGCCUUGGUCUUGCACUCUACUGUAUGCCCUUGUUUUCCUUCUCUAGCACAGAUGCAAGGAGGAUUCAGGAAGCUUUUGCUUGCUUUAGAUUCACCAUAGCUUGUCAUUUCAUCCAAAGCGAAAUUGUGUUUAAUCUUAACUAUCAUUUGUUUGUAGUGAGCCUUCAUCUUCAAACCAUGAAUAAUGGAGCUGGUUUGUUUCAACAAACCAUAAUUAAGAUCAGGCAUAGGCAAACUCAGCCCUCCAGAUGUUUUGGGACUACAAUUCCCAUCAUCCCUGACCACUGGUCCUGUUAGCUAGGGAUCAUGGGAGUCGUAGGCCAAAAACAUCUGGAGGGCCGAGUUUGCCUAUGCCUGAUUAAGAUUAACUGCAGAUUACAGUUUGGAUGCAAUGCUGCACUGCGGUUAACCAAAACUGAAAGCCACAGAGGAGAUGGAAGGGGGAGAGUGCAAACCUGAGUCUUGCUGCAGCUCAUUCCAAUUGCAAUAAACCAUGGUUUAUCUUGACGUGCGAACCACCUUUCAAAAAAAGCUUCAUGCAGGUUUAUUAAAAAGAGUUAUAGUAUAAGUCCCUAGUAAGACUAUAAAACACAGGUCUGUAAAAGGGUUUCUCUAACCCAAGGAAGAAAGAGGUAGGCUCUGAAAUUAGAUUCUAUUCAAGGAGAUGGUAUGCAUAUAUAGCACAGCUGCAACCUAUCCCCUUGGCAUGUCUUAUGCAAUCUUAUUACGCAAAUAAAGGCACAAUCCCCUCCCCAUUGAAAAACAACUGAGGAGAAGCUGCUCGUGCCUCUUUUUCCUUGGGCAAGGAGAAUAGGAUGAGUCCUACCUACGUUGAACCAAAAGUAAGACUAACAAAAUUUAGACAUUAACUUUGCAGAUUUUGCCUCUGCUUAUAUAAAAUAUAGGGAUGCGGGUGGCGCUGUGGGUUAAACCACAGAGCCUAGGACUUGCUGAUCAGAAGGUUGGCGGUUCGAAUCCCCCAAUGGGGUGAGCUCCCGUUGCUCGGUCCCUGCUCCUGCCAACUUAGCUGUUCGAAAGCACGUCAAAGUGCAAGUAGAUAAAUAGGAAGUAGAUAACCCCAGAGUCGGUCGCAACUGGACCUAAUGGCCAGGAGUCCCUUUACCUUUUUAUAUAAAAUAUAAGUAUUUGAUAAAAUUAUUUCAGACAGUUCAGGCUUUUGCAAUGGCCAGCCCUACAUCAGCAGUCCUACAACAGGUAUUGAUUCUUCCUCAGGAAGCUUACUAUCCAUACUCUUUGUCAUUUGUGUGUUGCUCUAUUACUGGCAUAAGCAAACUCAGCCCUCCAGAUGUUUUGGGACUACAACUCUCAUCAUCCCUAGCUAACAGAACCAGUGGUCAGGGAUGAUGGGAGUUGUAGUCCCAAAACAUCUGGAGGGCUGAGUUUGCUUAUGCCUGCUCUAUUACAAUACUGGCACAUUUACUUGCAAUCUUGCCUCCCUCUGUGUAUCCAGACUGUCGCUAUUUUGGGUGGAAUUCAAUUACAUACCAACAUAUUUGGGUUGCAUAAUUAAAGUUGAUUUGGCAUCCUUGCACAAUAAACCUGUAUACACACACAUACACCUCUUUGCAAUAAGGAAAGUGAUGGGAAACAGCACUGGAAAAUAUGGAAUAACACAUGCUAGGUGCGAUGUCAUAUAACCUCCCUGCAAACAAAUCAGAAUGAAUGCUGGAAAAAAAUAACUGUCAUAGAAGAGCCCCACAAAUGCACAAAUCAGGACUGAUGCUAAAUGAACAGGCAGUCUGGAAUUAACAAUAGUUUGUCACUACUACUAAUCUGUGCCAUUGACUAAACCCCUUCAAAAAUAUUUGAGGAAGGAAGAGUUUAGUCCAUCUUGAGGUGCCACAGUGUUCUUGUAUUAGCCCUGUUAAUUUGGGGAUCCAAUCAAAGCUAGUGCAUACCAUGCCAAGUCUUAGCCAAAGUGCCAACAGUACUUGGAUCCUGUUAGAAUUUGCUUGGCAGCAGCCCAGUAAAACAAAAAAAUUAAGGACAACCAAUGAUAACCACAAACUCAAGAUUGUGACAGAAAUGAAAAGACUUCAUCUGGCCAUAAGCAUUUAAUCUCAGUUUGCAGCAUGCCAAGGCUGUGGAAUUUUGCUGUGUAUAACUUUUUAAAGGAAGGUAUCAGUUCAUGAUUUGCCAUGCAAUCCUAUAUGGUGUAGCCAUUUACACUUCAUGAAAAUGACAACUAAAGAAGACAGAUUUGCAUAAAAUGUGCAUAUGCUGAUUCAGGUGCUCACUUUUGAUGGGUUACUCCUGCUGCCCCUUCUUAUCUCUAAACCCCACUUGGACUGCUCAACCCUUGAAAUGGUGGGCUGACCUCUGUAGAAUGACUAUGGAGAGCAUCUCCUUGUUUGAAUUAACCUGUAUUACUGAUAAUUAAUAUUUUAUGUUGAAAAUAAAUUUGUCUAACCUGCUGCCAGCCAGUGAUUCUUAAUUCCUGGAAUUAUACAAAUGAAAAAUGCAGUCUUCUAAAACUACUCAUAGUAUUUUCACAUUCUUAUUAAUUAAUAUGUAAGUAUGCAAAAAGUGCUUUAUAGGCUUUUUCUUGUGCUGACUUUCAACAAUCCUGUAAGGGAAGGGUUUUGCUGCUCACAUGUUCCAACCUGGCAGAACUGAAGGGGCAAAAUAGAGCUUCCUCAAAAUGUGCAGGUAUCUUCUGAAUGAUGCUAUAAUUUCUAAACAAUUUCUGUAAAAUGAGAGUGGUGUGCUACUUUGUAUGUAUUUCCUGGAAUUGGGAAUGCUCCCUGUCAUUAUUUGACAGCAACAAUCUCUCUCUCUCUCUCUCUCUCUCUGUGUGUGUGUGUGUGUGUGUGUGAGAGAGAGAGAGAGAGAGAGUGUGUCUCCAAAAGUGGGACAUAGCUGACUUCCCAUGGUAAGCAUAUGGUUGUCUCUCUAAUUUUGUGUUCUGUAACGCUCCCCUUGGCAGCCAUUUUGUGUUAUGCUACACACACAUACACCCCGCAUGGCAGCCAUCUUGUGAAUAGCGCCCUAGCACUCUCUCAAAAUUUGAAAUGUGCCCACUAGUCCCUAGUCCAAAAAGGUUGCUGACCCCUAAUUUAUGGCUUAUUGAAAUUUAUUGGAAUUGUUUCAAAGCAAUAUGUGGCUUACAAGCUAUAGCUAUCUCCAACUUUAAAAAUACAAUGUUUUUAAACGGCUGGAAGCGGUUGAGAGAGACAUCACUUUCCUUGGUACAUAGAUUCGCAGAACUGUAGAGUUGGAAGAAGCCACAAGGGUCAUCUAGUCCAAUCCCCCUGCAAUGUUUGUCCAAUGUGGGGCUCGAAAUGCAUUUAUUUUGUUCCCUGUAACUUCUGGAAUGCUUACGAAAACAAUGCAAAACCUAUUUACUAGAAGCAAAAAGUAGAAUUAGCAUCUUCACCAGAAGCAAUGACCCUUCUUUCAGAAUGCCUUCAGCUCUCUGAUAAAACUAUUCUCUAUCUCCAGCCUUUGUUACAUUUCAUUAACCUCGUAAACAGUUACUGUCCUUGAUGAUGCUAUGGGAUUGGCUUAAGAUGUAGCUGCAUAGCAGCCUUGGUGAUUUAUGCUGCUGUUACUGCUGGUCUUGUGGCUGAAUUAUUCCAUUAACUUGAGAAAUGGCUUUCGUGGAUCAAAAAAGUUCACAGGGUGCCAUGUAAAGGGACAUUAUUGUUGCCUUUUCCACUGUUGCACUUCAGCUUUUGAAUGCCACACCUGUGCUGCACAGGAUCUGGGAAUGAAGUGCUGGUUCUAGGUCUCUCCCACUGGAAGCUAUGUACUGUUGCCUUGGCCCCACAUGAUGUUCUAGCACUGGUUCAUUAAAUAUAUUCAUUUUUGAAGGGAGGAAGAGAAAACAACAGAUAUAUUUAAAUCAAGGGAGGCUGAUCGUACUGUGCACGUAGUGUACUCUGCUGCCUUUUUUUUAAGAUUCAAAAUUAAUACAUACCAGUCUUUCUAGGGACUUAAGCAUUUUUGGCUGUUUGUUUUGUUUUGCUCAAUCUUCAUUAAGGGCUGACAAUUUUAAAACUGCAAUGUGCAGCUUAGCAGAAUAAUGUUUUUUUAUUGUUAUUGAAAGCGGAAUAAAUUUGAACACGGAUUUUAGAUGAGCCAGCACAAAUUGUAGAGUGCUUAAUGGUAUCUGUCUGCAUUCAGAAAAGCAUUGAGCUAGGAGAGAGGCUUCAUGUGCCAACAUGGAAAAGCCUUCAUGCUAAUGUGAUUGUGCUGAGGGUUGUCAGGAGGUGCGGAGGGAGUUUAAUGUCCAAGAGUGGCUGACAACUGUUUAAAAUAUCAACUGUGAGCUCUUAUGCUCCAGGGAUGUUGAGCCCAAAGCAGUUCACAAGUUUUAUUGAAUAUCUGUCAAAACAGAAAUAGGACACAAAAAUGUUUGUACUUGCCUGGUGUUUUCCUGGCAUUAAUGUGAUUAUAUAAAAGCAAAGUAAUAAUGCUGCUCAACUGAUACAAAUGCACAAGUUUCAUUGGAAAUCAGUAGGGUUAGCUUGUUGGUAACUGUGUGCAGGAUUGUGGCCGAGAAGAGAAAACAGCCUUCCACAUUCUUAUGCAUAGGAUGUAGCGCCUCCCAGUCAGCCUGCGAUGGAAAAUGAUGUGCAUUCCCACUUCUUCAAGCAGAGUGAAUGAAAACCUUGGCUUUUGUUCUCAUUAACUGCUCUGAAAUAGCUGACAUAGCUACCACUUAAAUUUUGUAUGAAAAUUUGUUCAGUGCAGUUCAGAAAAUGAUGCCUGCGGUACUUGACAUGGAAUUAACCCAUGAACAUGUUGCCAUGAAUGGAACAAUGUGUGAAGGCUGCUGCUAUUUGCAUGUACAUAAGAGGGAUUAUAUUUGCCAGAGUUCUGCAAUGUGGUGCUUCGUGCUUUCUACCCAUUCAGCAGGCAGGUGGAAGUUAUUUGGUUUAGGCUCUGUCCCCAAGCAGCCAUAACUGGUAUAAUCCGUUGGAGUGAUUUACAUCACCUGGCAAGAAAUGAGGUCUCUUCUACAGAAAAGGCAAUUAAUUUCCUGGAAAUGUUUCUUCCACAUUUUGUGAAAUAGGCAUGUUUUCCUCCAUCUCACUUAGCUCUAGGAAUCUCAGCUAGGGAGAUUUGCACAUGUAGGGCCCCUAUUCAGACUGGGGGCAUGCUAUUCAGGAUGGGCAAAGUGAGUCACUUCUGUCCACAUUUUGGAGUCCCCUGUGCCUGCCUCGCCCAUCUAAUUGUGUUGGCAUGGUGUGCAUUUUCCCAAUUUACAGUCUGGUAUUGUGCAGACAUUUUGCGUGCUGUAAUUAUGGCACAGAUAACAAAAAAGUGUUACAUUGGCAUCUGCCCCCCCCCGACAGCUGAGAGUGGUGGUGAAAAGCUGGCUUUCUUUAACAAAAUUUGCUACAAACAUAGCCUUGAACUUUUCUCAUACAGCAGUAGUAAAGUGAAUACUAGGGGAACAGUAACCACUGGCUGCAAGAACCCUUGGCAGGAGCUACAAACACAACGCAGAAGAGGAACUGCAGAAUUUCCCUCUCCCGUGAAUUAGAAUCUAUUUAAUAGAAACAGUAGUCUGAAGGGAGGGAAUAGGCAACUUCUUUGCUGAAUAGAAGAAAUUAAAAUGUUGGACUAACACUCCUGAGACUCCACUGCCCUUCUUCCCAACUUUGGCUUCUAUAUUUCUGGUUCUUUCUUUCCAAAAGUUGAACCCAGGGGUGAGGAACCUGUAGCCCUCCAGAUGUGUUGGACUCCAACUUCCAUCAGCCUCAUAUUAGCAUAGUUAUGGAUGAUGGAAGCAUUAUGUUAGCAAUACGCACUCUUUAAUGUGUUUCCAUUCAGUUUUAUUUAUCUCAAGCUUUAUCUCCAAAAUGGCAGAUCAUCCUUAUUAUGAUGUUUCUGGCAACCUAUUCUUCCUGUUGUUGCUACGCUUCUUAACUCAAAUUUGGUGAAGUGGGUGGAGAGUUGGAAUUUGAGUGUAAGGAGAUCAAAGUGCAAAUUACCACUGAGUCACUAAGCUUGCCUUGGGCAAGUUGCUGUGUUGCAGUGUAACCCACCUCAAUGGAUUAUUUUCAGGAUAGACAUGGCAGUUGUACAAGACUUCACAUGCUGAAAGAUGCUGUAUAAGCUAACAGUGUCUUUGUUGCUGCUCAUACUCCACAGAUACAUGCUGGGGCUGCAGGAGAAAACCUGAUCCUCUUAGAGCUGUUCUGAACUAACAGCUGCUUGCAGACAAUUUUAGAUAUAUGUGCACACACUUGCUAUCUAUAUCUUUCAAAUGACCUGCACUGGCAUGCACAUACUUCCCCCACCCUCUCUAUCGUGCCAGCCUGGAGAGACAGAGAAAGAGAGGGAGAGAGACUUGACAGUUGUCAUUCAUUGUUGCUGCCUUUACCCAAGUAUAUGGAGCUGAGAAUUGUUUGCAAGAGGCAUACCACAAACUUCUUUAACUAAUUCUGGGCUGAAAGAGAGCUUGAGGUAAGCAGCCUUUCUGUGUAGUUCAUUUUGUGUGCUUGUGCGACUGUAGUCCACCAACAGCAGCUGACUGGAGUGAUGUAACACUUAUCUUCUUCAGUAAAUGUUAUCGGCCUUGCAUGUACCUUGGAAUUACCGUACUUCGCUUUAGGCAGCGGUAUUUGAUGCGUUCAGUGUGGUGUCCAACACUUAAAAUCCUGACACGCUUGAAAGGAACAGGAGCAUGAUAGACUAGGUGAUCUUGGCUAGAGUUUUCCUCUUUAAAUGCAUUGGAAAGUGUGGAUAUCAUUGUUCAUUUUUGACAACAAAGCUGCCUUUGAAGGCAAAUGGCUGGCAUGAUUCACCUCUGGUUUGGUAAUGAAAAUAUGGUUCUGAAUAAAGAGAAGUUGCAGACAGGCUGCCUUCAAAGGAGACUGGUAGUAAAAAGUAGAGCAUUGUAUAGUUGGAAUCCGUAGGGUGGGAGUACCGAUGUCUGCCUCACUGUGUGCCCAGUGUGUAAUGGGAGUGAAACAGCUGCCUUGCACAGAUCCUGCAUGUCGGUGAUGUAGCAUAGAUGCAUUCCACUGAAAGUAUGGGUUGGGGCUGCCAAGAACAUGUGCACCACCCAAAAGUAUGAGAACGAUGUCCAAAAGAGAAUAGGUGGAGGCUGCUUUUCUCCAAAAGAUCAUUUGAUUUGAAUUUUCUUAAGGGGAACAAUGGAUUGUGAGAACCCAGCAGACUGAAUUACAUAUUGGAAAUUCAUAAAUUUAGAUGGGAAAAUCAUUUGCAUGCUGUUUCUUUAAACUUAAAGAGCUAUGAAACCCUGGUCUGACCUGACAGGGAAUAAAGAACUUUGCUGGGUUCCAGGACAGAAUGCAAUACUCUUCUGAAGACUGUAUUUUAAUUUUGUGUUCUCAAGUCUCAAUUCUAGUAAAUCUGGAUCAGGAAGAGUUCCUUCCUUGCUAGUCCUGGGCACUCUUGGAUUCUUCCCACCACUGGCCCUGUGGUGCCUAGCUCCCCUGCCUUUGUACCCCUCUACCUUCCAUGAUGAUAAACAGUAAAGAUUCCACUGCCACCCCUAAAAUAAAAUAAAGUGAAGUAUAUGGAUGUUGGAGACACCAUUGAUGCAAGGAGGAAAAGGGGGCAGUUUUGAAUACAAAGUUAUUCACUUGGGAUCUAGUGCCUCUUGGCUCCAUUUGCUCACCCAGCAAGAGGAGCCAAGAGACACUGGAUCCUGAAUGGAGAUCUGUGUACUUAGUGGAACAUAUUUUUUUAAAAUACCCCAUUUAAUUAGCACUAGUUAAUUAGUUUAAUUUAAUGGUGCAGGAAGCAUUCCCAAUACACAUUAAUUAUACUUCUGUACAUUGCCUGUGACAACAGCAAGUCACAAAGUGCUACUAUCAAUGCCUGCACAUGGAUGUACAUGGGUGGGGUUAGAGGAGAGGCUAGAGCAGGCAUAAAAACCCAGAUAAGACUGCUGGGUUAAGUUGCAAGGGGUUAUGCCUUAAGUGGGUGUGGCUCAGUUCUUCAACUGACUUUUUGGAUUCUUGAGAAACUUUCCUUUCUACUGGAUAGGUUUCUCAAAGAAGCGAAAGUAAGAGAGGGACUAAUGUUCAUCCCAUUUUUACUUCUGGUAAACAGGUUUUGCAGCGUUUUAUAUUCUUUCAAAAACCUGAUUGACCAUAGGUAACAAUGGGACAAAGUAAAUAAUGCCUCUCUCAAGGCAUCCAGUUUUCUCUAAAACUACUGCCUCAGACCCUCCAAGUGUCCCUAUUUUCCAGGGACAUCCCUGUCCUGGUUUCUGAUUUGAUCCCGGAAUGUCCUGAUUUUUCUUAGGAUAUCCCUAUUUUCAUUGGAGAAAUGUUUGAGGGUAUGGAGAUAUCCAACCCCCGAGCCAUCUGAAGGCAAUCCUGUAUAGGAAAGAUUUUUAAAAAAAUGUUUAAUGUUUUAUUAUGUUUUUAUAUAUGUUGGAAGCUGCCCAGAGUGCUGGGGCAAACCAAUAAGAUGUGUGGGGUAUAAAUAGUAAAAUUAUUAUGGGAUGGGACGUCCCUAUUUUCAUCGGAGAAAUGUUGGAGGGUAUGUGUGCCUGGCUCCUGCUUGAGAAUUGGAAUGUUCAUGUAUUCAUCCUCUCACAUGUUCUAUACUUCCUGCAAAAAAUUAAAAUCUUUUAAAACUAAUUCAAAACUUUCUCUACAUGGGGAAGUGAUUUUUCCACCGUCCAAUAGUUUCCCAUGAUAUUCACAUAAGCGGGGAGCAACCACUUGGAAGGGGCAGACAAAGAAGGGCCUCCCUGGGAUGAUGAAUACAGGGUCUGGGCUGGUUCAUGAGAAGAGAUGAAGUUUCCAAGGUUUUGGGACCCUGAGCCACAUAAGGCUUUAUAGGUUAAGCCAGCACCUUUAAUUAAGUCCAGAGAUAAUUGGAAGCCAGUGCAGUUGUGCCAGAAUUGGUGUUACAUGUUCAGACCUUCUUGCGCUGGUCAACAAUCUAGCUGCCGAAUUCUACAUCAGGUGCAUUUACUGAUCCAUUUUCUUAGGCGAAAUUAUAUAAUUAAUUUUUGCCUGGGGUCGGCGGGCAUGUUCACAUGUCUUCCUUUAGCCAUUUGUUCAUCCCACACUUUUCAACACAUUUCUCAUCACUUUCCAAACUGCAAAAAGUCAGGUUCUUUUUUAAAAAGUGAAUUAGUUGCACCAGGAUGACAGAGCCCUUUAAUCCACUUUAAAUGCAUUCCCCCCAAAUAGUGACCAUAUGGAGGCACCUUUGCUCUACUUCAGGUAGAGGAUGCCCAUUUGACUCACAAGGUCAUUUCUGCUAAACCAAGCUAAGCCCAUCUGCCCUACACCUGAUGUCAUAUGUGACAGCAGAUGUGGGACUAUUAAUGAUCUAGCUUAGCCAAAAGGGACUUUGUAGGCACUUCAGCUGAAUGGCAGUGCCCACAAAGCCCUGUUAACAGUGCUCCACAAGCCCCAACUGUCAACUGAUGGUUGGGUAUUGCACAGAGCAUUGCAAGGGUCUAGUGAAAUUCUUUGCGAUGUACUCCACCAUACCUGUGUGGGCAAAAAACCAAAGAGGUCCCUUUUGGCUAAGCUAGAUCAUUAGUUAUCAGGUCAAAGAUGGGUGGGUGACCCUCCCCACCUGUCGGACUUGGCCCACAAGGGAUGGGGGAGAUAACUAUCUGGCUUGCUGGCCAGAUCCAGCUCCCCACCCCUACUUUACUUUUAUAAAUAGAUCUUGUAGCCCAGCCUUCCAUCUUAAUAUGGAAUUACGGUAUAAUGCUGGCCUGAGGAUUGUUAUUUGGCUCAACAUCCCCGGAUAGUACUAAGUGCCUAGCAGCUUGCAGCAUAUUGAAUUCCCUCGCCUGACUUCUUUCUUUCCUUCCUUCCUGAAGUUGAGGCCCUGAAAAUCACUCCUCGUAGGGCUCUGAUAAAUUGCUAUGGAGACAGCAAACUUUUCCUCUUCCUUACUGCACAGGUGGCUGUUUUGUCCUACAUUCCAUCCUAGCUCACUUCCUGUUGAGGGCUGUUCUAGGGUCCUGUUUCAGUGAUCAUAGAAGCAGUUCCAGUACACAGAAAUAUCUGAACACUCGGGUAUCCUCUGAUGACAGGAAUGUUGGAGCUGGGAUGGUAUUAUUAGAAUAGUGUUUGGCAAGGAAGUCAGAGCAGGGAGCGUGUUUACUAGAGAGCUUUGUGCCCAGGCCAAAGGCAUUAAAAUGCUUGAAGAUCUGUAAACAGAUAAGAGAGAGUGGAGAGAAAGUACUUAAGAUGGCAGAAAAGGUGGCUAUAAAAAUAAUCUCUAUCUGCUGGGAAUUUUUGGUCCGUUUCAUAAGACAGAAAAAUCUCCAUUUCAGGGGACAUGGCCUAGAAAACUUUUUACAUCUGAACAGGAAGACACAGCUCAACAGCAGGGAACAGCUGCCUACACAUAACUGCUGACCAGACAGAGAGAAUCUUGCAAAAAUAACUUACCUAUCUGCACAAUUUUCCAUAUUUAUACAUCUGUCUGUGUGUCCACCUUUUCCUCCUGGACUCACUUUGCUGACGUGGGAAGUGAUGGAGAAUGUAAAAAGCGGCUUAGUCAUCAACUUGAGACAAUAGUUUAUAAGCUGGCAUGAAUGUCUUCGUGACAACCUCAGCCAUCUCCUCCUCCUUUGCACACCUGUUCAUAUGUUUACAAUUCUGCUGCCAUCAGGUGACAUGGAACUGCUAAGGUAUUCCAAACUGCUGUGGCUCUCACCUCAGACUGUGUGUUCAAAGGAGUUCUGGUCAAAAGGAAAUGGCUGUCAUGCAUAACAAAAGCCAAGGAGCAAUUAUAAUUAUAAGUGUAAUAGGUUCAGGCUAUCACAGGUCCAGUCUCUUAUUCCUUUCUCCCAAACAUAAUCACAGGGCAGGUUGAAGCAAAUUGUAUGUGCCACUGUAUAGGCUUAGAGCAGCUUACCUGUAUGCUUUAUUAUGCUGCCUUUGAGGUCUGGCUGAGGGAAAUACAUAGAGUGACUGUAAGACAAAUUUUAUACCUGCCACUUAAAGUGCUUUUGAGCUUCUUUCCAUCUGUUGGUGUGAAUGUGUGAAAUGCAAAAAUGCUGUUUUAAAUUGAUUGUAUGGGGGGGGUUAAUUGAUUGAUGACUAAUGAAGGAAGGUGGAUUUAUAAUCUUAUUUCAACUUCUGUGUGUUUUUAUGUCACCUGUGAAAAGACACAUUCUUUCUGCUUUUUAGUACCCCACCCAUCAUUUUCCUCAUUUCACUAUAUGUAUUUGGGAUUCCCACCCCCCCACACACACAUUUUAACCUUGGGGAAGGCCUCCUUAUGUCAUAGUUAACAGGCAUAGCUCUCUUGCCCAGUUCCCUCUCCUUCCCCAGGGCUGUCUGCUUCAUACCUUCCCCUUGGUAUUUCCCCCCUCCGCCUGGUCUGGGUGAAACUUGACAAUCUGGGGUCAAACUCUGCCAGUUGUGCUAGCAUUUGUUUCCUCCAGGAUGAUUUGCAAAUGCCCAGAAGGCUUUUUCAGACUGUGUUCAUCUCAGGGAUGACCAGAGAGUGGUGAGAGUUGUAGGAAUUCUCACGGGUGAAAUCGGUUGUUUUCCUCUCAGUCUUGUUAGUUACACCGGAGGGGCAGAGAAAAGGUGAAGGAAACUGCAUUGUGGAACAGGUAAUAGUGAAAGAAAUGGUGGCAAGACGUGGAGGAGAACAGGGCAGGCAAUGAAGAAAGGGCAGUACACAGUGUUCGGCUCUGGCAACUACAAUAAGCGAUAGGAUUACCGGUAUAUUGGUCUGGUCAUAGGGAAGUAUGGACCAGCAUCUGAGAGAGGCAAGUAAGGUGAACAUCUUUUGCUUGAGCAGCUAGACAUUUAAAGUAGGAGACCCAUGAUUUCUAAGUGGUGAUAAUGCACACUCACUGAAACAAAGGAAGAUUCCCAAGUGCACUGUGAUAUGCCUGUUCUAGAUUAUGCCAGUGCGAUUUCAACCUAAGUGUGUGUGUCAGGGGUGAGGAACCUAUUGCCUUCAAGCUGUUGUUGAGCUCCAAUGUCCCAGCCAGCACAGAGAUGUUGAGAGCCAUAUGUCCCCAAUCCCUGGAAUAUGGGCCAUGGAGUAUGUCUGUGCAUGUGCAUGUACAGAUGAAUAUGUGCAUAUAUAGACUAGAUAAAUAGAAGCUGUGGAGAGCAACCAUGGGAUGCUCAAACCAGAGUGGGAGAAGAGAGCAGUAGAUGUGAGAGAACAAGGUGGUUAUCCACAGUGCAGCUGUGAGCAGACUUUGAGAAAUAUUGUCCCAGAGGAAGAGGUAAAUAUGAAAAUAAAGAUAAGCAUUAUUUGUGGAGUCUCCCACCCUUACAUGUUCCCACUGUUUGCUGGGAAUCUGGCUAGUAAACAGAUAAAAUGGGGGAGAACAUCCUCUCAUAGGCUAACUGAAAGAUAACUUUUCCUUCAGUCUGAUACAUUGGGAAUGUGGGUCUUGUAUGGUAAAUAUUGAAGAGCACUAACACACCAGCAGAAUUUUUGAGUCUUUUGGCCAUACUCUCAGCAAUCAUGGAUCACAUGAGCACUUACUAAAUUGUGUGAGACAUUAAAUCCUUAUUAGCAGCUUAAACAUAGCCUCUUAGCCAUAAUUUCACAUUUAGGUUUGCUGGGCCAAUUUCUCCACUUUAGAAGAUCCGAUCAAUUAAAUGUGUGUUACUUGUGUUCUGCAAAGCCCCUGGCUUGAAGCAUCAUGCAGAAAAAAAGAUACAGUUAAGAGAAAGUGAAACACACUCACUGAAAUAAAAAAUAAAAUAACACUGUGCUUAGAUCAUGCUGAUUUCAGUGGAUUGUAUUAGUUGGGAUUGUAAAGAACUAUGAGUUGAACUUGGAUAGAAAUUAAUUAGCCACAUUAGUUUAGUUUUCUUAAAUUUUUCCAUCACUUACCAUGACCAAAGGAAAUCCCAAAGAAACUGAGCAGAAAAAGUGGAAAAAAUGAAUUCUGAUAAACUAUGCAGUAUAACAGUAUAUAAUGCAGUUUCUGUGCCCUAUCUUCCCUCAGUUUAUCACAGGUGUUACAAGAAACAGUAGUGCCAAGGGAGAGAAGCAAAUCUUCAAUAACAGGUAGCUGUGUUGCUAUUUUAGCAUUAGUGGCAUGUUUUGGUUUGGUUUGGUUUUGAAAUCCUAAAAGAGCAUAUUUGGUCCAGGACUGCAGUCUUUACAAAUGUUUCAGGAAAGAGGAAGUUUUGAGUAUGUCCAUUCUCUUGUAGAAGGCCUUGUAUAGAUUGUAAUGCUAUAAGGACAGUUUAUCUGUAACACUGUAGACAGUUGGGGAUGCAGGGAUUUCUUGAGCUGCCCUGCUUUCACUAUAAUGUCAGCAGCUAUAAAUUAGGGAUUUAAAGGCUCAAAAAAUUGCAUCCCCUCUCCAAAAUUUUCAAUUUGAUUUGGCAAUGCAUAAUCAGAAGCAUAUAGUCCACCUUGACAGAUUAGAGCUACCAGAGCAGGUGUUUACCAGAGGAGGUGGUUUUGUUUUUAUUUUUUUGGAUGGGGAAUGUAGUGCCAACACCCUGAAAGGAAAUGGUGAUCUGAUUCCUGGAGAAAAAGGGGUAGGAAUCCAAUUUGGAAUUGAGUGAGCGUAACUGUUUCCUGUUAUUGAACAUGCCUUUUUUAUGCAACAUAUUUUAGCGUAUUGUGGCAUCUCUACUCCAUGUAUUUCUGGAUUAAACUGAUUUUUAAGAUCCUUUCUGGACUGGUUUUAUGCCUGGUUUUGGAAUAAAAACUGUAUUGAUUGCAUUAGUGCAUAAGUAGCCAAGGCAAUGCCUUCAAAGUGUUGUUAUACUACAAUUCCCAUUAUCCCUGACCAUGUUGGCUGGGGCUGAUGGGUGUUGCAGCCCAACAACAACUUGAGAACAUCAGGAUGGCUCCCCCUGUGUAACCUAUAUCAGUAAAUGGACAUAAUGAGUGUGACCUUGUUGAUUGUCCUGGACCUCUCACAUAACUUCCAGUGCAAUUUACUAUGGUAUCUUUCUGGGUACUUUGUGGUGGUAGGAUUAGGAAACACAGUCUUGCAGUGGUUCUGAUCAUUGUGGAGGAUUGAUCCUAGAAGGUGGCUCUGGGAGAUUAUAGACUUUCUAGCCUUUGGCAUUCAGGGUGCCACAAGUUUUCAUCUUGUCCCCAUUGCUUUUUAAUAUCUGUAUGCAAUUACUGAGAAUGGUCAUCCAGAAGUUUAGGCUGAAGUGUCACCAUACACUGAUGAAAUUCAGCUCUACCUCUCAAUAUAAGCAACAAACCUGAGGAAUUAAUGUGGGUGAACAAAUUCAGUGCAGAUAAGACAGAGGUGCUGUUGACUCAGUGCAGAUAAGACAGAGGCUCUGUUCCUCUGCGUGACUAUAGUCAAAUCUGUUUGGGACUUGGUUAUCCUUCCUUGUGUCCUUACCCCUUCCUUUCUGGAUUUGCUGGUUGUAGCUUUUUUCCUGUUGCUUCAUGGUGAAUGGAACAAAGUUUUCUCCAUUCACUUGUAAGGAGCAGGGAAAGGGGGCUGAAGCAGGAAAAUCCCUUUAGCGGGAAAACAAUCCCUACCCUUGCAUACAAUAAGAUAUGGCAGAUUGUAUAGGGUGAAAAUCAAGUUUUAAAUUUUGCCUAGGAUUGCAAAAGAGCCUGCACUUGUGUGCAUUAUCUGAGCUUUUCUUUCUGCUCUUUUAGAAGGUUGAAGAAGGCAGUCAGGAUUCAUGUUACGUCUUUCCUCCCAAAAAAGGACAGAAAAUGUGGAUUGUGAGAAAGAGAGAGGACCAGUCCUUCUAGCCCCUUCCUGUGUUCUUCCCAGUGUGAAUUCAUUUUCCCCUUUUGGAGAAUAUAGUGUCUACAACUCCAUUUCUGUGUCAUGCCAAGCCCACUAGUAGCCCACCCACCCUGUUCCAGAAACAGGAGUUCCAUUUUAGGCAUGCACACAGGCAUUUGUUUACCUGUCCAUUGCCAUUUUUUAAAGAAAACAACAACAAUAAACUAUGUUUUCUAGUAUAACAGACUUGCACAAAACAGUAGGUUAAAAAAUAAGAAAGUGUGUGUGUUGUGCCUAGAUGCACAAACAGUCCACCAAUGGAAGUAGAGAGAAUAGUCCCCACCCACAUUGAAAGAACCCACACAAUGUGCUUCAGUAUGUCCACAGUUGGGUAACAUGAAAAACAUGUUCGUCCCUGUCCCCCCUGAAAAUCUCAGUUAAAGUUGGGAGGAUGGAGAACAACGCCAGCACAGGCUGCCACUUGAAUGAGGACAGUUUCGUGUGGACAACCUGAAAAAUAUACACACAUGGGAUGCAUCGAUUCCACUUCAAAGUAAAUCCUGAGACUAGCAGAAUGUUUUUCUGAAAGCUCCACACAAAGGCAGGCUGUGCUAUGCGAAAUGCAAUCUUCCUGUAAGUUAUAUCCCCACCUACUGGGCACAGUUAACUCUGAUGCAUUCAAAUACCCUGCUGGUGGCUGCUGCAAUAUUUCAUAACGUAGAGAAGCCAAGAGUUAGAAAAAUAUGUAAACGGCAGUUGUGGCUUGCAGCUUCCUUGAAUUAUCUUGAGGUGUCUUGUUUUGCUUUUAGAUAUGUGUGUGUGUGUGUAUGUGUGUGUUUUGGUGGCAGUGGGAGACUAAGAACAUGUUUUCCUGGGAGAGGUAACACUUUGCUUUGCUUCCCUUCAGGGGCCUUUUCAUGCUAACUAAAACAAGAACAGCAGCCAAACGCCCAGAACUAUGACAUCGGCCACUGAUUUUGAUCACUUGGAGAUUCAGCAGCAGUACAGUCGGAUCAACGCUCGCUGGGACGCAUCUGACGAUGAGCUGGACAAUGACAACAGUUCUGCUAGGCUGUUCGAGAGAUCUCGGAUCAAAGCUCUGGCAGGUACACACGGCAUUGCCUCGUGGAGACAUUUCUUUAUAUGCUGAUCCCUAACUUUUCUCUCCUCACUGAGUAGUAGCACACGUUUGUAGGAUCUGUUUUUGCUGCUAUCCCUUCAUUUUUUCAAAGAGCCCUCUUAAGAGCUCUGCACAACCUGCAGGCCGCCAGCUCAAUUACCAAGCACCAGUCUGCCAAGUUCUUGAUGGCUUCUCUGUUUUUGUAGUCCCAGGCAGGCAGGCAGGAAAAAAGAAGAGCUUUCUUAAGACUCUGGCAGCCUAAUGUAUGUGGCUGGUAGGUUGCAUUUGGCUUGGGUUGGUCAGGUUGUCUGGGAUUGCCUUAGAGCCUAAUAUUAUGUUAGGUGGUGCUUAUAUGAUUCUUCACCAUAGGCUAGUGUCAGAGCAUCUUGGAGGCUUUAAUGUAGCUUUGCAGAUAAAUACUGAGGCCAUAUAUCACCUGCUGUGGCCAUCUGCCCCUCUCUCAUCCAUCAUUCCCUUUUGCUACCAUCAUAUCAAGGACAGUCUCUCAAAGAGAAGGGGAGAGAGCUCACACACUUAAGUAGCUAUAUAGCAGGCUGCGGUUUCCCCACAGCUGGGGAAAUGCUGUAUGGCUACAAGACCCUGCAAGCACAUACUCACAUACACACAUGCACUUGGAAGGAAAACAAGAGACAAGGUGUAUGCAGCAAACAUAUUGCUGUAUUGUGUUUCCUUUGUGGUCAAUAAUCAGGUGCAGAGAGGUCUGAGUAGGCAGGUGGCAGUGGGAAAGGUGGACAGACAAGGGGAUUUGUCAAGUCAGGCACCCACUAAAAGCUUUGUUUUGCAACUAGAAAGCCAGUGCUUGCAGAACAGGACUGUUAAGUGUUUUUAACAGGCUUCUUUGCACUUGGGAGAAAGAGAGAUGGCAUAUACAUUACCUACUGAACCGCAUAACUUUGGGCACAACACAGCCGUGUAGAAUGAAUGAAAAGCUGAGUGUAGACAGAUGAAAGUGGUAGGAAUUUAUGUUUAGGCCAAGGAAAGGCCUUCCAGUUCACUGAGAGAGGAGGCAGAAAUGGUGGGAGAGUCUAUUUGUGAAUCUACAGGGGUUCUUUAUUUAAAGGGAUAUUGCUGUAUAUUACAGGCCAGAUUUCAAGGGCAGAAGAGUGUCCACCUAACUUGGUAGCCUUCUGGAUGAAAGCAAGAAACUCUCCCCAUGUCAUUCAUAUAUCUGGCCUGAAAUCUCUAAUUUUUAACAGAAAAAAACAUUUUUCAGCCUUGAUACAAAAUGCUAAUUUCAAACCAAUACAAAUCUAAACAAGCUUCAGACUUGUUUAAUUAUUGCAGCUUCUGGCCUAAGAUCUUUAAGGUUUGUAGAUCUUGGAAGUGGCAAUGAAGCUUUAACAAAUGAUCCUCAGAACAGCUCACAUUUGCAGUGUAGAAACACGGCUCAAGAAUUCCAUAUGAUGAACCACCUGCUGUAUCUUCAUUUGAAUUGUUCAGUUAAUAACUGGGGUGCAGGAUGAUAGUUCCCAGCCUGCGUUUUAAUGCUUUAUGUGCAGCCUCGGUCCUCUAAUGAAGGCUUGAAUCUGACAUGUGCCUCAAGUCACGACUCUUAACAAAAUCUGAAUUAGCUGAACAAUAAACUGAGAUCAUAUUGUCUAAAUAUUACUCACUCCCCAGUUCACUUUUGUAUUUGAACCCAUCAGUUUGGCUAAAUAGAAUUUUAAGCCCUUGGGAGCCUGGAGCUCAUCCAAUUAAGUCGGGUGGGUGGGAGGAAGAAUCUAAUGCAAUUAGAGGGGUCCCUAGUCAAAUGCACUUUCUCCCUGCAGGGGAAACGUGCAAUAAACAGGCAGUAAUGUUUCUUAGCACAAUAUAUUGGGGAAUAGGGGAAGUGAAUUCUGCGUUGGAGGAUUCUGGGGGAAAUGGGAGAAUGAAGCAAUGAUAGUUUACUGCAGGUACGCUCCUCAAGAAUUUGGAAUUGCCUGCAAGCUUCCUGUUGAGAAUACACCAUGUGGCAAACCCAGUUGCCUGGGUCCUAAGAAGCAAGUUUUCUUUAAGCAUGCCUUCUGUGUGGCUUCACAGCAAGUUCAAAUGAUGUGGGUUAAUUAUCUCUGAACCUACAUUGGGUGCUUCCGGAUGGCCUGUUUUAUUGAACAUUUAUCCUGAUUUCUUCUUAUGGAGAUUAGAUAAUGUUGGCUAUCUAAUGAACAGCCAUUCCAGUUUGUUUGCAGGGAGGUUAGAUGAUGUGUCAAACCAUUAUCCUGCACUUUCUAGUAUAUUUCCCCAUCACUUUCCUUAGCACAACCUCCCCACCCUGUCCCCCAUCUUUUAGGGAAGUGAGUUUGUUGCACAAGACCUCCCAAUCAACUGCAAUUUUACAAUCUGAAUUUGCCAGUAUGUGAUUGGAUCCAACCAGAAGAUAGUGACAGCCUGGAAGUGACCAUGAUGUACCAUGACUGUGAGGACAAAAGAGUGGUGAAAGGGAUGGAUUUUUCUUUGAGUGGCAGGCAGGUGUGCCUUGUAUUUGUCAGAAUGCUUGAAGGCCAAGGAAGUGCCUGAGGGCUUAUCCACACUCACCUUUCCUCCACUGUUUCUAGGCAUGGUCCAUGAUUUAAAACAUUGUGUCCAAGCCCACCCUUUUUCCCCCCUCUGGCAUUUUCUUUGCAAAAACCUGCUCUUUAAAGUUCAAAAAGAGCAGGGCAAAGAGCAGGAAAGAGCAAGGCAAAAGGUAAGUGUGGAUAAGCCCUGCGUAUUACUGUUCCCCAAAGCACAGUUUGUCCCUUCUUCAGAUGGGUUCAAACAGUACCCUGCUGUUAUCAGUGAUUCUGGUAACUGCCAUAGCUAUUUUAGUCACUCUGACACAUGACUUGAGAAUUACAUUUUGGAAAUUCCGUUCUUGGAUUCCUGACACAUCACAAGCCCUGUACCCAGUAGCUAGCUUUCUAAAAGCUGCCUGAUUUUAAAAUGGAAGUGCACCUUAGCUUCUUUCUCCUUCAUGGCUGGUUCUUGCCUUCCAUUCCUCGCUUUACACAAUGGAGGGGGAGGCAGAGUGAGAGGAAAGGCUAGGAUAGUUUAAAUUAAAUUACAGUGAUGAUACAAUUAGAUGAGCUGUAUAUUGUUCAUUUAGUUUUCUGGUCCUGGGAAAUGUAAUUAGCAUCAGAGUAAGUGUCAAAUUGUGGACAUGCUGCACCUAAUAAAAAGUUCUCAGAACAAAUUCAGACUCUCUCUUUAAUUGAUCUGUGUAACUGAGCUUCAAGAAGUCUAUAAAGGUAUAAUAGUGAAGAAGCCAAGUUCAGGAACAUAUCUUAAACAGCUCUUGUUCUUACUGCAGUGUCUUUUUAAGCUUCAAAGAUCAUUAGUGUGAAGGGCAGGAGGCAAAAAAUACUGUACUAUUGAUCAAGCAAGAACCAAAGUUCAAUAUCCUAAUACUGAAAUCCUAAUAUUCAUAUCAGGCCUGGCCAAUCCAGAGCUUCAUACUGCCUGAAAGUCACAUUUGCCGGUUUUUCAGAGCUUUGUUCUCUACUGUGCCUUAAGGUGGUUGUGAUUUGUCAGCACAUGCAGUCUUGAUUGGCUCAGCCUCAGCCAAUGUGAUUCCCAGUUCAAGGCUUUAUGUCCCUGUGACAGAGUGGGCCCUUGAGGGUCAGGUGCACCACACAAAUUAAAUGGAAAUGCAAACAGCUGCUGUCACAAAGUAGACUCCAGUGUGGGCAAGCCCCCAGGGCAGCCAUGCUGCUUUGUUUCCAAUAAGUGCAUGUCCAGUAGCUUCCUGCUGAAAUGUUGUAACUCCAGAAUGGUAUUCUGGACAGUAGUGGUAGCUGGGCUUUGGAACUUGAGUGCUAGAGAAUAAUAGUUAUAGGGGAAGUUCAAGGAACUGUGCAGGGCACUAAAUUCUGACCUUUACAAAGCUCCUGUCUGGCUUUGGGGAUCUUACCAAAUACUGUCCAAACAUUUAAACUUUCCUUGGAUGCUAUAAGGCCUAGAAGCUGACUAGUUUUAAAACAAAAACAAAUCAUUGAGAUUAUCAGAAUACAAAAUUUCCCACCGCAUACCAGAGUUUGCACCUGUGCAGCAGCUUUACAGAAUUCAUGUGGGUGUGCAUUUUUAUUAUGAGUCUAUUAUAUCUUAGUCACUGAACUCAAAGAUAGUCUUUUCUUGUUUUCAGAUGAGCGGGAAGCCGUGCAGAAGAAAACCUUCACCAAAUGGGUGAAUUCCCACCUGGCACGUGUGACCUGUCGCAUUUCUGAUCUCUACAUGGACCUCAGAGAUGGAAGGAUGUUAAUCAAACUGCUGGAGGUUCUUUCUGGAGAGCUGCUGGUAGAAUUCCCUCUUACUUUCACUCUUCUAUGGAACCAACAGUGCAUAAGAUAUAUGAAUUCUUGCCCUAAGGAAAAUAAUAAUGCUCUUCCUAAGUAUACUUCUUGGAUUACAAAAUUCUUAUUCUGCAUAGAAAACAAGGUGCAAAUUGUGUGGAGUAAUCAGGAGUAAUGAUUGUGGAUACAGGUUUUUCACAGUAUAUACUGGCACCGGGAAUCCAUUUUGUGUUUCCCAUUUUGAAAUUAGUUUAACCUGUAAAGUUACUCUAAUGCAGGCUGUUUUUCAACAGCCAUCCCUUGCGUGGUGUCCUUCAUCUUCUCCUUUCAGCACAUGGCACAUUGUAAUCUAGAUGAGAUAAGAUGACCAUUGGAGAACAAGAUAAAUGGAAGAUUGUGCUUUGGUGUUGUGGACUGGGUCUCACAAAAGUGAGCUUUGUUCUGGUUCCAUGGUUGUAUGAUAUCAGAUAUCAUAUACACAUACUAUGUUUUGCAUUUUUUGCUUUUGAGAACAAAAAGGAGGCUGCACGUUUAAGUAGGUGAGAAGAAUUAGUAGGCAACUUUGUAAUAUGUAGCUGAAAUGUAUGUGUGUUCUGCGUAUUUGGAAACCUUCCAUUUGUCAUUAUUUUAGCAAAGGUUUAGAGCCUGCACUAUUGAGGAGAUCCCCUUUUGCUAUUGCAAGAAUUAGAAUUUGUUUCUUAAAAGAGAGUAGAUGCAAUGUGGAUGUUCUUCCUUCAGGGAAUUGGGUGAUGGCCGAACACUCUUAGAAGUCUAAAUACCACCUUUUCCUCACUUCAUAGCCCAAACCCACCAAGGGGCGCAUGCGGAUCCACUGCCUGGAGAAUGUGGACAAGGCCCUGCAGUUUCUCAAGGAGCAACGGGUACACCUGGAGAACAUGGGCUCUCACGACAUUGUUGAUGGCAAUCACCGUCUGGUGCUGGGCCUUAUCUGGACAAUCAUCCUGCGCUUCCAGGUGAGUGCUAGGCCAGAUCCCCACAAAAAGACACAAAAGGUUAUCAGUAGGAUAUCAUGUUCUGACAGCAGCAAUAAACUAGGGUUUAUACCUGUUGGCAGAUUACUAUUUGGGGUUUUCAUAUCCACACUCUUGCUUGUCUAGGGUUGCAAUAUUUCAGAAAGUGAAAAUCUGGAUGGAAACGUUUUUUUAGUUUUGCCCAAAGUUGAUGAAUUUUUUCAGUAAAAAAAAUAAAUAAAUGAUGUUUCUGAGCUAUUUUUAAGGGAAAUUGGCAAAAACAUCACUGCUGACAUUGGUUGCCAUAUGUUCGGAUUUCCCCGGACUGUAUUCUAGGAAUGUCCAGGAAAUUCCAGACAUAUGCCAACCCUAUGCUUUUCAUAUGCUGAAAAUUAAUUCUUCCAGGCUGGAGCAAGUUGCCAGCGUAGAGUUUUUAUAGAAUGGAUGAAGCCAUGUCUUCUAUUGUAUGUUAAUAAAUAUUGCUCUAUUGAAUUGUAGCCAUUAGCACUCUUUGACUUUUCACGCCGCUAAAGGACAUAAAGAAAGCAGAGAAAGAAGCAGGAGAUCUUGCCACCCAGGGAUGGGAAAGUCUGCUGUGAGGCUUGGAGGAAGGAAGAGCAAGCAUACUCCUGAACUCUUGAGCUCCCAAAGCAUGAAAUUUCUCUCUCUCUUUCUUAUAAAAGCAGCAUCCCUAUCACUGUCAAAAGCCCUGUUUAUGGUUUCCCCAAGCUCCACUGGAAGGUUUCAGUGCAACUCUCAAUGACAAUUUCUUCAAGGUUGAAAUGUUGCUUCCAUAGUAUUGUAACUUCUGCUGCAUCGACCAUUGUGCCAGAGAUAAGGCUGUCCCAUAAUCUGAGUAUGUGUGCUAGAAUUGCUCUCAGGUGUCAUUUUAGGCUGGAUCAUGUCUAUUUGUUCUGGGGCUUGUGCAAACAAGUUACACAUACAACUGCUGCUGUGGGCAGCAGCUAAUCCCUUUUUGGUUGUACUAAUCUGACCCAUUGUGAUAUGAAAGGAUGCUGGUGGUUUUCAAAGCAGUUCAAGUGUAAGCCUUUUUGGAGCAAGACUCUGCCUUUCUGCACUGUCCAGCACAAAAGCCGACAUGCGGCAGUUUAUACUUAGCAAUGUUAAUAACACCCUAGCUGAGAAUCCAUCUUUUUUUUUUAACACUGCAAAUAAGAUGUCAGGAGAAGAAUGAAAUGUUUGGUAUGUUUGCAACUCGUUCAGUGCAAACCUAUGCAUGUUUACUCAGAAGUAAGUCUCACUGUGUUCAUUGGGGCUACAUAGGAUUGCAGCCUGAAUCACUGGGAGACCAGUGACUGAAGGUAGGGUGGGUUUUUUCUUCUUCUUUAGGUGUAUUACCAGAAAUAGGCGCCCUGAAAUAGGUGCCUGUCUUACAGUUUUACAUUGUAUUAUAACAUUUAUAUUGGAUUUUCAACUUUACGUUAUAAAUAAUGUUGAGAAUUUAACUUUAGUUUGCGGUGGUGGAUAAUCUAACCACCCUUAUGUGAUGUGUUAGAUGUGCAGAAACAGCCAGAUCCUGAACUUCCCCUUGCCAUCCUGUCAGACAUGGUCCCUUGGAGUCUUUUUAGCGGGAGGUGAUCUCUAAAUGGGCAGCAGCAGACAGCAUGGCGGUUAGAUCCUUAUGAAUAAGGGUAGGGUCUAGAUCAGUGUCUUAGUGACAGAAGGGCCAAAGCUGCGCUUGGAUUCAGAGGUUGACUAAUAAUUUUGGAAACGACAUCAGAAAUGUUUUGCCAAGAAGCUCGUCACACCCCCACCCUAAAUGUAUAAAGCUCCCCCUCUUUUUGCGGUCCCACCAACAUUGGGAUGAAGUCGCAAAGGUGAUGCGAGAGAGCUUGACCAGAGUCCAGUGCCAGCAGAGCACUACCUUCAGCAUUGCCUCCUGGACUUUGGCCAAAGUGGUCUUUAUAGGAGGCUUUUCCCAUAUUUUACUCCAGGGGUCUUUAUAUAGUGUUGUGCCUAGUGUUUAUAUAGUGUUGUAUUCUCAUGCCUAGCGCAAUCCAUCUGCAUUUCCCAUCUUGCAGUCAAUCAGCAGUUUAUAAAUAAAAGAAACAGAACCCUUUGAGUACGAAGCAGAAUGUUCAAAAACCGUGGUGAAGCACAGGCUAGUCACUUCCUCGAAUAACCUUUUAAGGAACGUCCUAAUCUGUAACAACUUAAGCCAGGAGUGUUUAACACCCUGAAACUUGUCAUGUAAGACAUUCCUUGUAUAGGUCUCCCUCUAGUCAUUAUAGAAUCAUAGAAUCAUAGAAUCAUAGAGUUGGAAGAGACCACAAGGGCCAUCGAGUCCAACCCCCUGCCAAGCAGGAAACACCAUCAGAGCACUCCUGACAUAUGGUUGUCAAGCCUCUGCUUAAAGACCUCCAAAGAAGGAGACUCCACCACAUUAAAUCUCUAAUUUUGUACAACCCUUUUUCCUUCCACCCCUGAUAUGAAGCAUAUGUAUCUUGAAAGUGGAAAGCAGGGGCGAUUAAGAAAAGGUAAUAAGGGGGAGUCCCUGGAACAAAUAAUAGUGUUCAAGGUGGAGUGGAAAUGGUGCGGUGCAAAGUACACUUUGGAAUGGCAAUAUUGUUCAAUAGAAGAGGCAUCAUAAUCCAUUUACUUUGCAAAUUCAGCAGAUUCCCCCUUCCCCAUGUUGUAAUGAUGUGAAAGGACUGUUACCUUUGCUAAGUUGUGUGUGCUAAGAACCUGAGAUGCACAUACUGAUUCACAAAGCAUCUGUAGUGAUAGGCCUUUAGAGUGGAAUAUUUUUUUAUUUCAAUGUAGAUCCAGGACAUCAUUGUUCAGACUCAAGAAGGCCGGGAAACCCGUUCCGCGAAGGAUGCAUUGUUACUCUGGUGUCAAAUGAAAACUGCUGGGUAUGAUGACUGCUAAUAUUUCCAACUCAAUGAAUGCACUGUGACCAGUUGACUUAAGCCUGCAGAACCAGCUAGGGAAACCUGGAUGGGACCAUGAUGUUGGGCCAUGUUCCUACUCAGUUCUUACAAAUGAUGUAACUAAAUCUCUCCAUCAAAGUAUACCACAAAGGACAGAGAUCUUUCAGGACUGUCUCAUAAGGUUGUUUUAAAAUGGGACAUAUGACUGUUUUUAUAAUUGUCCUCAUAAUAUUCUCCUUUGUGCCACAACGGCCCCGUUCUCUGUAAAGAAUCCAAGCACAGCUUCUCUCCCCUCCACCGCAAUUACCCUGGUAUCUUUCGCUUUUCAUGAAGGCUUAGGCCUUGUAAUUGAUUCCUUAUAUUUUUGAAGGAAUCUCUUUUCGAUUGUCCUAUGUUUGGGACAAGGUGAAAAUAUGUAACGUGUUUUCCAACAUUGCACUUUGGUGGGUAUACAAAUUCUCGCAGUGGAGGGGAGCAAGAAUCCCAGGCAGGGCAUCUCUGGGGGCCUGUUCUUCCAGCUCUCUCUGUAAUGUAGCCACUGCACAUGCUGACGUCUUGUUUCAAGUGCCAUGAACUGAGUCAUUUGUGGGCAGACUGAUAAUGCAUGGAGAACUCUCUAUAGGGCUUUUUUAUUUAUCACUUUAUAUGCUUGAAAAUCUACUUCAGGAGGGUGCAAAAAGCCCAAGCAUCCCAUGAUAUGUUGACCUUGACAUGACUGUCUCAGCGCAGAUGAAACUAGGAGCCAGAACAUUUCCAUUUUCACAGUGAGGAGAAUCAAUUGCAGGAGUAGCCCCUCUGAUCCUCAUCAUUAUUAUAUUGUUUUAAAAUGGGAAAUCUGCUUCCAAUAUGAUUAACGGAGCAUAUAUAUCUUUGUGUAUUUUUGGAGUGCAUAGAAGGAAGUAGCUAGAAAGGAUGGAAACAGCCUGUGGGCCACAGUCAGCAUUCAUCCAACCCGGCGCCCUUCAGAUAUUCUGAGCUACAACUCCCGUUAUCCCUAGCUAUGUUGGUUGGGGCUAAUGGGAGUUACAGUCCGAAGCAAGUAGAAGGCACCAGGUUAAGGAAGGCUGAGCUUGUCCAUCCCAUGGAAUGCUAAUUGGUCUUUGCUGGUCUUAGAGCAGAAUUCAGGCGCUACCAUGGUGCCUUCCAGAAGUUGUUGGACUACAACUCCCAUCAUACCUGACCAUUGGCCAUGCUAACUGGUGCUGAUGGGGACUUGAGUCCAACAACAUCUGAAGGUAACCAUGUUGGCUACCCCAAACCUGGAUGAUCAGAAUUGUCCAUCCAGACCAAACAUCCUUCUUUUUAUGGAGCAGCACCUGCACUUUGAAAUGCAAACUGUGCCUGUUAGCAUUUCCCACAUCUGCCUUUUAAUUAAAAGUUAAUUCUGGUGUUUUCCAAAGUACAAGAUGUGGCUCAAAAAUGUAACUUGUGCCAGUCGAAUUGUGCAUUGGUUGUUUUCUCUUUUAGAGAAAAGCUUUUCCUCAUAUAAAAUAAUGUCUGUAAUUGGAUUACCGUUUUGUAAACUCUUGGACUGAAUUAUAAAUCCUUUUGUCUUUCCUGCUAUUUCCCUUUGUAAUGCAGCUAUCCCCAUGUUAACGUCACCAAUUUUACAUCCAGCUGGAAGGAUGGCUUGGCAUUCAAUGCCCUUAUUCACAAGCACAGGUAAGGACUGGGGACAAGCCCUUCAGAGAACUUAAGUGCAGUGGGUUGAUGGACACCUGAAUGUUUUGCUGGUGUGCCUGAGCUAGCCUAGUAAUGAUGAGUGUAUGUGCACACAUUUGGCCUCAUCUUUCCUCCAUGAAUUCUGCCUCCUUUCCUCCACUAGUUUGCUAUAAAUCUCAAUUAUCAUUCUUGCUAUUUCUGCUAUUUGGAGGUGAGUGCCAUUUCUUAUGUGUCCAAAACGUCAUGAUCCAUGAACACAAAAGAACGAGGCCAAUGAGGACUGAGCAUGCCCAGCAGUCAUGGAAUGCUGAAAUAGACUCGCAUUCAACCAACUUUUUACUCAGAGUAGACCCAUUGAAAUGAAAAGUCCUAGGUUAUUUGUGGCCAUGAAUUCCCAUGGGUCUAUUCUGAAUAAAAGUUAGUUGAAUAUAACUCUGAAUGUUGGGGAGGAGGGAGAUAUUGUGUGUGAGGAGGAACAGAAUGGAGUAUUUCACUGACAGAGAUGCCGAAGAGGAGCAGACCACACUACAGCAUUUUGUUGCAGGCCUCACUGGCAAACUUAGCUUUCACUUCCUUUUGCAUGGUCAAGUUGGCCUACCACACUGCGUGCUUUAACUUUCCCACUGUCCUCUUAAUUUUUAGGCCUGACUUGAUUGACUUUGAAAAGCUGAAGCACUCGAACGCCAGGCACAACUUGGAGCAUGCUUUCAUUGUGGCGGAACGGCAACUUGGCAUCACCCAGCUUCUUGACCCAGAAGGUGAGUUUGUUUGGCUCUGUGCCUGCCCUUUUUAAAUUGAGAAUUGAGCUGACGAGGCAGAUGAGAAUUAUACAGAAGAAGUGUCCGUAAGUGCUGAGGAAAUGGUGGUUCACCUGAGGAAGCCUCUGAAUUGGCUGCAGAAUGUCUGACUAUAGAAUAUCAUGAAGUUAUGUAUACAUAAAGGUGGAUGCAAAGCUCUGAGGUUUUUUUUGCAGCUGUAAGCUCUCUCACAGCACAAUCCACCACAAAGCUCUUCUGUUGCUGCAUUGCUCUGAAAUGAAAGGAAGUUACAGGGAUAGCUCAGUCAGCAGAGCAUGGGACUCCUCAUCUUAGUGUUGUGGGUUCAAGUCCCAUGUUGGGCCAAAGAUUCCUGCCUUGCAGAGGAGUGGACUAAACAACCCUCAUGGUCCCUCCCAACUCCAUGAUUCCUUGAUUCUAAAUCUUUCUGUAUUCUGGUGCAUGCAUUUUUUAAUCAGAGCCUUUGAUGCUGUAUUUUUAGUCUGCUGUUCCUGAUCAUGGGUUUUACUAUGAUGUGUUAUGUGUGUUUUGUUGUUCAGAUUGUUUCCCUUCUUUCCUAUAUUUUUAUUUAUGAGCCACAUACAGUCUGAUUUUUUUUAUAAUAAAAAGGAAAGCUAUAAAGUCCAAAUUUAAGCCCUGCACAGAGACACAAAUCAGCCGCGCAGCAUGCAGUAUGAAAAAGUUCUUGGUGGAAGUCAUUCCUCCAGUUGUGCUCCAUGAAUGUUUUUCUGUAAAGCCAGCAUAGCUAACGGUUAGGCAUGAUGGGAGUUGUAGUCCCAACAGCAGAGAGGACCACAGAUUCCUCCUGGUUUGACAGCUGUGGAGUGUAUUAAAAAAAACCUAUCCCCUUAGCACUAGUCACAACUUUGAUGGUUUAGGCCUUAGGCGGAAUCCUAUAGUCUUCAUUCAAUUGGGUGGUGGUGAAGUGGUUCUCUGCAGCGGCGAUAACAGGGUACCCCCAUUAGAGGGGUCUGGAGGGAACUCUCGGAGCCAGUUGCAUAGGGCCAGUGGGCCAUAGAGCUUCCCUCGGCAUUGGGGGGCCAUCCAUGUAAACUUGCGUUUUGCAAUGGCUCCACCCCCGAAUAGACCCUAUCAUGCCUCAGUUCCCCAGCGUGGGAGCUGGGAGUGAUACACGCCCAAUGCCUAUGCCAAGGCGUCUGAAUUCAAUAAAGUUCCAUCCAUAUUAAAUCCCAGACCGUUGUUGUGUCCAUUCAUUUUCCCUCCUUAGCAGUUAGGCGUGCCGGAUGGGGGGACUCUGCGGCCAGGCACGCAAUGCAAAAAUCUUCUACAAUAAGUUUCUCCUACAAGGAUGGGCAGUGUUGUUGUUGUUGUUGUGGUGGUGGUGGUGGUGGUGGUGGUGGUGUGUGUGUGUUUUUUAAAAAAAGAAUUACUUUGUAAUAAAGAAUUGGGGAAAAUGUCCCCACUGUGUAGCCAGGAGAUGGGUGGAUGGGUGGGAAGGGGAAGAAGCAAAGAUCUUCCUGGGACUGGUCCAAGUGGUCCAUCAAGUGACAGAAGUGGAGAGGGAGCAAUGAAGCUGAGUGUCAGCUCAGUUACAAUCUGAGUAGGCUGUGGAGUUCUCUUGCUGUGAAGAGCGAGGUGUGUGUAUCUGAGUGUGCUGUGUUGCUUUCAAGGGGUGGGGGGUGGCAGUGCACACCAGCUCAGCUCAGCUCCAUCCACUUGCUGUGUCCUGGGCUGUAAUGACAUGGCAGAUGCUACAGUGAUUCUCAGGUAUUGGUCAUCACCUGAAUGCACAGAAGGCACUGGAUCUCACUUGCUCUCACUGCUUUCUAGAGUUCUCCCAAUGCUGGUGGUGCAUGAAAUCUUUUCCUUUCCCCCCCCUUUUUUACACCAGCAACUUCCUGUGGGUGCUAAAAAUUGCUUGCAGGGCCUAUAGUUCACCAUGCCUGGUUAGGUGAGAGGGAGUUUGUGCCCAGCAGUUAGUCAGCUAAUUAAUUACCAAGCAUGGCUUUCUUGAAGUCAGAAUGCAGUGGUGCUGAACCCCAUGAUACAGUUUAGAUGACACACUUACCCCUAGAAAUUGUGGGAAGUGUUCCUGCUCCUCAGUAAGUUGUCGUACUGUUGGAAGGCACAUACCUCUUUCCUUUCGACAUAUCGCAUAUCCUCCCCAUGGAAUUCAGUACAGUUGAGGUUGUAAUUAUUUUGCUUUUGUUUGUUUAUUAUAGAGUCAGGGCUGCUACGUGCAUUAUUCCAUUUAGGAAAACAAGUUCUUAUGCCUCUAUCUUUGCUCCCAUGCAUUCCAUUGUUUUCUUAUCUGAGGUUGGCUGGGGGGUGAGGUGGCUCGUUCUGCUACAUUGUGGUGUUCUGCUACAAAUUGGAAAACAAAGCUCUUGGGCACAAUGCAGAGCUCUCUUGACAUUCUGUUUUCUAUUCAGAUGUCUUCACAGAGAACCCGGAUGAGAAAUCCAUCAUCACCUACGUUGUUGCUUUCUACCACUACUUCUCCAAGAUGAAGGUGCUUGCUGUGGAGGGGAAGAGAGUUGGAAAGGUAAGGACAUGGUCAUAUAAUACCACCGUACAGCAGGCAAGUCCCCUUUCCGCCCACAGAAAACAGUUUCUUUACUACUUCCUUACUAAGCCAUAAUGACUGAUAAGCAACAAAGGCCAGUAAUUUGCUGCAAUGGCAGCCCUGCCGCCUCUCAACCUCCUCUUCUGCUAGGCUGGCUUUCUUCACAUAUGGGCUAGUCCGUUUAAUAGCUCUUCUUUGCAGCUAUUCUAGUUUGAACUUGUUAUUACUGAAUACGAACAAUAUUGUAUUAUUGUUUAUUUGACAUAACCAUCCCUUUCCACAAAAAAUGCCCCUAAACUACGUAAAAAUCCAUUAAAUACAUAAAAGCAUUACAAUAAUUUAAAAACAAAUGUAUAAAAAAUACCCCAUUCCGCUUUACUCUUUGAUUCCCAGAAUGCAGCUGAUUUACUCAAGCCACUGAGAACUGAGGUAUCCCCUGUCAUCAUAUAUAGACCCACCUUGGUUCUGUUAGUAUCUUGGUUAGGCCCUAACUGCCAGAGGUUGUGGAAACUUCUGACAGAAAAAUAACUGUGAGGGGUGAGAGACUCUCUGUUAACUACCAGGGAGUGGCUUUUCCCAUGUGCCUUGCCCCGCCCUCAAACCCUAGGAGCCUUUAUAAGGGAGUAGUAUGUUUAUAAAGAAGUUUGUGUGUGACAACUCAGUUUUAGUUCCUCUGCCUUAACAUUUGGUGGCAUCUUGCUAUUCUCACACAUCCUUUUACAGCAGGACAGGUGGUUCUUGUUAAUCUUCCCUGACAGGCCUGAGACUUCCAGCCUGCCAUGCAGCCCAGAAUUUCUAACGUCAAGCUUGUUGACAGUGCAGAAGAUUCCCAUAUGCAGGAUCUGUAGGUUGACAAUGGGCUUGACAUAUUUCCUCGAGCAGCAGGUGCCAGGGGAGCAACACUUUGUUUAUUCCUUUCCUCAGGUAAUGGACCAUGCGAUGGAGACUGAGAAAAUGAUCGAUAAGUACAGUGGACUGGCUUCAGACCUGCUGACGUGGAUAGAACAGACCAUUACCAUUCUCAACAGCCGCAAGUUUGCUAAUUCUCUGGCAGGCGUGCAGCAGCAGCUCCAGUCCUUCAGUACAUACCGCACAGUGGAAAAACCGCCCAAGUAAGCACCUGUCAACUGGAAGGAGGAUGCCCCCCCCCCUGCUUUUUGCUGAUGUUUACCAUUUCCCCCCCAGUAGCUUAAACUGUGCCCAUCUGCAUUGUGACUCAUUCGGUUGUGAUCCUAGGCUUUCUGUGCAGAUGGGGACAUCGUGAUGAUGAUAAUGAUACUGUAACAAAUAACAGUGAGGAGCCAAGCUGAAGGGGAACAAGGCAGUUGAUGUACCCUGAAUUGCAUUUUGUUACGAUGCCAAAAUAAAAUGCAGUUUCAGUGGGUUCUUUUGGUGCAGUUCUGCUGCCUUUCUUCUUCUUUCAAACAGGAGGAAUUUGGCAAAUGUUGCUUUGUGAAUGCCUAGCGAUCCCCUGACCUUGAGUUUCAAAGAGAGGAAAAGGAAAAAUGCCUCCCCUUCUAUAACUCUAUAACCUAGGGUUUCUAAACAUAAAGAUGACAACUUGAUGGUAGCUUGAAAAAGAUACCACAUAGUGCUGGUGUUAUGUUUUAGAGGCUACAAUCCCAAAGACGCUAUUGCAUAUGUGUAGGUUUGAAUCAACCCCAAAUAGCUAUAAGGUGUUUGUGUUUCAGUUUUUUAAAAGAACUUUUGUCACUAUCAUUCUUUUUAAUUUAUUUUUAUUUAUUAUUUAUCUGCAUGCAAAUUGCAAUAACUGCCCUAAACGCUGAUAAGUUAGACUUCUGGAUAGAUGAUUAGGUUAUUUCACUGCUUUUUACCAUUAAGCUUCUAUGGCCUGAGCUCAGAACACACUGUAUUUCAGUGACACUAAUAGACAUUGCUUGUGUUGUUCAUUGUAUCUUCUUUACCUAAAAGUAUGUUUUCUCAUUUUUGCUGUGUUCUUGGGCAGGUUUCAGGAGAAGGGAAACCUGGAAGUCCUGCUGUUUACCAUCCAGUCAAGAAUGCGAGCCAAUAAUCAGAAAGUGUAUACACCUCACGAAGGAAAAUUAGUGUCUGACAUCAACAGGGUACCUAAUGCAGUCCCUUAAAAUGGUUAACAGAAAUGUGAUAUAUUGAGAAUUUCAGUGUUAGGACUUUUCUUCUAGAUUUUUAAAAAAUUCUUGUUUAAUUAAUUUAGCUGGUUGGGAAAGGGCCUUAGGUUAGUAACAGGGCACCUAAUUUGGACUCAUAACAUCCAUGGUUCAAUCCCCACUACUGCAUGGCAAAAAAAUGAUACAGCAAGAUUAGAGAGGUGAUCAGCAGCUAAUGUGGAAACCAAGGAGGAAGCUACAGGGACAGCUGGAUGUGAUCCCACACCACAAGCUGAAUAUGUUUCCCAUCAAGUACCUUAGAUCUGCUUUGUACAAUACUUUUCCUAUUCAUUCUAGCAACACUGAAUAAAUGCUCACAUGGACAAUCACAUGGACCAUUUUCACAUAUAUAGUCUGCAGCACUUUCCAUGAGUGUAGUGGGGGGUUUUGGGGUGGGGGUGGGGAGUUUUGCUGGGACCAUAGGAGUUGUUACCAACUAGUAUCUGUUAUUGUUCAGUUCGCCACACUGUGUGUGUGUGUGUGUGUUCACAUGAGCAGGUGCCUCGAAAAAAACAGGGCUACUUGCAUAUACAAGAAAAGUGUUGUGAGAACAAUCCCUUAGAGAAAAAUACAAGGAGGAACAAUAGCUCUUUAUCUGGCCAAGCAACAUUUUGCUGAUGUGAGGUUGGUUAGCGCAGCCUGUAUAAGAAUGGAAUGCUUUGUAGAAUGUGCCACGCGGCAUUACAUAGGAUUUGCUGCGGCCUCUUGAUUGUAUAUUGUGUACCUGCUUACUGAAUUCUCGUUCUCCUGUGUGCACACAUUUGCACAGGCCUGGGAGAAGCUGGAGAAGGCGGAGCAUGAACGGGAGCUGGCGCUGAGAAACGAGCUUAUUAGGCAGGAGAAGCUGGAGCAGCUCGCCCGGCGCUUUGAUCGCAAGGCAGCAAUGCGGGAGACGUGGCUUAAUGAAAACCAGCGCCUUGUUGCACAGGUAAUGUGUGGCUUCAGGGAUUGUGCUGGCUCCAGUCUCUGAUCUGCCUGGUGGCAUCAGAAACAGCAGGGGAUGUUGGGGGGGACACAAGCACUCUGUUGGCACCAGCUUAAAAUGGUACCCAGAUCCCUUCUGGGGAAUUUGGCACCCCCCCAUCACCCUCUGCUCUAUAGCAUGCACAAGAAAAGGCAAUGUGCCGCCACACAGUUGCUAACCAAAGGCAAAUUUAAUUUGGGCAGGAUAACUUUGGAAAUGACUUGCCAGCUGUGGAGGCAGCAAAGAAGAAGCAUGAAGCCAUUGAAACCGAUACAGCAGCCUACAAGGAACGGGUCCAGGCCAUAGAGGAGGUGGCCAAGGAACUGGAGAUGGAGAAUUACCACGACAUCAAGCGCAUCAAUGCUCGCAAGGACAACAUCCUGCGGCUCUGGGAGUACCUGCUGGAGUUGCUGCAGGCCCGGCGGCGGCGGCUGGAGAUGAACCUUAAGCUGCAGCAGCUGUUCCAAGACAUGCUACACAGUAUUGACUGGAUAGAUGAGAUGAAAGUAAGGAAGGGCUUGGGUGGAAUACUGCAGGUUGAUAGAAAGAAGCCAGCAAAUUGAGGUGGAGGCUCAUCCUGUGCUCCCAUUGCCUGCCAUUUCCCCAAGACAGAUCAUCUUCCCAAGUGACUCCCCCCUGCACACACACACCUCCGGGUUCAAAAUGCAGCAUUAUAAACCCUAGGGAGGCAAGCUGUGUGUGGUAAUUUGGAAUGAAGAAAUGGCAGGCAGGAAAAGGAUUAAGCUUUAGUUCUGCUACUUUUCUGCUCAAAAUCAAUUCAUUCUGAAGCUGCUUUUCUCAAAAUAACAAUCGCCAUCAGGCUGCACUACAUGUGGUUGUACAUAAUGUGUAGCCUGCCCCUAGCAGAGGCAGAGAAAAGGGUACAUUCUUCCUUUGUGCUUCUACAGGCUAAACUCCUGUCUCCUGAAUUUGGGAAGCACCUGUUGGAAGUGGAAUACCUUCUUCAGAAGCAUAAACUGAUGGAGGCGGACAUGGUCAUCCAGGCUGAGAAGGUUCGUGAUGUCAGUGCAGCUGCCCUUAGAUUUGCCAACGGAGAUGGUAGGUGUUUGUUUUCCAAGAAGAAUUUUAUGACUUCUGUGAGUGAGUGAAUGAUGAAUGAUAAUUUCAUAGAAUCAUAGAAUCAUAGAGUUGGAAGAGACCACAAGGGCCAUCGAGUCCAACCCCCUGCCAAGCAGGAAACACCAUCAGAGCACUCCUGACAUAUGGUUGUCAAGCCUCUGCUUAAAGACCUCCAAAGAAGGAGACUCCACCACACUCCUUGGCAGCAAAUUCCACUGUCGAACAGCUCUUACUGUCAGGAAGUUCUUCCUAAUGUUUAGGUGGAAUCUUCUUUCUUGUAGUUUGGAUCCACUGCUCCGUGUAAAAUUUCUGAGUUGAGAAGCCCUAAGUAUAAAAGGGGGAGGAGUGAGGGGAGACCACCUGUAUCCUUGCCUCUUCCUUUUAAAAAAUGGUUUAAGGAAAAUGCCUCUGUCCUCUCAGAAUCAGAGAGUUGGAAGGGACCCUGAGGGUUGUCUUGUCCAACCCCCUGCAGUUCAGGAGUCUUUUGCCCAGCUUGGGGCUCAAACCUGCGACCCUGAGAUUAUGAGUCUCAUGCUCUGCCGGUGCAGCUAUCCCAGUCAUCUCCUGUUCCACCUUAAAUUGACUGAAUUCAUAGUAAAACAGGUCCAAGGUGCACAAAUUAAUUCAUAAGUAGGGCCUUUAAGUUCAGCUAGAAUCUAUAGCACUUGUUGCCUUGAAAACUGCUGGGUCCUGGGGUUUCAGGCGGCUACCUCUUGGGCCUAGCUGGUGCGAUAGUAGAAAGAAGGAUUGGGAGGCAGAGUCUGGAUGAUAUUGGAGGCUUUUCCAGAUAAUGAUUUUCAGUGCAAGAAUUGCACAGUUGUUGCUCAUUUGUUGUACUUUUUCCCAAUGUCUUCCCUCAAAAGAUGUGCUUCUCUUUAGGGAAUAUUACAUUUACUCAGGAUGUGAAUGUCAGUGUAUUGUGUGUGGCAGAAAUGCAAUUCUCACCUCUACUGGUUGACAAGUGUGGGUGGGAGUGCUGACUGAAAUGUGGGUGUGUGCCAGUACCCCAGCAGCUUACCAAAUAGUAUUUGUGACUGGGGAUGGGGAAGAAAACUGAUUCAGUUCAUGUUUAAAGGUGAACCUACAUACCGGUAAUUCAUACAUUCUGAAGCUAUAGGCAAGCUGAAAUGUAGCCAUCCUUUAGAAUUCUAACUUCUCUCAAUUUUGCAAGGCAGUUCUUCAGCCAAGUGCUUUGUAAAAAAAGGGUGUUUUUUAAAAAAAUGCAUGCACUAGGGCAAAACGUGCACGAAAAUGCAUGUAUUGAUGAAAAUAACAUACAAAAAUGCAUUUUAUUAGGGAACAUGGCUUUGUAAAUAUGUGCACAAUAAGCAAAUAUGUUAUAUGUUAGGAGAAAUUCACACUAAAAUACUGAUGAGUUUUCCACAAAGUGUUUGGAAAUUUGUAGAACUGAACUUAGAAGGGAAAAAAAUGAAAAACUGAGACAAACCAAAACUGAUAAAUUCAUCUGUCUCUGUUUGUUGAGUGCCACUAAUGAAAAAUGACAUAGUUCCUACACUCUAUGUGCCAUUUUUUAAAAGUCCACUUUAAAUUAUUUAGAGUCUGUCCACUGUGCAUCUAAAGCUUGCAAGCACUCAUGUAACCUUUUAAAAUAAAUUUCAGUAGCAAAUUCCAUCGGAGCCACUUUCUCCACUCAGACCUAUACUCCACCAUUUCAAGCAACAGUUCCAUUUUCUGUUUGCUUUUUAUUUUUGGGAUGGUGUGCAUUGUCCUUCUGAAGCUCUGCAAAGCACCUAUCUCUGCUUUUGCUUUUUUGUCAGAAUCAAUGAACAAAUGGAAAGCACAACUAUAGCUAUCCCCCCAUAGCUGUCUGUCUUCAUGUCACAGCUACUUAACCACCUGUUAGGUGGGCUGGUCCCUAGCAUUUUUUAAAAAACCACCUGAAAGUGCCUUAUAGAUGUUGUGCAUUUCCCCUUUCUGACUUAAAGGAAAAUGCAUCGUGCAUGUCUGCUGAUAGUAGCUUUGUGUCCACACAUGCUUGUACAGGUUAUCGGCCUUGUGACCCAAAGGUGAUACAGGAUCGGGUGAACCACCUGCAGCUGUGCCAUCGAGAGCUAAUGGCUUUGGCUGCGGAAAGGAAAGCUCGCCUGGAGCAGUCCAAGCGCCUUUGGAAAUUCUUUUGGGAACUGGAUGAAGCUGAAAGCUGGAUCAAAGAGAAAGAUCAGAUCUAUUCCUCCCUGGAUUAUGGGAAAGAUCUGACCAGCGUUCUCAUCUUGCAGAGGAAACACAAGGCUUUCGAGGAUGAGCUGCGCGUUCAGGAAACCCACCUGCAGCACACCAUCAAAGAGGGAGAAGCUAUGAUUGCUCAGAAUCAUUUUGGUGCACUUAAAAUCCGCAGAAGGAUUGAGGAAGUGAAAGCCCUCUGGGCCCAGCUGCAGGAACUGGCAGCUUUCCACAAGAAAAACUUGCAGGAUGCUGAGAGCUUCUUCCAGUUCCAGGUUGAUGCGGAUGACUUGAUGGCCUGGCUGCAAGAUGCCCAUCGUCUGGUGUCAAGUGAGGAUGUGGGGCAUGAUGAAUAUUCUACUCUAGCCCUUGUUAAAAAGCACAGGGACCUUUUAGACGAUGUAGCAGACAACAAGAGAGUCAUGUACAACCUGAACAGGCAAGCGCAGAACUUCCCCACGGAGUUUCGGGAUGAUCCAGGAUUUGAGAACAGACUGAAGGCCAUCCAGGCAAUGUACAAUGAAGUUGUGUCCCUAGCAGAUCUGCGUAGGCAGAAUCUGCAGGAUGCCUUGGAUCUCUACAAAGUUUUCAGUGAGACAGAUGCAUGUGAGCUUUGGAUGAGUGAGAAGGAGAAGUGGUUGGAACAAAUGGAGAUUCCUGAUACCUUGGAGGACCUGGAUGUUGUGCAACACAGGUAAAUGUCUGAGAUUGUUCCCUGGGCAGUGUAUGUUCGAUGUUUGGAACAUUUGUCUCAAACUAAACAAGUUAAGAGUGUGGAGGGAGUGCUUCAUACAUUAACUGGGACAAUUAAGGAGCAACUGCAGGAUCUACAGUAAUUGUGGAACACGUUUUUGUGGGUUACAGUCCACUUUGUAAAGAACUACACAUUACCCUGGCAAACAUGAUUUCUUAUGCAUGAAAUGACCUCAAAAAUAUAGCACUAAAGUGCAGGUGAAGGGCUUAAUUCAAGGUUCAGUGUGUCAGGCCUAGUCCUUAGCAGCCUGAACCUCCUCCAUUGUCUUCCUGUAUUGCAAUACUGUACUAUAUGAAGACAGACUGGAAGCAAAAUUACCAUGUAUGCAAGACUCAGGGCCACAAGGGCAUGGGGAGAGGCUUUUUACUCUGGAUUUCCAUUCCCCUGGUGACUUACCAAUACCUGAGUUUAGGUGUUUUCUGAAUGUGGCAUGAGACCUUAUAAUUCAAAUUGGGUUUUGGAGGAAUAGGAUCAAGACAACACAUUCAAAGUAGGACUUUAGAAGUUAUGCACUGUGCAUCUUUGGGAAAUGUUGAGUUUUCAAUUAAUUAACUGAUCUUGAUUUCAGGUUUGAUAUUCUGGAGCAAGAAAUGAACAACCUGGCUUCUCAGAUUGAAGGGGUCAAUCAAGCUGCCUUUGGAUUAAUAGAAAGUGGGCAUCCACGCAGUGUGAGUGUGAGGCAGUGUCAGCAGCGUCUGAAUGCCAGGUAAGUUCCCCUUAAAAGGACCAAAGCAGAUGCAUGAAAAAGAAGGACCUAAAGAAAGGAUCUCUGCUGCAUUCAGUGCAAUGAUUCUUUCAUUCAUUCAUUUUGCUCUGCUUCUUUUAGAUGGAAAGUCUUCCAGGAGAUGGUAGCUCAGAGGCGGAAAGCUGUGGACUUUGCCCUUAGCCUCCACAAUUACUGUGUGGAUUGCGAGGAGACAAGGAAAUGGAUCCUGGAAAAAACCAGUGUCAUCGAAUCUACGCAGGACCUUGGCAAAAACCUGGCAGGCAUGAUUGCCAUGCAGAGGAAGUUAUAUGGCAUUGAGCGUGACCUAGCGGCUAUCCAAGCCCGGCUUGCGUCCCUGCAGCAGGAAGCACACCGGCUAGCCGAAGAGCACCCUGACCUAGCUGACGACAUCUACAGUCGACUGACAGCUGUCACUGGAGUCUGGCUGGACCUGCAGAAUACGUUGCAGAGCCAGGAGGCCUCUCUCGGAGAAGCCAGCAAGCUGCACAAAUUCUUGCAGGACUUAGAUGACUUCCAGGCAUGGCUCUUCAAGGCCCAAAAAGCUGUUGCUUCAGAAGAGGUGCCCAACUCACUGGUAGAAGCUGAGCACCUCCUGCAGCAGCAUGCUGCCAUUAAGGAAGAAAUUGAUCAACACAAAGAUGAUUACCACAGUGUCAAGCAGAUAGGAGACAGAGUGACCCAAGGACAGACAGAUGUCGAGUAUCAGCAGCUAGAGCAGCGGCUUCAGGGCAUGGAUACAGGCUGGAAUGCCUUAUGUAAAAUGUGGGAUAGCAGGGAGAAAUUCCUCAACAAGUGUCUUGGCUUCCAGGAAUUUCUUAAAGAUGCAAAGCAAGUGGAAAUCAUUCUUACUAAUCAGGUAUGGCAGCAGGGAACAGGCAUCUUAUAACUUUUAUGUGUGUUACAUCAGUGUCUCAAGAUUGCAUCCUGGUGCUUGAGUGUCGUAAGUGUUACGCUCUACAGAGAAGCAGUAGUGGAAUUUGCCAUCUGAGCACUUGGAUGUCUUACAAAGCAUCUCAGCUGGCAUGUGGCAACCACAGAAAAAUCCUGUCCAUGCUGUGCACCCUCUCCUGUACAGGAGCUGCAUUUCAGCACAUAUUGAGAAAUAUUGGAGAAACAAGUCUUCCUGAUGCAUGCUGAAAGCCGAAUCCUGUGCUUAGCAGCAAGUUGAUAUAAGCAGUUUGCAAAAGCUGGGCUCUAUUUUAUGCAGGCAUUUCAAGUGCUUUCUCUUUAGCUGACAUGCAUAUGAUGGCUGCACUCUGCCAAACUAACAUGCAGACUGUUGUGGACUAGAAUUGGCUUUAGGCUUUGCAGAAGAGAGUUGUUGUUUUUUAACUUCCUGUGCUGUUUUUCUGAGUAAUUGACUUGUUUUCUUCCACAAUAUCUGCUUUAGGAAUACACUCUGGCUCACAUCGAGCCCCCAGACACCUUGGAAGCAUCAGAGGCUGCUAUCCGAAAAUUUGAAGAUUUCCUUGCUACUAUGGAAGCAAAUGAGGAAAAAGUUACUGGGCUGGUGGCCAGUGGGAACAAGCUGGUGGCUGAAGGAAAUAUUUACUCUGAUAAAAUCAAGGAAAAAGUGCAGCUGAUUCAAGAGAGGUAAUUUCCGUAGAAUAGUUUCAACGGGACAGCUCAGGACUAUUGCUCACAUUACAAGAUACAAAAAAAUAAAUAAAUUGUCCAGUAGCACCUUAGAGACCAACUAAGGAUGUUCUUGGUAUAAGCUUUUGUGUGCAUGUACACUUCUUUAGAUACACUGAAAAGUUGCUGAAUUACAACUUAUCACUAAACUGAAAGUUAUGGAGAAAACUGGUCUUAAUAGAGAUAUUGGAUUCCUGUCUCAUUACAUAUGCUAAUCAUCUGCAUACUAUCCCUUGCUUUUUCCUGUAGGACUAAUUGCAGUCGUUAACAGUCAUCAACAGGUUUACCAUACCCAUUGAGUUAAUCACCCAUCUCCUACUACCCUCCUGAGAAAAACCCCACUCCACCCUCCCACUAUAUAUAAGGGUCUGGUGACUUCUGUUUCAGUGCAUCUGAAGAAGUGUGCAUGCACACGAAAGCUUAUACCAAGAACAAACUUAGUUGGUCCCUAAGGUGCUACUGGACAUUUUUUAAAUAAAUAUAUAUAUAUAUAUAUAUAUAUAUAUGUAUGUAUGUAUGUAUUUCAACUGUGUCAGACCAACACCUACCUAAAACUACAAGAUACUGCACUGUACUCUGAUAUCACAGUGAACAGCACUCUGGAGAAGGUGUGUGGAGGGAGGGUGGGGAGAGAGAAAGGGAGAGAUUUGGUUAUCUCUUCAAACAGAGCAAAACCAUCACCCAGAUUUUUGUUCUGAGGCAAUAAUAGCCCAAAACAAGAGAUGCAUAUGAGAACUGGGGAGGCCUUUUCUGAGCUGCAAACCCUUCCCUCCCCACAAGUCCUAUUAAAAAAGGAAAACUCAUACAUCUUUAACCAGGAUAAUAAAAGACAAGCAUGACAACAGUCUGAACUUGCAACUCCAAACUGAAAGCUGCCAUUUGAGGAAGAGCAAAAAUGUACCGUAGAUAAGGCAGGGAUGGAGAGGUCAGUUUACCUGGUUUCUUUAUUGUGCUGUGCCCUGUUUACCUUGCAGUGAUUACUGUAUAGAAUCAUAGAACUGAAGAGUUGGAAAGGGACCCAAGGGUCAUCUAGUCCAGCCCCCGGGAAUGCAGGAAUCUUUUGCCCAAUGUUGGGCUCAAACCCACGACCCUGAGAUUAAGUGUCUCAUGCUCUGUCGACCGAGCUGUCCUAUUUCUAGCCUACAUAGCAGCAUUCUGUUUUUGACCACAUACAAGGCUUGAGCCCCAUUGAUGUGUGAUUCUUAUUUUCUGCCUCUGUGCUUGAGAUAUGGAAUAAUUCGGGAGUUUAGAAAGCAGCUCAUCUAGCUCAGUUUUGACUAUGCUGACUGGCAGUGGCUCUCCAGGGCUUCAGGCAGGGAGUCUCUCCCAGCCCUACCUGGGGAGAUGUCAGGGGUUACACCUGAGACCUUUUGCAUACAGAGCAGCUGAUUCUACCACUCAGCUACAGCCCUUCCCUAAAGGGCUGUCAUUGGAAAUCUACAGUACACAGCUGCUUUACACACAUACAGACAAGUGUAGCAGGGUUCUCUGGGUUGCUGGGAUAAAUGUGUUAUGAUACUAGCUAAGCCAGUGGUUUUCACUGUGGCACCCUGAGGUGCCUUGAAUGAUGGUCAGGGAUGCCACGGGCAACAUUGGCCUCUGUCCCUCUUUCCUUCCCUCCCUCUUCUGAUGCCCUCUUUCGUCUCUGCCUACCAAUGGUUGCAACAGCCCUGGGUAUAAACUCUGAAGGUGAAUGGCGCCUCUGGGAGGCACCUCCAUUUGGGGUGAGGACUCAGAGACCAGGGAAGGCAGCAGCAGCUGCCCAGAGGACUACCAGGGAGAGGAGAGGAGGUUGAGGGAACACUCCACAAAGGAGGGUGUUUGAAAAAGGGAGAGAAAAAGGGAGAGAGUCUGCCAGCUUUGCAGAGAAGGGGUGACAUAACUGGGCUCCUGAGCCCCACAAGGUUGCUGCAGAAAGAAUGUAGUUGGUUAAGGGAGCAGUGGACUCAAAAAGGUUGAAAACCUCUGAGCUAAGCUAAUAGACGACUGGGAGGAAGAGCAGGAUAUAAAUUGAAUAAAUAAUAGCCAUUUAACAAUGGCACUAUUGUUGUUUAUAGGUACAAUAGAAACAUUGCAAAAUCUCAAGAGGCCUUGGUGCUGCUGAAGGACAAUCAUGAGCUGCGGAACUUCCUACAGAAUUGCCAGGAGGUAAGGAUGCCAGGCCUACUACUCCUGCCUGCUACCACUAAUCUAAGGUGCAUCUGCAUUUAUCCUUCUUCUCCAAAUGGUGGUUAUAACUUUGGCUUAUGCCAGCAGUAAAUACUUCUCACUGCAACUUUCAGCUGUCAAAAAUAUAUUCCUGAUGUUUAGUCGGAAACACUUUUCUUGUAACUUGAAUCCAUUGGUUCGGAUCCCAGCCUCUGGAGAAGGAAAAAGAAAUUUCCUAUCUCAGCCCUAUGAUUCCAAGUACUUCAGAGAAGCACAAUCAGUCAUUAAAAAGUAGCUGAAAUAAAAUGGGUGGGUGGGGAAAGAAUUAAGUAAGAAUAUGAGCAAAACAGUUUGUUUAGCUAAUUAUUUUACCCGCAUUUAUCAUUUAGCUUCAAGUACUAGCAAAAAGUUAAGGGAGUUUGGCAAAAGUCUAUAACCUCCCUUUGCAGUACUGUAAUUAACUUCCUUUGUUUGCAGCUUACUAUCUGGAUUGAUGAGAAGAUGCUCACAGCGCAAGACAUAUCCUACGACGAAGCCCGGAACCUGCACAGCAAAUGGUUGAAGCACCAGUCUUUCAUGGCAGAACUUGCUUCUAACCAAGGAUGGCUAGAGAAUGUAGAUGAGGUAAGUUCUUGCAAGACUUGGAGUAGUGUGACAUCUCUCCCAGCUCUUUUCUCCCAUUGUCUCUAUACCUUAGUGACUCCUGCUAUUUCGGAGCAUUAUCCUGUCCUCAUCCAGCCACUAGCUAAUGUUGUGUUGCCUGCAACCACUUGGAGCACUGCAUGUAGUUGACUACAAAGACCCAUCUCCUUCCAACCCUGUAUUUCUUACUCUGUAUUUUCUUGAUGAGAAAUAGCCAGUCCUUUGCUCUGACAAGUGCUUCCAUGUCUCUCCCCCAUCCCCUCUCUCUUUUCUCCAGGAAGGGCAGAAGCUAGCAGAACAGAAGCCCCAGUAUGAACACAUUGUUUGCCAGAGGCUAGUGGAGCUGCACCAGCUUUGGGACAAGCUGCAAGCAACCACAGAUGAGAAGGCUCAGCACCUGUUUGAUGCCAACCGCUCUGACCUUUAUGCACAGAGCUGUGCUGACCUUGAUGCAUGGAUUAGUGAGAUGGAGGAGCAGCUGAAAUCUGAUGCCCAAGGGAAAGAUCUCACCAGUGUCAACAUCCUACUGAAGAACCUGAAAGUAAGUCAUAGGGGGUGGCAUUUGCCGAUUAACGAACAUGACUAAAUUAGGUACAUUAUUUUCAGUGGGUCUGGUCUGAUAAAAACUUAGUCAAAUACCACUUCCAGGAUGGAGAGAGGAGUCAAUGCAGAUACCCAUUGCCAAGGGGGAGAGAGGGGGAUCUGGAAAGUCAGUGCAAAGCCUUGCUGCCAGGCGGCAGAGGUGGGGGUAGUUAUCUGUUAACAGUCCUCCUCCCCCCACAAGGGAGUGUGGCAGGGCUGUGACCAGCUUUUGAACUGCCCCCUUUUUUGCUCCAGAACUUUCCUUGUUAAAACACCUCUUUAAAGUUCAUUCAGAGCAAACAGCAAUCCACGAAAGCCUGACUUGACAUUUGUUCCAAUUGAGUGCUAAAGAGUGGGUUUUUGUGGGGUAAGCUCCAGGGCAAAAAAACACACCAAACCAACCAGCACUCAGACACAGAGCUUAGGACGUGUGCCUGGAAAGACCUUAGAUACUGCAAUAAUCCCUUUUCACCCUGAUUCCAGUGUAUUCUUUCACCUUUGCCAUCAGAACAGGGGCUUUCCAUUUUUUGCUGAGACCACCAUUUUCUUACCCCUCACAAAAAAAGGCCCAACCCUCCUCAAUUACUGUUUCCAUGAUGGUUCUCUUCAAGUCUCUCCAGUCUCAGGUGUGAAUAAAAAGGGUGUCCUUGUUUUUCUAGGAAAUGAAAUGGGAAAGUCAGGCUGGAAAUUUGUAAAUAUGUCACCAAGCCCAAAGCCUAUGGCCCAAAAAUAUAAAUUUUGACAAGAUGACUGAGUUAAUAGAGACUUUCUAAUUUCAGCGACUAGAUGAGCAAGUAAGUGUGAGGAAGAAAGAGAUGGAAGACUUGCUGUCUCACGCCCCUUCAACCAGAGGAGACCUGCAUGAAGCAGAUGGCAAGCAUGAGAUCAUUGAGAGAAGGUUCCAGGAUCUUCUGCAGCCAUUGGAUAAGAGGAGGAAGGAGCUGGAGACAACCAAGGCUCGAUACCAAUUGGACCGGGAUCUGGAAGAUGAACUGGUGAGCUAUCAUCUGAAUGUGCUAUUAGGAAGGACUUCUAGUCAACCUUAUUACUUUAAUUUAGAGGGCAGGGGGCUCUGUUACAGUACAACUGGUCCCCAUGAGACACAUAGGCAGUCUGUGUUAGAUAAACAGAGUAAUACAGUUGUACCUUGGAAGUCGAAUGGAAUCCAUUCUGGAAGUCCAUUCAACUUCCAAAACGUUCAAAAACCAAAUUGAGGCUUCUGGUUGGCUGCAGGAAGCUCCUGCAGCCAAUCAGAAGCUGUGAAAGCCCCAUUGGACAUUCAGGUUCCAGAAGAAAGUUCACAAACCGGAACCAUCACUUCCGGGCAGCCUUCAGGAGCCAAAACGUCCGAGUUCCAGGGUGUUCGGCAUCCAAGAUACAAGUGUUACUUCAUCCCUCACCCACCCCACUUGUGUACACAUAUAUAGCUUGACUUUUCUGUACCUGCACUUUAGUCAUUCUUCUGUAUUCCAGCUUUGGGUACAAGAGCGAUUGCCCCUUGCUCAGUCCACUGACCAUGGCACAAACCUCCUGUCAGUACAGAUGCUUACGAAGAAAAUGCAGGUGAGUCUGUCCACCACCUCUGAGUUUUGUCCCCCCCCCCGCCACCAAUUUAAUUUAAUUGCAUUUUGGAUUGAACACAUAGGCUGGCUGGGUGGAUUUUGGCUGUGGCUGCAAACAUCCAAACGUUCAGUAGUGUCUGUAUAAUAGCUGUUAGUAAAUGGAGUGGGAGGAUUUCUCAAAUAUGCAUGUACCAGGAGCUCUCCAGCUUUGCCUACUCACCACUCUCUGCCAGAUGCCUCACCCCCUUGCCAAGCCUCCUCCCCUUACAGCUUGAUUUGAGAGUGAUGUUGUGUGGAUGAUGCUGCAUAAAUGGGGACACAGGCAGACCCUAGCCCACACUAAACUUUGGUGUGUACAAGCCCUGAGCCGAAGGAGUUCCCUGAGGGUGGGUGGGGAUGCAGGUAGAUGCCAAAGUGCUUCCCUUUGCAGCAGCCUGCAAGACCUGAAUAUUGCCAUCAUGUUAGACGUUGUUGUCAUUAGCCUCUAUUAAUGACUACUCAGUAAAUGGGAAGAGCUCACUUCAAAUAGGUUUUUGAUCUUAUCCAAACCUCCUUAAAAGUGCCCCUGUCCCUUGCUAGACGCUGCAGAAAGAAAUUGCUGGCCAUGCCCCACGCAUUGAGGACGUCCUUUUCAGAGGGGAGGCCAUGCUGGCUGGAGCGGAGGGGAAUGGAGACUUCCGGGAUACCGAAGAGCGCCUGAAGCAGCUGAGGGAUUCCUGGAGCACUUUGCAAGAGGAAACGUCAAAGAGGUUGCAGCGCCUGGAAGAAGCAAGUGAGGCUCAGCGAUAUUACUUGGAUGCUGGUGAAGCAGAGGCCUGGAUAAGUGAGCAGGAGCUCUAUAUGGGGACUGAUGAGAAGCCAAAGGUAAAGGUGCUAAUAUUGCCGGAAGCUGCUGCCACAUCCCCAGGUCGUGGGGGGGGGCAGUGAUGGGGCAGCACAGUGAAAUGGGAUGUGCCACUCCUGGGUUGGCUCCACUCCGGGGCAGGAUAAGAUGCCAUCAGUAACUGGAGGGGUUUUCUUUUCCUAGGAUGAAGAGAGCGGCAUUGUGAUGCUGAAGAGACUCCUUCGCCAGCAGCGGUCCAUAGAAGAGUACGGGAAAAACAUCAAGCAGCUGGCUAGCUGGGCUCAGAAGCUGCUCUCCGCUGGACACCCGGAAGGGUAAGUAUGUCUGGCUGCUGUUUCCCAGUCUCUCAAAGCUUUGGAAAAGAACAGCGAGGAGAUUUUUAAAAAGUUCUGUGGAGCGUGGUAUCAACUGACCCAUCAUAGAUCCCAUAUCUUGUCAUUUGGCUCUCUGGAAACGCAGGCCACUGUAUAUCUGCUGGAUUGUGUCUUUCUUCCUUUGGCAGGCGAUAUGGCUCAGGCAAGUCCUCCUUUGGUGUUUUUCAGGGAGGAGAUAAUCCGGCUGCAGGGGCAAGUAGACAAGCAGUAUGCAGGCUUGAAAGACCAGUCUGAGGCGCGCAGGCGUAAGCUGGAGCACAUGUGCCACUUCUUCAAGCUGAAGCGAGAAGUUGAUGACCUGGAGCAGUGGAUCGCAGAGAGAGAUGUAGUGGCAUCAUCCCCAGAGAUGGGCCAAGACCUCGACCAUGUCACUGUGAGCAAGCACUGUCAGAAUGUGCAUUAGGCAGCCCAUUGUGGCCAGGUGUCUUAGUCCCCAUCUCUCUUGAGAUGCCAGUUCCACUUUAGGGGUAUAAGUACCAUGUGAAUGAGGACAAUGGGUGGUGAGUGGUGUUAUUUGACUGCACACGGUCAUGUGGUGGCCAGAUGAAACCUUGCUGCUAGGUGGUACAGGGUGUGUUAAAAUUCAAUUGCAUUUAACAUACAGGGAACCCCCGAUGUAUGCAGGGUUUAACCACUGCACGUUUACAAUGGGAAGUUAUAAUUUAUUCUUAUGCUGGAAGGCUGGCUUGUUAGGGUAUGGGAAUCAGCCCACAUGGCAAAGUUAACUAAUGUUAUAAGUUGGCGUAAAGGCACAAACAAACAAGUAAUUGUUUUUUAAGUGGAAUAAUCUUGCCAUGUACUAGUGCAAUAAGCCACAAGAAAAUAAGUAACCACAUAUGCUGUUGCAAACUAUUUAGUAAUUUAAAGGAUAAUUUAAUUUUCUUAUUUUCUCCUCUUGAGUACAUAUAUAUUUACAUAUUCACAUUUUUUUUCUUUUUUCUCUUUUACCUGUUAAAAUUAUCCCGUGCUUAAUAUAUCUUUUUGUAUUUACAUGUUUAGGCACUAUCUUUUUUUUAUAACAAAAGACAUGCAGCUUGGAGUGCAGAAAUCACUAUAGUUUUCUUCAAAUAUUAGGAAAGUAAAAGUGUGUUGGAGACAUGGCGCUGUGUCCGACAACCUUGCCACCUCUACUCCUGACUUUACCACAUUCAGCAGCAAGGUCACAAUUGGGCUCGCAAAUGUGUUCCCUUGAACAUGCUUACCAGCCUCCCUUUCCUUCGGAUCAUUCAGGUUUCUCAGCCACAGGGGGGACUUGUAAGCACGCUCAAGCAAACUUGCUUAGGAGCCCCCUUCAGACCAUGUUGCUAUGUCUAGUCAGGGACAGGCUGGAGCGCAUGAUGCUGUCACUCCAACAUACCUGCACUUGGCUAAUGUCUGAAGAGAGCUUGUGUUAUGACAAGAGUGGCUGUUGUAAGCUGUUUUCAGAAAAUCAGCCACAUUAGUGUGCUGCAGAAAAAACAAGAAAGAACAUUGUGGUACCUUAAAGGCUAACAAAUGUCUUAUGGCAUAAGCUUUCAUAUGUUGGUAGGCUUUUUCAAUUUUGGGUGACAGCCUGCAACAGAAAACAACAACACUCUUUUACAUCACUAUGCAAAAUAAAAGAGCCCUACCCUCCUUUGCAUAUGGUUAUCCUAGAGAGAAAAAGGAGAAAAUUGGCAGAUUCUCUCUCUCUCUCUCUCUCUCUCUCUCUGUGUGUGUGUGUGUUCAAGUAAGUCUCAUGUUGUAAUUUGGGAGUGAACAUGGGCUCUGGAUCUACAUAAAGUGACAUUGCAUCCAUUGUUGAAUGAGAUUAGACCUCUUAGAAUGCUCAUGUUCUCUCUGGUUUGUUUCUUGGCUAGCUACUGCGAGAUAAGUUCCGUGACUUCACCCGGGAAACAGGAAACAUCGGGCAGGAGCGGGUGGACGGUGUCAAUCUCAUAAUUGAGCAGCUGAUUGAUGCUGGCCACCCGGAAGCUGCCACGAUUGCGGAGUUGAAGGACAGUCUGAAUGAGAGCUGGGCUGACUUGUUAGAGUUGAUUGAUACCAGGAUACAGCUGCUGGCUGCCUCCUAUGAACUGCACAAGUUCUUCUAUGAUGGUGGUGAGAUCCUGGUUCUCAUUGAGGAGAAGCACAAGGAGCUGCCGGAGGAGUUGGGCCGGGACGUCAACACAGCAGAGUCUUUCCACAGGAUGCACACAGCCUUUGAGCGAGACAUCCACUUGUUGGGACAGCAGGUAACCACAUACCUUACAAGUCUAUAGCUCGCUACUGGACGACAUGGGGAACUAUAUUGGUAUAAUCCCUGGUAUAGAUCAGAAAUAUAUGUGUUUGAGCACUCCAGGGAUGCUCGGCCUUGACCUUCCACAUUUUUCUGUCAUCUGUGUGUCUUGGCUAAAGGGAAAUUGAACAGGUCUAUGUGGCGUUUUCCAGAUCUGAUUGAAGUUAGCAUCCUCCCUUGGAAGACUUUGGAACAUAAGGAAAACAGUGGCAUUCUUGAUUUAUUGCGCUACGGAGCCCAAACCAGAUUCUCAAUGUUUUCGUUUCCCUAUGAAACUGGUCCUUCAUGCUUCCAUUUUAAAAUUAGGAAACCAUGUCUGGGAGAGACAUGCAUAGCCAGCAUACUUCCAUACUGCCGAUAUUUUUGAACAGGCUUCUGUCGCGUCUAACAAAUUCAGGCUGCACAACAGACGCUUGAUGUGGACCUCCGAAACAAAUUUUCCCCAAAGCCGAGACUUUUUGAAGUAAGGAAAGUGUUGGAUAACGAUGCAACAUUGUCUAAUCUCCCCACAGACAAAUCAGGCUGAAUGCCCAUUAAACAGGUUUCCUGGAAGGGACUCUGGUCUUAGGUGUGAAGUGUACGUUCUUGGGUUGCAAUAUAAAGUUCCCUCUUCUCUGGCAGGUUCAGCAUUUCCAGGAGGUGGCGGUACGCCUGCAGGCAGCCUAUGCUGGGGAAAGGGCCGUCGCUAUUCAGAAGCAAGAGCAGGAGGUGGUGAAGGCCUGGAAGGCCCUGCUGACUGCCUGUGAGGGGAGGCGGGCUCAGCUGGUUGACACGGCAGAGAAGUUCCGCUUCUUCAGCAUGGUCCGGGACCUCAUAUCUUGGAUGGAGAGUGUGAUCCGGCAGAUUGAAACACAGGAGAAGCCCAGGUAACAAGAUGGAAUGGGAAUGGACUCCCACCCCCACCCCUUUUUCUUUUCCCACCCAGAUGCUAGAGAAACCAUUUGCAGUUCCUGGCAUGCUGAUGCAACCCUCAAGAGCUGCUUACCAAGUUCAUAAUCUCCCCCCCCCCCUUUUUUUUAAUUCAGCCCUGUGAGCUGUAACAUUCUGGGAAGCAGCCUGGCUGGAAGCCAGUUGCACAUCACAUUUGCUGAUUCAGGCUUUGCAUGCCUUUGAGACUGGUUUUCAGGAGAUCUCCUACAACUUGAGAAAAAGUCCUUGGGCUUUUCAGCGCCGCUGAGGAUCCCUUGGGUGUUAGUAACGUUCUGCUGCUUGUUUAUUCUUCCAUUAUUUCCCCCGUUUAAAGGGAUGUUUCGUCUGUGGAGCUUCUGAUGAAACACCACCAGGGCAUAAAGUCCGAGAUAGACACCAGGCAGAAAAGCUUCACCACUUGCUUUGAUCUUGGCAAAGCCCUGCUGCAGCGCAGGCACCAUGCUGCAGAUGAGGUGAGGGCUUCCCAGCACAAGCUUUGUUGUGAGAGAUGACUAAUAUAUAUGCAAGACUGCAUUAAGCAUGGCUGCUCCCCACCUUAGGUUCCUGCGGGUGUAGAUGGAGGCACUGGCUUUCUGGAACUAAGGUGCUUCCUCCUUCAUCCCUUAGACCAGGUGGCAUUUAUGACAGAGCAGCCCCUCUCCCCCUCUGACAUUUUCAGCAACCCAUUCAGAAUUCUAUUUAGGAGAAGGGGAGCCUUUUUCACUCUGGGGAAUUCUCAUGAACAUCUGUGACAGAUGAGCGGGACGGCCUGCCUGACAAUCAUUAUGUCAUCAUAUGAGUGACCGGUAGUUUGUCCCAUCUACCUGUUGAAAUCCCUUAUGUGAGUUUCCCAAGCACCUGAGAGCCAGUUGGGAACCAUAGCACACAGGGCAUUGCCAGCCCUAUGCUUGGCACUUUGGAAAGGGAUGAGCACAGGCUGGCAAAGCACUUCUUUCUCCUGCCCGUCAGCUGAUGGGGAAAGUGGAAAGGAGUUCUCCAUUGCACAGUGCAUGCCUGCAACCUCACGGUGGGGGUGGGAUAUGUGCAUUGCUCCAAGAGGGGGAAGAGGAUCUGUGGAGGGUGCAAAAAGCAUGAAUAGGUAGGACAGUUCAGUGCCUACCACAUACAUGGAGCAAACUCUCAUUUAAAGACGGGGUCUGCUGCCAUGGCAUAAAACAUGGGCCUGAGCUGCUCCCUAUUUUGCCUGUGUUUUUUGCUCAUGCGCAGUAGUUUUAAUUGUCCCAAGAAACUACAGAAUGAAAAAUCCCCACACUUCAUUUAUAUUAUGUGAAUAUCUAAUAGGUAUUCCAUGCCUUCUGUCCACAACCCAGCACAGAGGGAAAUCUAAGGCACUUAGGUGUGCUUAGCUUUGAGCAUCUGCCCAUGUCAUCAUUGUUGUGUGCGUGCGCUGUCUUAGGGUUUCUUCUUGUAAGAAAGAAAAGCGGGAUUCGUGUAAGCAUUAUACAUAAUUAGAGCAGGAAACUCUGUGCACUUAACCUAACUGCCAUGAAACCUGUGGCAGGGAGGGAGAGAGAAAACUUUCCUUCCUUUUCUUUUAGAUAAAAGAAAAACUGAUGCAGCUGGCAGAGAAGAGGAGGGAGAUGGUGGAGAAGUGGGACAGGCGUUGGGACUGGCUUCGCUUGUGUAAGUAUCCCACAGGGUGUUUCCUAGGUGGGCUGACUGGAAUGAGGCUUUUCCACCCAAGUGGGCACUUUUCCAUGUAGGGCAAGGUCCAGCCAUCAGUGUGUGUGCAUCCUACAUGCUGAAUCAUGACCCUCUCUCUGGUUUCCCUUCUCCUCUUCACGCACCAGUGCUUGAGGUGUGCCAGUUUUCCAGGGAUGCCUCAGUGGCCGAGGCGUGGCUCAUUGCCCAGGAGCCCUAUCUCUCCAGCGGUGAUUAUGGGCAAACUGUGGAUGCUGUGGAGAAGCUACUGAAAAGACACGAAGCCUUUGAGAAAUCCACAGCCACGUGGGAAGAACGUUUUGCUGCCUUGGAGCGUCUGACCACAGUAAGUAGCCCACAGAAGGAAGAGCCUGCCAGCACUUUGUAUGGUUAACAAUAAUGGAAACCUACUAACCAAGCUGGUUUGGAAUACGGGGAUCCAACUGUUGCUUCUUAUUACUACAGUGGUACCUCGGUUGUCAAACGUAAUCCGUUCCGGAAGACUGUUUGACUUCCAAAACGUUCAACAACCGAGGCGCAAAGGGCGGUUGGCAAAGUCAAUGGAGAAAAAAGAAAAAAAUGCAGCGGAAGCCGUUUGACUUCUGAGGUGCAUUCGAAAACGGAAGCAAUUCGUUUUCGGUGUUUGGGUUCCAAAAUGCUUGGCUUCCGAGUUGCUCAAAAAUUGAGGUACGACAUUAGAAAGCCUAAUUUGUGUUUCAUUUUAUUUUAAUGUGAAGCUUUUCAAAAACACUUUCUUGAAUAAUCCUGCAGAGAGUAUUGGGCUGAAAAAUAAUAAUAAUUUGAAGAUGAAUAUACGUAUAUUUGUCAGUAAACAAAGCAUUGCUUUCAAUGCCUGUUAUAGUACCCUAAUGCCUUCUAAUACCUUUCUCAGUUAAACCAGUGCUAGACCCUAGAGCAGUGAUCUGGCAACAUAAAAGGCAAAUAGCACAGUGAAGUGCAAUAUGGGGGAAAUGUGUAGGUGUAGGAAAGGCAAAACUGACCCCUGAAGGGAUGGGGUAGAUGAAAAUGAGGUCACAGGUGCAACAGGGAAUGGGGAGUGGCCUCUUUCACAUCUGCCUAUACAAAACAAACCCACCCUGUCUGUUCUUUAAUAUUCCCCCCAAAAUAUUCUUUUUCAGCUUGAAUUACUAAGGAAUAGAACGAUUCCAGAAGACCUUUCGCAGCACAAAGUGGCUAGGACCACAGACCUGGAGUUUGACUUUGAGACAGAGCCUGAAACUGAGAUGGGGUAGGUUACAUGUAUGUAAGUUGCCCUUUGGGCUGUUACUUCCCUGAGUGUCAGCAGAACUCCAUCAAGAACAGGCCAAAUCCUCAAUUCCCAGACACAAGAACCACCCACCAACAGCGUCUCCAUUUUUUUAGGAUUCAGUUUCAGUUUGUUGGCUCUCAUCCAGUCCAUUACUGCCUCCAGACUCUGAUCCAGAGAUCAUGUAGCUUGCUGGACCUCUUCAACACUGCCUUAUCCACAUCUUUGGGUCACAAUAAGUGAAACUCCUCUCAUAACUCUGAAGAAGAUGGUGCUCUCAAUAUGAACAGUAUCAAUUGAUGUCCCAGGGGUGUAAUUCCACAAUUAGGAUUAACAUUUCUGUCCUAUGCUGGAGUGCAACCUGAGACUAUUUUUUGAGUCUGGUGUUUUGGCAGAGGCAACAGCUAUCUCGUGAGUGUAGAGUUGAUCUUUUUUGAGUUGGAAAGAAAAAAAAGGACUGAGAUGCUGCCCUCUUGUGGUUGUGAAAACUAUCUUACUUCACCUAGGGCUGAGAUUCCUAGUGUCUUUGUUGCCGUUCCAUACUGAGUUUGGUUGUAUGGUGUUGAGUUCUGGGUUUUGCAUGCACAUUAUUUACACAACUGGAAACGUCAGCUCCACACUCUUCACCGCUGCAAUUAUAUGGUUUUCUUUGUAUAGACACUAUAUAUAUAGUUUUUUCUUCUUUAAAAACACACACAAACAAACUUCAGCAGUAGGCUGUAUCUAAUUGGUGAUGUUGCACAGGCAAAGGGGCUUUUGAUCCAGCAGGAGGCAUGCACUAAUGGAAGAGGGUAGGCAAUUUUUGCUAAUUUCCUGCAGCUCCUCCCUCCCCAAUCUGUUCUGGAAGGUCCCUUCUCCACUAUUAGUGGACAUCUCUGCUCAAGCAAUAGCACAGGGAGGAUGAGUUAUUCUGCUCCAUGUUGUUUCCAUUUUAUAUACUGGAUUAUGUUCUUCUGUGUUUACUGUAGGCCUGAAGAAGAGAGGGAGAAGAAGGAGGAGUUAAGUUUAGAAGAUGCCGUUUCUCCUGAUGCAGAAGACUCAUCACUGGUCAGUUAUCAGUUUUAGUUCCUCCUUCCUGGAAACCUCCACAGCUUAAUUCAGUUAUCCAGUUUUGUUGCAUCUUUGUAAAAAUACACAAAAUGUAUUUUUCUGGCAAAAGAAAGAGAAAAAGAAUUCUCUUAUGUUCAGUUAUUUAGAACUUUAACUUGCAGUGCUCUUCACAGUCUUCUUCUUUGAUAAAUAUAGUAAACACCAGGAAAUUUGGAGCCAAUAUGUAUAUCUGCAAAAUGGAUCUGUUAAAUAUAGAUUAAUGUUACUAUUUUAAUAUGUACUUUCUCAACCUGGUGCUCUUGAGAUGUUGCUGGACUGCAGCUCCCAUCAUCCCUGUUCACUGGCCAUGCUGGGUGGAGCUGAUACUUAGCUGGAGUCCAGCAGCAUCUGGGAACCCAAGGUUGGGAAAGGCCGCUCUACGGUUCCCCCUAAAUUAUAUUUUUGCUGUAACAGAUCCUUCAUAGACACACUUGCGUAUAUGUUUUGAACUGGAGAGCUGCUGUAUUCUCAUUGAAGGAGCUACUGUAUCUGACGGUGUCUAAUGCUUAUAGCAAGGUGCACAGUUUUGACCGUACACGAUUAGACUGUUAGCUACACACAUUUCUCAGUUAGGAUCCUGGCAACAGCACACAAGCCUAGCAGUGUGCUUUUUGGAAUAGUUUCUGUGUCAGAAACCUUAAACCCAGGGUAUCGCAAGUAGUGUGACUAGAUGGAAAAGAAUAUAAGACUUCUGGUCAUUUAAUGGUGGUGUAGAGUAAGGCAUUUGUGCAGAAUAAUGUUGGGUUUAGAGAUCUAGAUGGAGGCACAAUAUCUGAUAGUUCUUGUAGAAAAAGUGUGAAGACAGGUAGAGGGAAGAGUAGAAACACUCUUAGCUUAAUCAGUGACCCACCUUCUCUGGAGUGAUUCCUGAGGCACUUUCCUCUUUACAGGCCUGAUCCUGAUCUCUUUAUAAAGCCAAAGAAGCUCCUGGCUUCCAAGUGAUUUUAAUUAGUCCAGCCGCAUCAAAUGAAUGAAUGUUUCAAAGAUACUCAUCACCUGAUCUCCCUGCUGUUCCUGUGGAGUCUUUCCUGUUCCCUACCCACAGCUCCGAAUGCUGUCUGGAUCAAGGAGUCAAAUGUUUAUUCGAAACCCAACUGUACCCAGAAGAGAGGGUUAUUCUAUAUAUAUUUUAUUUUUCAGGCAUUUGGGAAACCCUUUUGAAAAGAAGAUCUGAUCUGUCUGGGAACUUUGUAUCCAACUUGGCCUCUCUAACAACAUAUUUUUUGUACGUUGUUUUUAAUAAGCAUUUGCUUUCUUCUUUAUUCCACUCUGCCCUUUUAAGGAAUGAAGAUAGGCCUUGUUGUACUCAUGGUGAAAAGAAAGUGAUGAGCAAAAUUCCAGCAUGGGCUACUCAGGCCCACAUCCCAGGUUGCUCUAUUGUCUUAGGAUCCAAGUUUCAUUCUCUUGCAAAGGAAGAAUGUGUCAGGUGUAUUGAUGCAUAAGUCAAUACAUUUUCACGUGGUGCAAUGCAGUGGCCUGGUGAGAAGAAGAGUGGAGUGAUUGAGCCUACAGAAAUGCAUAAAAUACAACCUAUAGUUAGUGAAGAGAAAUCACAAGAUGGAAUUCAUGUCUGCAUUGCUGUCUUUGUUAGCAAUUUAUAGAGUGACCUUGCCCUUCCUGGAAAAGUGGGUUGCUUUUUGUGCUUGUAAAAUGGAAGAUCAUGGGCAACGAAUGGACGAUGAUGAAGGUGCUGUGAUCAUGACCUAAAAAAGAACCGUACCUAAAAGAUUUCUUCCUAUGUAGCUGUGAUACUAUUAAUCUUACAGGUGCUUCCAGAAACAUCAAAAUGAAUUGUUAGGACAAUCCCUGCUAUACCAGAGGUACCCAAACUCAUGGAAACUCUUAAUUCUUUUUUUUUUAAAGUUGGGCUUACUUUAUGACGCAGGGUGCCCCCUGACACACAGGUACAAAGGAAGACCUGUGGCAAUGCACCUCAGCAUAACAUGCCAACAAAAAGCAGUUCUGUGGUUGCUUUUCACUUUUGCUGUAAAUCAGGUCUGAAGAACUUAUGGCCCUCAGAUGUUGCCAAACCACAUCUCCUAUCAAACUGACUCAUUGGCCAGCGACAUCUAGAGGUCCACAGGUUCCCCAUCCCUUUUGUAAAUGGAGGUUUGUUACUGCAGAUAGAUGUGGUAGUAGCUCUCCUUCCACAUGUACCUCUUGACGUGAUUCAGAGGCACUGUGGCUUCACAAAAUAAGCCCAAAACAUGCAGUUAAAGUUUCCCUAAGCAACAGAAGCACAAUGCAGCCAAUAAAUGUUCUAUUUUGUUCUAAAAAGGCUCAUUUGUUGGAGUGUGAAGACACAGUAUUAAGGCACAGUAAUCUCAGUCCUGCACACUCACCCACAUGUGUGCAUCCACAUCCAUUUUCAUUUUGUAUUUAUCCAAGGCAGUUGUGUAUCUGAACAUCUAAAAACUCCACAAGUAUUUACACUGGGAGGCACAAGCCAUCAUUCCGAGAGGAUCGGUCUUCGCCACAUACACUAAUCAGGUCUUUCCUCCUACAUGAUGAUUGAUAGGUGCUUCCUCAUUAACAGUGCAAGACACGCAGCUCAUCAGAUAAUCUGCAGCCAGGCCCUUCUUGCUGCCAACUUUUUUCCACUGCUCUUACUCAUCCCUGUGCUGUCCAGCAAAAUAUCCACAACUCUGCCAACACUUUUGUUGCUUUCUGUAAGCCUUUGCGCUUCUCUGUGCCAUUGUUUCUCUCAGCCUUCUUUCACUUUCCCCCUUCUUCUUAGUCUUACUGCUCUUUCCCCCCCACCCUUAAGCAGCUUGCUUACAAUAUCUUGAAAAUUUUCUUUGUGUCCUGUUGCCGCCAGCUUAAUAUCUGAAGACAGACUUUCAAUGUGCCUUUAAUGGACAAGUCAUCCAAAGUACUCCCUGGGAGUAAUUAUUAUUAUUAUUACUCCCUGGCUCAAUCUGUGCCUGUCACCCCUCUUGUGCUUUUUCCCAUGCAUACUUGCCUCUUUCUUCCCAGAAUACAUGAGCCUCCUUCCAUUCUUGCCCCGCAGGCUUUGGGCCAUACUUGGAAGUGGGGUGCCAAGCAGCACUGACGUCUUCUCUGAACUUUUGUUCAGAUCAGCUGAUGCCAAGGCUCCACCUCUGCAGUAAGUGCCUGUCUGAAACAGCCUCUCCAGUGGUCAAGCCAUUUUGCACAACCAGAUGAAUGAUUGGUCACAUGUAAGCCUGGCAAUAGAAUGGGACCUUGGAGCAAUCCCUUGCAGGUUCGCUGUUAAGGAUAAAUCCUGGAGGCCUGGAGCAGUGUUUUGAAGGAGGCCAUCCUGCCAAAAAAAGAGAAGGGAAUCUCUGCUGCUGCUGUUGCUGCUUUUCUCUCAUAUCUGCUUCCAUCCAGCCUUUUCUACUAACUUAGUGACAAUUACUGGCCUUGACAUUUGUGGCAAUUGGGUAUGCACGCUACACACUGCAAAGUAAGUUGUGGCUAAUCACAAAAGAAGGCAGCAACUUGAAGCUGCUGUUUUCUCAGUACACAUGCUUGCAACAAACCCUCACUUGUAAGCAUUUUGUUCCGCAGGCAAUUCAGAAGCCAUUUUUCUUAAGUCUCCUGGGGAUUGACUGUUCUGUAAUAUCAGUUUUCUUCUGGGACCGGUUUAUUGUAACCAUCCACUCUCUGCAGAUAUUUAAGGUCUUGGAGCUUUGCUGCUCUCUGUGGAAUAGCUGAUCACUGUCACAGUAGCAAAGGCCAAGUGUCAGGAUAAGGUGCCCUGCAAAAGAGUGCUUUUGAGAAAACAAGUCUUUGUGGAGCUGUUCACAAAGUUGAGUUUUUAUGGAUUCCUGCAGGCAUUGGGACAGCUUGCUCCAUACUUUGUCAUGUUCACUGUGGUGCACCAAGAAGGCCUGUUGCAAUGAGAUAAGGAGGGCAGAGGGUACCAGGAAAAGGAAGCACAGCUGUAGUUUUUAUAGUCAAACGGUUUAGAUUUUUCAGGUGUUUCUGUCACAGCACUGAAAAAUAACUGCACUCAGGAAUCGCAGCCAGCCAGCAGAUGCCAGCACGAAAGGACAAGGCACCGGACCUAAGAUUGGGGCAGGGACGAUUAAGACUGAGGAACACUUUGCUAGGGGCUACCUUUGGAUAAAUUAUUUAUUCCACUAAUUUAGAUUUUUAACACCCCCUCUACCAGAGACUCAGUUGUUGAGCUGUGGCGUCUAGGUGUAUUUUGCCAUGUGCCUCAAAUCAAAAAGAGUUGCGCAAGUUUUGGGGGGGAUUACAUUCAAAACUGUAGAAGCAAGAAGCGCUUUGCUAAAAAGAUUCCUCAGAAGUCAUACAUGAAGUUGCCUCAGGUAGCCUAUUUAUUUGUCCCUGAAGCACUUUUUAGCCUCCCCCUAAAGCUGGGUUAGGAGUUCUGUGGCCAUCCAAAUGUUGCUGGGCUACAGCAUCUGAAGGACCACAGGGUCUCCACCACAGCCAUAAAGGCCAGGUCACAAUUGAUGAAAUGCGUGUCUCAUUCCUAUAACUUGCCAUGUUAUGACAAAGCAGCUUUCACUGUUGUUGUGAUCAUGGCAGGAAGCCUUGAUUAGCAGGGGUUUCCUACAGCGUGCUUACGUGGUGAAAUAGGCACCUGUGUCCUUUUAUCACAAAAUUUAUUCAUACAACAAAUGGUGAGGAAAAUACUCCCCCCCCCCAAGCAGGCAAGCUUUUGACAUUUUGAAAAGUAUACCAUGGAGUUAUUGAAGAUCUCAACAAAAUAAGUUCUGGCCUUAGCACCGCUCCAUUAGAAGUCAGCAUUGGUAGGAAGACAAGAAGAAUAGAAUCCUACCUUUGGCAUCAGGCCCAGUAAUUUCUCUGACCUGGCGCAAGCACAGAUCUACUGGUGUGCUUUACAUUCAAUGUGUGAUGCCAAUGCAGAAUUAGCCAGUAUAACCUAAAGAGCCUUUGGCCAACCUGGUACCAGCCAGAUGUUUUGGACUACAACUCCCAUCAACCCCAGCUAGUGGGCACCAAGUUGGUGAAGGCUGCCCUGCACUACUCUGCACAGCUGGCUGAAUGUUGGAUGCAUGCAGGGGGUAGUUACACUGUGUGGUCCAAGUACAGAUGUCUUAGGCUGCACUCCUGGCCACACCUGGCAAUGUUCUAUUGAAGUUAAUGGAACUUAGGCACCCAUAAGAUAGAGCUGUCAAUAUUUUCCUGGCACCUAAGCAUGCUGUUGGCUCCUGAGUCUUGAGUUUAGUGCCGUUGCUUACCCUGGGGUUCGUUCCAGCUUUGUGGUUCUAUGGUUACAUUCUGCACUUAGACCCACAAUCACACAAUGCACUUGCAGCUCUCAAUGUUGCAAACACAAAGGAAAUUCAGUUGAUAAGGAAGUUCUUCUACCAGUUAUUCAAAGGUAAGUCCACUAGGCCUCAAUGGGGCUUAUAUACUUGCAAACAACAGCAGCAUCAUAAACCUAUUCUGUGGUAACAAAAGCAAAUCUUAACCAAAAGAGUUUUAAUUAUCUUUCUGAAGGCUGGGAAGGGAGUCUGUGAGCCUGGGCAGCACAACCACGAAGUUAUUCAUCAAGCAACCUCAAAUGAUAGUAGGGUGAACAGCAGAGCAUCCCAGAGGAUCUUAAAAGGAGGGCAGAAUCAUGAGUGGGGAGCAGAUAGCCCUUCAGAUUUCCCUGACCUAGACUAUAUGUGGCUUUAGAGGUUAUAGCCAGGGAUUAAUUGGGUUUGGACACAUGCCGCAAGCCAGUGCAAAAAGCAAUACAGUCAAAUGCUCCAAAUAAAAGACCUCUAGUAAUUGCCUGAUAUUCUGAGCCAGCUAUAGUUACUGAACAGUUUUCAAAGGCAGCCUCACAUUAGAGUGGCCCAAAGUAUGUGUGGUAGUGGCCAGAUCCCCCCUUUUCUGGAAGGGACUGCACCUGGCACACUAAGUGAAGCUGUGUGGGCCCACUCCUGCCCAUGGCUGAACCAUGCCCCUCCAAGCACUAGCAAACUGAAUAAUCACUCUCUGGUUAGCUUUCCAGCUGACCAUAAGAACUCUGUCUCACCUGGUUUAAAUUUUAUGUAAAACUGGGAGCAAUAUUGCAGUCAAAUAUUACAAACCAGCUUACAGGUUGCCUUCAUGAGCUCAGAUUAUGUCCACCAUAGAUUCGUGAUAAAUAGUUUCGCGCAAGUGUGAAACCGACAGCUGCAGUUUCCACAGGAAUGAAACAACUGCAUAAAUUGGUCCUUGGAUGUGACCAAGGACCCUUUCCAACAUCCUCUAUUCAGGCUUUCAACAUUGCAGCUAUGUUGGUGACUUGUGUGGUGCUGGAAGUGUGUUGGACAGGAACGACGCUGAGACUCACAUUGCAUAUCUGUGCUACACCUUUGUAGCAGUAUUAUAUCAGUUUAACGGUCAUGGCUUCCCCCCAAAGAAUCCUGGGAAUUGUGGUUGCUGCUGAGAAUUAGCUAUUAAGAGAUCCCUACCCACUGCCCCCCCCAACAAAACCUCAGUUCAGUGGAGAGCUGGGAUGACAACUGAAGCCACUUUAGGUGUCCAACUAUAUAUUGCAGAGAAUACCUGGAUGUUAAGGACAUCCCCCUGCCAACAUACAACUCCCGGUAAUGUUUGUUAAAAGAAAAGUGGUGUCAGUAUUUCCCUGCCCUUACUUAGACUUUCACUUGUAGAGAGCAGGGAUAUGCAGAAGAACACAAUGGCAUCAUCCCAUAUGUUCUUUACCAAAUAUUACCAGGAAGAUGAGGCAGGAAUGAGAUGGGUCAGCAACAUCUACCUGUCCCCUGUAAUAUUUGGUUGGACCUUAACAUUGUAAUGUAGGUCUACAAUGUCCUCCAUGGAAUUAUCACUUCUAGGCAGUACCAGGCUGAGCAGAUUUGCCAUCAACUUGUUUCUAAAGUGACUUUGGGCAGGGUGCUUAUCUCUGCAUUCCCUGGCGGCUAUUGCUCUUCUAUGGGAUCGCACAUGCCUAACAGAGACAUUACAAUAUGCUCUCCUUAGCUGUGCUGUGGACUAUUGACCUCGGUUCCUUUUGCUUCCUUUGACCCACUGAAUUGGAGGCAUUAUGAGAUGCAAAUAUAAGCCUCAAGAAGUGCCUAAUGUUGCUGGCUUUAUAUGCCCCUACCGACACAAAGCACUUCUCUGUCCCUCUUGCCCUGUAGCAGCUGAUCCAUUUAGGCAGCUUGGAAUCGUAAGAACAUAAGAGGAGCCUGUUGAAUCAGGUCAAAGGCCCAUCUGGAUGCUCUCACAGUGGCCACCCAGAUGCCUUUGGGAAGCCCACACGCAGGACCUCCCCACUUGUGAUGUCCAGCAAGUGGUAUUCAAGAGACACACUGCCUCUGACAGAGAAGGUAGAACAUGGCCAUCGAUAGCCUGAACCCCCUAGGAAUAUAUCCAGUCCUCUUAAGGUUAUCCAAGUUGGCCACCACUACAUCUUGUGGAACAUCUAAAACCAACUCCAGUCACUGUACAGCCUAUGGUGGUUCCAAGCCAAGAUCAUCAGUUGUGUGGACCAUUGCAAACCAAAGCAUCCUUGUGCAUCUGGAAUGAGGGUCCUUGCAAGUAAAUGCCAAUCUACACAUUCAGAAAAAUCACAUGACACAGUCUGUAAGGCACUACAAUACUGGUGUGGAAAUUCCACAAUGGAGUGUUCCCUUGUGGCAAAAACACUGCUUACACAAAGAGUGCUAUUGUGUUAGGAAGACAGGAUCUAAACCUGUCUGGCAUGCUGGUUAGCUAGACAUGCGUCAGAGAUUUUGUAUGUCAGGAAAAUACUUAAACAUGCAAACUCCACCGGUGCCCUGAUGUAUGAUACCAGGGAGGCUGCACUAUAUCAUUUCCCCAAGCAUGUAGCUUGGUACUGAAAAACUGGACAAUAGGAUCCCAGAGUGGCUGGGGAAACAGCCAGAUGGACUGGGUAUGUAUGUAUGAAUGAAUGAAUGAAUAAAUAAAUAAAUAAAUAAAUAAAUAAAUAGUAUUAUUAUUAUUAUUAUGGGAGAGCUGAGCCCACUGGUUUCUGCAGGAUUAAUGUUUGAGUUGUGCCCAUUCAUCCUUUUCAUUAGGGAUUCCCACUUAGCCCGGGUAAAUUACUGAAAUGUACUGCUGGUGGAUGAUGGUUGAAGGACUUGUCUGUGAAUUGAUAAUGUGCCUGGCUGAUGUUAUUGUUGAUGGAAAAGAGAGGGCACUAGGAUUUGUCUCAGGCUCAGUCCUUUGGUUUGUGGUUGACUGCUGGUCAUGAGUAGGGAUUGCAUGAGUAGCUAGCUGUCCAGCUACCCAACAAUCUAUCAUCCAAAGGUUGUCUCGUGCUUCAAUAGACUCUCCGCCUUGCUGCCCUGUAUGCUCAGAACUGCCUCCCAUAACAUGUACAUGGUGACACCUCUCUUACUUGAAAUCCCUCAUCAGAAGUACAGUGGUGCCUCGCAAGACGAAAUUAAUCCGUUCCGCGAGAGUCUUCGUCUAGCGGUUUUUUCGUCUUGCGAAGCAAGCCCAUUGACAGAUUAGCGCUAUUAGCGCUAUUAGCGGUUUAGCGGCUAUUAAAGGCUUAAAGGCUUAGGGAUUAGCUGCUAAAAGGCUAUUAAAGGCUAUUAAAGGCUUAGCAGAUUAGAUAAAGGGGGAAAGCGAAAAAAAUCUCAAGACUCGCAAGGUAUUUUCGCCUUGCGAAGCAAGCCCAUAGGGGAAUUCGUCCUGCGAAGCAACUUCAAAACGGAAAACCCUUUCGUCUAGCGGUUUUUCCGUCUUGCGAGGCAUUUGUCUUGCGGGGCACCACUGUAAUAUUUUCUGCCCACAGUCUUUAGCACAAACAUACUAUUUCCUAUGUAUUCCACCUAGUGGUGCAGCAAUAAAACUGCUAGCACAUUUGCAAAGCUCAGCAGGGUCUAGUAUGCUUUCAAGUUGGAUGGGUGACCACGUCUUCAGAUUCCAGCAUUGCAGGGGGGUGGACUUAUAUGGCCUUUGCGGUCCCUUCCAACUCUAUGAUUCUAUGUCAUAAUGUAGCCUGUUGGCUAAUUAAGCCUAACCAUGUGUAUUUGAAACAACCAUAUAUUCCUUCUCUGCUAACUUCUGCAGCUUUUCCUUUCAUAUUCUCUAAAGUAUUAUGCACACUGAUGGGGCUACGUAAAUCAAUGCAUGAAAUAUAUUGCUGUCUGUAGACUAUUACAAACUUAACCUUCUUUGAAAUAAUGGUCAUUUCCCAGGAGUAGUUGUAGACCCUCUAAGACGGCUUUACCCAACCUCGUACCUUAUUAUUAUUAUUAUUAUUAUUAUUAUUAUUAUUAUUACCCUGCCCAUCUGGCUGGGUGGCUUCCAACAGAAUAUUAAAAUACAAUAGUCUAUUAAUCAUUAAAAGAUUCCCUAAACAGGGUUGCCUUCAGAUAUCUUCUAAAAGUCUGGUAGUUGUUUUUCUCUUUGACAUCUGGUGGGAGGGCGUUCCACAGGGUGGGUGCCACUACCAAGAAGGCCCUCUGCCUGGUUCCCUGUAACUUGGCUUCUCACAGCGAGGGAACCUCCAGAAGGCCCUUGAAGCUGGACCUCAGUGUCCGGGCAGAACGAUGGGGGUGGAGACGCUUCUUCAGGUAUGCUGGACCGAGGCCAUUAAGGGCUUUAAAGGUCAGCAUCAACACUUUGAAUUGUGCUCAGAAACGUACUGGGAGACAGUGUAUGUCUUUCAAGACCGGUGUUACGUGGUCUCGGCGGCUGCUCCCAGUCACCAGUGUAGCUGCCACAUUCUGGAAUAGUUGUAGUUUCUGGGUCACCUUCAAAGGUAGCCCCACAUAGAGCACAGUGCAGUAGAGAUAACUAAAACAAGAGCGCAUUGCAAUAGUCCAAGCGAGAGAUAACUAGAGCAUGCACCACUCUGGCGAGACAGUCUGUUUUGGACUAGGGCUCCCAUUAGCCCCAGGCAGCACGGUCCAGCUGGCUCAGGCUGAUAGGAUUUGCGUUCCAAAACAUCUGGAGGGCACGAGGUUGGAAAAGGCUGCUUUAGGAUGCGCCAGCAGGAUUUUAGAGCUCAUCCACACUUACCUUUGCUUUGCAUUUGUAGGCACAGGUUCAAGCUUUCCAGAUCUAGAUCUGAACUCUUUGUUUUUUGCCCCAUGCUUUCCCUGCGAAACCCACUGAAUUGGAGCAAACAGCAAUCCGCUGAAACCCAAAUUGCCAUUUGCAUCUAUUCAGUGUCAAAGAGUGGAUUUUCCUGGGUGAAGUACUCAGACAUGGACUGGGAAAGUGGGGGGGGGGGAUGGGAUGGGAUGGGUGAGUUUCAAACUACUGAUUCUCUGUGACUUUACUGUUGCUAUUUAAAGCCCAGUGUUCAGGUUAUCCACUGAGAUCACUGCAUCUACAAUCAGAUUUUAGGUGUAGGUUUUAAAAAUAAAGCAAUAAUAUAGUAUUGGUGGUGUUGGCUGCCACCCCCCUACAUACACACACACACACACACACACACACACACACACACACACAGGCUUCUCCAUGUACCCAAAUAGUACAGGCAGGAACUUGGUUGCAGUGGCAUCUCUUUUUUACAAACAUAAUUUGAGUAAAAGCCUUGAGAUGAUAAGUGUGGUAGAAUUUUGCAAGUGAGGGGUUAUAUUUUGAUUCCUUCCCUUCUGAAAAAGCUCCCUGCAUGUAGUAAGGGAGAGGGCUAUACAAAGCAAUCCCCACUGCUGUGCCAGGGGACCCUGUGGAGUGGUGGGCAUUCCAAUAUAUGCUUCCCUUCUGCCCUCUGAAGUGGCAAGGUACAGCAUUUGCUCACUACAGUCAACUGCCUCGGUCUACAUAAUGUGAAGAAGGACUCUCACUUCCUUCCAUGGAAUGGUGCAAAAGUCAGAAAAACACACACACCAUCUUGAAUGGUUCUGUUUUUGGUUAAACAAGUUGUCCCUCUCGUGCAGAUGCAAGAAAAUGAGAAACCACAUCACAAAUUGGUUUCGGAAGAGCUGCCCGAGGAAAAACUGCCUGAGAUGGAGAUCAGAGUGGUUGGUGAGGAAACUUCCACAAAGGAAUCCCUGUUCAACGUGGUCCAGACCCCUGUGAGCGAGAUCGAUGAGACAGCCACCCUUCCUGCACAGCUGGAUAGAUCUCACAGCGUACAACUUGAGGGCUACCUAGGACGGAAGCACGAUAUAGAGGCACCUAACAAGAGGGCUUCUAACAGGUACAGUUGAAUCUUUGCAUGGCUUCUGGGCUGGUCUCUUGUAUGAAGAAUUGGCAACAGCUUCCCUAAUUAACAUACACAGCAGCCAUUGCCUACCCGGUGCCUUCUGGUUGUUUGGAACUACAACUCCCAUGAUCCAUGACCAUUGGCUAGGCUGAUGGGAAAUGUGGUGCAAAAUUUCUGGAGGGUACCACACUGACAAAGGCUGCUUUACAGAGUUGCUGUUACUGGGGGCCACAGGCAGGUAGGUCUCUACUGCAGGACAAAUGAAAUGAAGUCAAAUCCUAUGAGUUCACAACAGAUAGAGGCAAAUGAUGAAGAUUAUAUAGGUGGCGGCACCAGCAUUGUCGCCCCUGCAUGCGUGAAAGGUUCUUGGUACGUUGGGCUUUAUGGACAGGAGAGGUGAAAAGCUUUCCUGCAGUGUAAGGCCCAUGCUGGCAAAGCCUUUGUGCUCGAGAGGAGAUUGGGGCCGAAGCGAGUCUGGUUGUUGCGAGACUUUUCUUAGCAUGACUGUAGCAUUUGUGGCAUCCAGAUGCAGGAGUACAGCACUUCAGGAGCCCAGUGAGGUCAGCUCAAAAAGGCAAUAUCCUUAAAUUCAAGAACAAGGUGUGGUCCACAGUGCCUGUAAGUCAGGGGUCGGCAAGGUUUACCUCGUCUGGGCCAGUUCGCUCCCGCGGAGAUCGUUCUGUGGGCCAGAUCACGUCUGCGCAGACACGAUUUUUGGCAUCUGAGCAUGCGCAGACACAAUUUCUGGUACCAUGGAAGUGAGUCCCCGCUCUGCCCUGCGCUGGUUUAGCGUAGAGCCCGGGGACUCGCCGAGCAGGCGGCUCGGUUUGGGGACGGCUCAUGAGCCAUUUAAACGACCCCGUGGGCCUCUUGUGGCCCAGGGCCGCAGGCUGCUGACCCCUGCUGUAAGUCCUUACAAGUAUCUUGAACUAUUUUAGCCCAAACAGGUGGAAUCUGACACUUAUUGGCUGGUUGUGCCGCUGUCUCAUAGUUGCACGGAUAUGCUGUGGAGGAUAGUUGGGAUAUGCUCUGGAGGUUAUCACCUUCCUCAAACGCUGAAACCAUUGCAUACCAAACACUGGAUUUUAGGCUUUCAAGAAAAACUCCUAGUCAUUCAUUUUAAGCACCAUAGAGUUUAUUUUGUUAAAUUCUCUGACCACUUACAGUGAUCAAAAAAGAUGGCCAAACUCACAAUCUUCUCUCUAGGAUAUUUUUAUUAGACACAGAAACGUCCAGCUGGUCUUGGCAUGUUCUGUUUCAUUUUGUUCUCUUAAUAGACACUCCUGAACAAAGAUCCUUUUAGGAAUAAGUCUCUUUUGCUUUUCUUUCUCUGAAAGAUCUUUUGUUUUGCCUUCUACAAAAAAAUCAUUUAAAAAAUAUAUAUAUUCAGGUAUAGCUUUUGCCCCUCCUGGGGAAUACAAUAAUAAAAAUGUUCUUCCGACGCAAAAAGUUAAAUCUGAUAUUUUAAAAAACUAGUUUUACCAAAGACACUAAUAGCAAAUUCUAUUUAGGAGACCAAAAUCAAACCCUGUUUUUCUGAUUCUAGAAAAUGAGCUAGGAAUGAACAAAACAAAUCUUUUGAGUCUGAUGCCGGGGGGGAGUCAUGCAACACAAUCCUAUGGAAGUUUACCCAGAAGCGAGUCCUGUUGUGUUUAAUGGGCUGUGUUUCGGAUUGCGGCAUGCAGCAUCAGAAGAGUUUGUGUCCCCUAUUGUAAGCCGUGUUUCUUCUUGGCAGGUCCUGGAAUACGUUAUACUGUGUGCUCAGAAACAGUGAGCUGACCUUCUUUAAGGAUGCCAAAAGUUUGGCUUUGGGUGUGCCUUACCACGGAGAGGAGCCUUUCCGGCUGAAGAAUGCCUUCUGUGAAGUAGCUGCUGGUUACAAGAAGAAAAAACACGUCUUCAAGUUGAGGUAAGGCCCCCAACAGCUUUCCAAAACUUUGUUCCAGUGUGAGCCAGUUUGGGUCAAACUCUAAGGCAGACAGUCUCUGGCCAUAAGAUUGCUGUAGAUCCUUUAGCAAGAUAAGCUUUCUGGGUAUAGGCAAUCUUCCGUCUGAACAGCCAAGAGGUUAUCUGGGGAAAUGGUGCCUUUCAAGGUGUGACUCAAGAGUGGAACGCAUAUUUUAAGGUCAUGAUUUCUGGAAAAUGUUUACUCAGUCCAAAGUGAUGAACACAUAAGAGAACUCUUUGUUGCAUCAAACCACAGGCCCAUCCAACCCAACAUCCUGUUUCCCACAAUGCAACCAAGAUGCCUAUGGGGAGCCCACAAACAAGGCAUGAGCACAAUAGCUAAUCCCUGCCUCUGAUCCUGGAGGCAGCAUACAGCCAGUGUGCCUUAUUCCCUGUGCAUUUGUCCAAUUCACAUCCAAAAUUAGGUUGAUAGCCACCAACAGCUCUUGUAGCUGUGAGUUCCAUAGUUUAACUAUGCAUUGUGUGAAGAAGUGCUUCCUUUUGUCUGUCCUAUAUCUACCACCAUCCAGUUUCCCUGAGUGAUCCUGGGUUUCCAGGGAAAUGGGGGGGGGGCACAUGACACACUUCUCUUUGUCUUUUAUACGCCACCCCAAACAUGGGCGUAGCUAGGAUUUCUGUUGGCGGGGCAGAACUGACGCGAUUGGUCAGUUAGUUAAGUAUUUCUAUUGUUUUACUUGAUCUAGGGUGGGGCAGCUGCCCCCCCCCCCGGCUACAUCCAAGACCCCAAAUGUUGUAACCUUUCCUUCUAGGGGAGUCCCUCCAGCCCCUUGAUAAUUUUGAAUCCCCUUUCCUGCAGCUUUCCCAGGUUGAGUUACUGAGAUGCUCUUUAGUUAAUCCAUCUCAGCCUGUUACACAAGAAAUCCCUCCAGACACCAGCAUUUCCCCCUUUUAUUCAUUGUGUGCUUCUCUUGUUGCCUCAGAUCUUUUUAGUGCACUUUGGUACAUUAAUUAAAACACUUAUUUGCCAGAGUCACCGCAAACUGUUUGUUUGCUUAUGAUGACCUUUAUAACCUGCCCUUCCUCCCAAACGAGCCCAGGGCAGAAUUAGUUCGUUGAGCAGUUUGUAUGCACUGUGUUUGCUCUUCACAAGUUGCACAUACUGUACAAGAUUGUGAGGCAGGGCAAGGGAGUUAAACGAGGUGAUGUUUUGGUAUCUUCCAACUCCGUAAUGAUUUGGUUCUUAAAGCAUGCAGUAGCACAUAUUUGCAUUUCUCACUGUAUUCAGAGAAGGGUGACAAAGAUGUUGAGGGGCCAUCUCUGUAGAAAGGUUAAAGGAGUUUAGCCUGGAGAAGAGAUGAUUGAGAGGUGAAAAGGUAGCCAUCUUCAGAUAUUUGAGGAGCUGUCGCAUAAAGGAUGGAGUAGAUCCCCCCUCCCCUGUUAACUCUAGUGGAAUAGGAUCUGAACCAAUGAUUCAUUAAAGGAAUUUUUGACUAAACCUUAGGAAGAAACUUCCAGGCAGUACAAGUUGAAACAAUGGCAUGGACUAUCAUAGAAGGUGUGGACUCUCCUUCAUUAAAUGUCUUUAAGCAGAAGCUAGAUAGUCACCUAUCAAGGAUGCUAUAGCAGUGGAUUUUCUGCAAUGUCAGGUUACACUAGAUUUCUUUUUGAAGUCCCUUCGAACUCUCAGUGUGGACCUCCUGACAAGAAGAGCAAACUCUUAGAGUCACCCUUUUAAAGUCACCCUUCGAGCCAGGUAACUUUUUUUAAAGUGUAUUAUAUAAUGAUUUUUGUACUUUGCAGACUCAGCAAUGGGAGUGAAUGGCUCUUCCAUGGCAAAGAUGAGGUAGGUGUUGUCAUAAAUCCUGGGCUUAAGAAAUGAACCGUAAGUGUGUCACUGUUUCCAUGUACUGAAGUAAAUGGUACCACUUUGCAUCAUACUGUUUUGCUAAUCAAAGCUUUGGCACGGCUGGGCCACUAACCAUGACUGCUCAUUGAAUCAGCAGUCAAGUAGAGCUAGGGUCACACCCACUUGACGGCGUGGGAAGGAGCUGGAAUAUAUUUAGGUUUUCAUAAGGUAGGAGAGAAGGAGUUUGUAUUUCAUCAAAUAACUAUUUUAAGUUACUAGAGCUGGCUAGCAAAAUGCCACCUUGGGGCUUGCUGUUGCUUUUUGAGGACUGAGAGUAUUAAGACUAGUAGCACCUGUGUGUCUGCUUGCAUCUCAACUGCUCUACCUAUGUAUAUAUUUGAAUUACCAGAUAUUAGAGGGAAAACUCAAGUCUCCUAUAUUCUCAUAAGGGAAAUUGCCUUUAAAUGACUGUUCCUGGAACUUUGGGGAAGUCAGGAAAGCUCAACAUUCUAUUCAGAGCCAACUGAAUGGCUGCAGCCAUAUGUAGAAAUACUGGCAUUAGAUUGAAAUGCCAUGUGGAAAGCAGCUAACAUUGAUUUCUAAUAGAAAAGGAAGCAAAAUAAAACGGGUUUCUAGGUAGGGUUCCGUGAGUAGAAUUAAUGUGCAACCUUUUUUUAAUAAGAAGAUUGAGGCUGCAAUCCUAUGCCCACUUACCUGGGAGUAAGCACCAGUGAACUUAAUUGGGCUCACUUCUAAGUAGACACAUAUAGGCAGUGCUUUUUUCUGGGGGUACACAUACCCUUAAACAUUUUGUGACUCACUGAGGGGCAGUACUUCAAUAUGAGUAGGAAAAUGAGAGUACCCCUAAACAUUUCUUUUUAGAAAAAAGCACUGUAGCUGAGUAUACAUAUCUACUCAGAUGUAUAAAUCCUUAUGUGUGAACUUGGUAAUUGAAUUUAUUGGCUUCUUAAUCUAUUUUGAAUUGUUCUGCUUUAACUUUUUUUCCUUCCUUAGUUCAAUGUGUUCCUGCCCCUCAGCUUUUCUCUGGGGCAGCUAGCCACAACCAGCCAAUAUUUUGGAUGUUUUUGAAGAAACAUUUAAAAAUGUAGAAAGUACAUAGUCAAAACUGCUGAAAUGUAUUUUUGCCUUUUCUUUUGGAAACAUUGCUUUGGGUAGCAAUUGGCAACUGAAGUGUGUGUAAACCGGAUUUUGUUGUUGGCAGGAUGAGAUGCACACCUGGCUUCAGGGCUUCAGCACAGCAAUAAUUGAAUCCCAAAGCAUUAAAACCAAGGCCCAAAGCCUGCCUCUGCCUUCCAUCACUACCAUGGACGUGAGUCUGACCAAGAAAGACAAAGAGAAGAGAUUCAGCUUCUUUCCCAAAAAGAAAUAGCUAGACAGGUGGCUUGGUCCAGCCAGAUGCCUAUGUUCUACUGUGCAUAAUGGGGGGGAAACCUGCAUGUCUGAGUGUCCCUGGGCACUCCUGGCACCACUCAAAACACUGUUCUCAUCUCCACAACACAGCCUUGCUUCUCAUUUCCCACCACAUCCUCAUCUCUCUCCCCCACACAACCCAGGGCAUCAAGCCAGUGUUUCAGGUAACAAGGCAACAUCCCUGCUGCAAGCAGAGCUGCGAGGUGUGUGUCCUUGGUUGGUUCAUUGGAAGUGCAGAGUUCAGCAAGGCUGACCUUGUGCGUGAUCAUGCUUUGCACACCUCUCUGUGAACAAAGAACUGCUUCAGGGGAGAAGACAGUGUGUCGAUUUCAGGGGCUUUUUAUGGAAGGAGUGAAGCAGGAACCUAGCCCACCCCAAAAGGGAAGUGAAUGAAAACCAUGAUGGCUCUGGAGCAAUUCUGCUUAUCUCGGAGGUUGGGGAAACUACGUCCUCAGCUCAUUGCCAAAAGCCCUGGUUCCCAGAAGCUGCUUUCCCAAUUUGUCCGUUGGAAUAGAACCGUCAUGUGGAAUUUCACCGUCAUCUAUAGCACAGGCACACCAUGCAUCAAGAUCCAACCCUCAUGCUGGAAGUCAGUUUUCUCUUUUCAGCAGGUCUGAUGCUCUUCUUUGCAGGGGCAUCUGCGACGUACGCACACACGCAUGCACAAUACCGUGUCACAAAGCACAGAACUUUCUCACCAAAAGGUUCCACCCAGAGUCCACUGCGUUGGUGGCGGGAUCCUUGCUCGAUUAUAAAUGAAUCAGGGUUGCAACCAAAGAGGAGAGCAUGACCCACAUUCAGACUUCUGCACUAAAUUGGUUAGAAUGGAGACGUGUUAGAAAUGUGUGUGUGUGUUUGUGAAAAAGUGAGGAAGUUUGCUCACCCGCUGCAAGCACUAGGAAUACAGCGAAGCUGAAGUUAGUUGCAGCUACGCCCCACUGAGAAGCAGCCUGUUCGGUUUCAGUGGACUUUAGCCACCAUUAACUUUUGCUGGAUUGUGCCCCACAUUACUUAAUGAGGUUUUUAUCAGCCCCACUAUAUUUAUGCCGGGCUUAACUUUGUGACUAGGCUGAAUCCAGGUGCCCUCCCCUCCCCUCCCCUGAGCUUUCUGUAAACAUCUGUUCAGUGUUGGCUCAGCUCUCCAGAAGCAAAUGGCUCCUCUCUUGUCCCUCCGAGGAUGCAUUGUGCCCGAGCAUGGCCUUUGGUAAUCCACUGCACUGCUUACACUUCUGUAGAAUGGAGUGUGGCUUUCUCAGUUACUGUAAAUGCAGUCUUAAUCCCAACUGCUCCCUUCUGCAGAGACCUCUGCCUGUGAUGUGUGGGUGUCUGAAUGGCUGUUUAAAAUAUAUACAGGCACAUCUAGCUCUGACCUUAUGAUAAAGUUCACAAGCCCCUUAUCCAAGGAAGGAAUUCAUCACCCCCCCUCCCAAAGACAGAUGGCUGCUCAGCUGUAUUGCUCUUUUGGAACAUAUUGCUGGAGAGCUAAUUGCUUUUGACAUUGAGUGGAGCCUGGAGAUUGCCUUUCCUGCAAUGGCCUCUUUGCAGCGAUAGUAAUACUAAGGAUUCUGAAAACAGCAGGCUCCCAUUCUUCAGUUGUCUUUUGAGCACCCCACCCCUAGGGCUCAUUGCGAUUUCUAAACCAUGUUUUCUUUGUGGGUGCAUAUACCAUACAAAAAGUGCCUUAACCUAGGGGCAUCCCAUUAUCAUCACUCCAGGAGUGCGCAGGCUCUGUAAACACCAUGAACAGAUUGGUUUGGAUUCUCCUCGCUCGAAAAGGAAGCUAUGAAACUGUCUCUUUAAGCAAAAGAGAUGGGGAUCAGGGGGGGGGGGGCUGUCUUUGCCUCACACCCACAGCUGUGGGAAAAAGCAGGGCUUGACACUUACUGUCAUGGAUCCAGGUACCAACAGCUGAGGCUUGAGGUUUUUCCACAUGUUACCUUUUGUCAAGUCUCAAAAGUGUUAAACUUUUCCAGAUCUCCUGGGCUGUAAUGGGUAGCUGACAAUCGGCUGCCUCACUAUUGUGAUGAGCAGAGCAGAUUCUUCCACAAUGCUACAUUCGAAAAGCCAAUACAUCCAAAUGGUUUUGAAUUAUAGUGUUCCGGGUUGUGGAGUCUGGUAGCAUUAACCCCACUGAACAUUACCAGUGCAGUUAUACGACAGCUUAGCUGCCAGCCUUCUCCUUUCUGCCAUUAUAAAACAUCACUGCCAUAAAGGAUGAUCUUCCCCCUUUUAUGUUCAGAGUAGGAUGCACCCCUAGGUGACUGCUGAACAGCAGGUUGUACCACAACCCACAUAUUGCAAAAUUGGGUUUUUAAAUAUGAAAUUAAUCAGCAGGUGCAGGAAUGAGUGCAAGGGGAGAUGGAGAAGAAAGUUGAAAAGUAGAGCAGGCAGCCUUACUAAUUAAGCAUCCCUCAAUGAUGCUGGUAACUGGUGCCAAUUGGGGGCUGGUAGGGCAAAAGGCAAGGAGACCUGCAGCAGGCUUAGCUAGAGCCAACUCAAUUCGGUUUUGCCACUGUGUUCUACAAGUGCAACACCAAGACUGAGGAGCAGUGCCAUGCUCUUGACUGGUUCUAAGUGGGAAGGCAGGUAGCCAUGAGCGCCCCAUUAGUUCUAAUGGAGAAGCUUCCACUGCUUCCAUAAGCCUUUCUUGCUUCCAGAGGAAGAGCAAGCAGCGCCCAUAAAGACCCUCAGUCAGAGCAGUCAACCCACUAAUACUUCUCUGUUGCUGCACAGUUUGGACACAAGUCAGUGAUAUAGCAUGCUAUUACAAUAAAGACUUAAAUAUUGUGGAUAAUUUGCCACAGCACUGAUAUUCAAGGCAUGCAGCCCUAGCCUGUGCAGAUAAAGGGGGUGCCUAAGCUCACUGAAAGCAGUUAGCUUAGGCACAUGUGAAACAAGGCCUUUUUAAGCAGAAUGCCUUUAUGCUCCAUUUCAAGGCUAAAACAUGGAAGGAUUCUCUCCACCAGGGUACUGAUGGUUAUUGCUAGGGAGACCUCAAAGGUGCAAAAGGGAGAGGGAACUCUUCUCUAGCAAAAACAGUGGGCACUCUUAGGAACAAGAGCCCCCAGCCUGCCUGGAAUCGGCAUUGUUCUGGUGACCUUGCAAAGCCGUGCUGAAAACCUGUGGGCUGCUUAUCGUCAGCCUGUUCAUUGGUGCCCAGACGACAAUGCCAGCAUUGGGGAAGAGCAGUGCGUCUCUGAGCACAUGCAGAGAGGUGUCCCCCCCCCCCCGCCUGCCUCCCUGCUUGCAGCUGAGCAGUACUGGCACCUUUUUUUCUAGAAAAGAAAGCACUGCCUGCCAUACUUACAAUCUGAAUGCCCCCAAAGUGGUAUUUUCUCCACUCUUCCAGUCCAUGCUUAUAGAGGAGAGAUAUACUUUAUGAGCCUGCUGAAGUGAGCACAGAAUGGCUCAACUAAGAAAAGAAAAGAAAAAGGCAGGAUGUGUGGACUUCAUUGUGGGAUUUUUAAAAAAGAAAAUCUUAUGUGAGGCAGCUCUGUCUAGGAGAGGCACCAGGCAAGGAAUAGUAGGGAUCCUGCAAGUUUAGGAUGACCGUUUUCUUUUAGACAACAAAGCACAUGAGAAUUAGGAGGAGCCGAUUCUCCAGCAAAUGCCACCAGGAAGAGAAAUAUUUACUAAACAUGCUACCCAACUGCAAUUGUACAACAAAUAUACCUUUGGGACCUCAUAAGCAUUCUGGCUUUAGCAAGCUCAGCCAUCCCUUCCCUUCCUGGAGGAUAUUUUCACCUGUCAACUCCUGAGUUUCAGGUAUGGUAAAAUGCUCCUUUUCAGGAAGCUGAAAACACACAAAGCUAGGCUGAAAUGUUAUUUGAGACUAUUCCUGCUGUAUGACCACUGCCCUAUACUAGGCUAUGUGCUAAAUAAGGAAGUUGCUUCAGACCUUAUGUGUACUUGUUCUGCUCCCCCGUUUCUUUAACCUUUUGCUUGUGCACAGCACCAUAAGCUGUGCUCCCAGACCUCUGUUUGGUUUCAGCUUGGCACGUUUCGAGUGCAGUCGUUGUCGGUGUGCCAUUAUGUCUCGCUGCAUUGUGCUCCUACCCAUUACAGACCCAGGGAGUGUUACCAUUUCCCUAGCAAGAACCAUUUGCUGUCUGGCAACUUGCAGCCUUCCCGUGCCUGGCUGCGCCUAGCUCUUCCUUCUUAGAUCUAAAGCGACUUCACCUCCGCCAAGCGGCUCCUCCAUCAGGCUUAGCUCUCCAAGACCCCACUACUAACACAGAGGUCAGGACCUGUCAGAAGGGAGCUCCACAUGCACCAGGCCCAGAACAUGUUUGCUUCAGAAGAGCAAGGGCUGUUUCUUGGAGAUACGGAGAACAGCUAAAGUAGCCCAGGACCUCUCCUACAGGUUUAUAGGGUUUGGGGGUUCAUACUCUUUUAAAACCAGCUAGGCACCAAGUUCCACCUGCUCCAAUGUGCUUCCACUGUCCAGAGAAAAGAGCUAAAGCUUCAGAAUGUGCUUCAGAAGCAAUUUAAUAACAUUUUUCUAAUAAAUGAACAAAUAAACCCUUCUUGGCUCCUGGAUUUUGUGUGCAAUUUCUGUUCGUUAAGGGCUCACCCACAGUUACCUGCAGUAUGGAUAAAGACACGAGUGAGAGCCUAGGGGCCUGUGUGUAACACCUCUGCUCAAAACGCUAGAUGUCCAUUUUCUAACAGGCCAAGUUCAAAGUGUUACUAUUGGUAUGUAAAGCCUUUACUGGAUUGGGACCAGUUUACUUGCGGGAUCACCUUACCCCACAUGUGCCCUCUUGAUGGCUUGGGUCUGCAGAACUGCCGCUG